ACAGCAGACGGUGAGGACUGCUGGUGUGUGUGUGACUGCACUGCUGAAGAGGAGGCGGAGGCAGAGGGUGAGCACGCUCGCAGACUCUGCAGGGCCAUACAGGAACGCACAACAGCAGCAGCAGCAGCAGCAGCGCUAGUGUCGGCCGGCACCAGGUAGACCACUGGAGGAUCUGGACGCACCGACACUGCAGAGACCACCGCCAUGGCACAAGCAGCCAAACAUCUCCGCAAGAACAAGGAUUUAGAAGCCCAGGCGGAGCAGGAACGCAAAGAGAAGGAGGAGGAGAGAGUCAAAAAGAGAAGUCGCUCGCGGGAUAAAAAGCGCAAGGUACUGGGACUAUUCACAGGUGGGGUAGUCAGAGAUGGAGUGAUGGGGGAAGGGGGUGAGGAAGGAACGGCUAGAGAGGGGGGCAGGAAGGUUGAGACGCCCCCCACCCCUCCUCUUUCUCUGUCAUGCUAAGCUGUGAUCAGGGGUGCCGGGGCACACAUGGAAACUCAGUCAUGAGAGUGUUUCUACUGUGUGUACACAGUCUCCCUGGCACUCAUGUAUGUCAUGUGCAUACAGACACAGGGAAACGGUACAACACACUGCAUGCUCUCCUACUGCUUUCUACCUGCUUUAUUGACUGUCCUGUCCAAGCCGUCUGAUAAGGCAGUGUUGUACUCUACUUCUCACUUUGUCUCUGUCCCUCUUCACAUCUUGUCCCCUCUCUCUGUCUCCUCUCUCUUUGUUUUCACACUGCGGUAUGGUGGCAGUAAGGGAAAUUUCACUACAUCACUUAAAGCCCACAAAGACUGUGAGCUCGCCAGUUUCAGCAACAGCCCGUUCUGGUCUACUCUCGGCUUUUUUUUCUUUCUGUGUAGCAUUGUAGUGACUGCAGAGCAAAACCUGCAGGCUUUUCUGUCUGACUGAGGAGUCCCAGGCAGAGCUGGCAGGGCUGUUGUAAACCGUAAAUCUCCGCUUCGCUCGUCAAAGACUGCAGGGAUGUGUUAUCAAGCUGCCUGAUCUACAUUAUUCCUUUUGGCCCUCGUAGGAUUUUCUACUCAACUCAUUAAUGAAAAUGAGUCAUCUGCAGAUUGUGCUAUUGGUGGCAAAUCGGUCCUCAGCAAAGGAGUGUGAGUCCAGCCGCCCUGUGAGCCUGCACUGUGCCAGGCUGGCUGUAAACCAAUCUGAUGCUGAUGCAGUAGAGACAGUGUUAUGGACAGAAACACAGUACAGCUUCCACUUUCCCAAAGAGGGGAGGCAGGGCUCGGAGGCUGUGAUAGGUAUCAAAUUUUCCCUUUAGUUUAUCUUGUACGGAUAGGGUAACAGGAGGUUGGAGGUUGCAUUUGAACAAAAUCAAGGGAGAAUGAAGCACAAAGAGAGAUAUAAGUAUGACUCAGAUACCGUGGGGGUUGUUUUGGAAAGUUAAACAGAAACCUUUUGUCACAGAAACACACAAAUACUACCAUUCUGUCUACAUCGGCUGACAUGAAUGCCUAUGCAGAGAUGCUUGUGUGUGCGUGUGUGCAUGUGUGUGCAUGUCUGGUCCAAUGGAAGGCCCUGCAGCUCUAAGAGUAUGGAUGAGACAGGGCUGGAAUUUCUGGUGAGGGUACUAAUGUAGCCCAACUUUGACUGAAAGUGUAUGGUUUCAGAGGAUCCCAUAUCGCUUACGUAACCAUGCAGCUUAAGUCUUUCAAAUAAGCUUCCUGACUCUCCUCCAGCUCCCCCCCCCCCCCCUCCUCCCAACCUCUCUUCCUUUUUUAACACCGGCUUACAGCCAUUCCUGGUUUCUGGAGCAGAUGUUGAUGCUGAGGGAAUUCUGUCUCUUUAUCUCACUUUCCUUUUGCCCUCCCGGUUUCCUCUCAGAUCCUCAGUCAAAUUCCACAGUAAUUAUUUGGUCGACUGAUUUUGUGUUUUGUUGUGUUGCAUACAGCGAAAUAAAACCGGUAAAGUUUUCCUUUUAGCUGUGUUGUGUCUAAACCUGCAUGUUAAGAGUGUCACUAUCAUCAUGGCACAAGGAAGGUCAUCUCUGGAGUCUUAAUGUGUGAUAAGUACAGUUUUUGUUUAACCACCUCACCUUUCCGCUCACGAGCACACUCACAUGUUUCUUUGUGUUUAGUUAGAGGAAACCCAGUUCUGUUAUGUAAGCUUUUUUCGAUCUUCACUGGAGGUGUUUCCCUCGUGAAUUAUACACAGUUUACAUGCUCAGAGUUAAGAUUUCUUCUGGUUACACUUGUUUUAAUCAGUAGUGGAUGAGAUGUUUUUUUAACCACAUCAGCAGGAACAUCUGGUUAAUUUUUUUUUACCAAACAUGUCCAAUGGCAUCUCAGGUUGCCAACAAAGUCUUACUCAUUGGAUGAAUAGAUCUAUAAUUUCUAUUUAAAAGCAUUCUUUCUCCUUUGCUCAAGAUUUUAUUGAUCCUCUUUAUUCUUUUUAAUCCUUUUAAUCUUCUGUUUUUGCGACUGUGUUCUGGUGUCGUACAAUGAUUAUUUACAUGCCCAUAGGGACCAGAGCUGUGUCCGUUGAUGAAUGUCUGGAGCCAUAAAGCUAACAAUUCGUCAUCAAAGGGUGAAAGUGCUAUUUUAAUUGGCUCCAUGGUGUAGUGGUAUUAUACCGCUCAGGUCAGUUGCUGAGCAGUGGAUAAUGUUGUCCUCAAAUUACUUUUAUUGAUGAGUUUGCCCCUACUGAAAAAUGAGCAUUGUCAGGAUGUGAACAAAGCCCUGUUCUCCAAGUCAGCACCUAUUUUUACCUCAUUUUGUGGAUGUGUUUGGGUCUACAUCAGAAGUGGUUUACCUGCUGAGAAUGUCCCUGAAGUAGGAUGGCGUGCUUUGCUGUGUCGUUACGGUUUGUCUCACAUCAGCACAGGGGGAUAAAAAUAAUGAGAAAUGUAUCAAGUGCAGUUUUCAUUUAGACUUCUUACUCUUCAAAGAUUUAGUGUUAUUCCAAGGUCAUGCAAAAUUUACACUCAACAUUUAUUUCUCAGCAGACAGGGCUGGACUGAAGACACACAGCGGUAAUAUCCUAGUACCACAUAGUCUCUCUGACUGCUCACAAAAGGCUUUUCAGUUAUUGCAGUUAUUUCUAUCACUAUGCAAGCACAAGUACCUCAGAGAAUAACCGCAAAUCUGUCAGAGGAGCUAAACUGAUUUAACACAAGUAAAAAAUUUAAAGUAAGAUUGAAAAGGAAGCUCCUAAAGCAAACAGGGGAACUUCUUUUUUUUUCUCUUUUGGACAGCAGUACAAUCAAUCAGCCGGAUUCUCUGACCGUAGAAAAGACCACGGACCAUAGAUGUGAUCUUUUUACCAAAUGGUUUAGUGCCGCAGUAUGUGGUAAGUAUCUGGUGUGCCCCCAGGGUGUUAAACAAAUCCAAUAGUCCAAUUCAGGAUGUAUGUUCGCAGCAGUAUUUUCCUGUGCAGCAGUAUGGAUUUCUCUCUGGUGUCAUUCGCCCUUUGCUCGUUGAGUUUUCUGUUUCAGUCAUGUUUUAUGUUGGUAAAUAAAACAACACACAUCGUUUGUUAUUGUGGCGGUUAAACACUGAUCAUUUCCAUUAUCAGCCUUUUUUACAUUUUUGCCCAAAGAACAAUUUAACUUCACAUUCGAAGAAAACUGAGAACGCCCCAAAAACAUUUAUAUGCUUGUUUUUAAGUAUAACAAACAUAUAAUCUGAUUGAUACUGUUGGAUAUCCUUUAUUUGUUUGUAUUUUUGAAGACUUAAAAACUUAGUUACCUGUAGGAUCAGUGUUGCUUGUGAUUCUGGAUGGACUUUUCUGUCACUUCUGUUAUCUCCUCUUGAAGUAUAGUCUGUAAAUAAUGAUUUCUUAAACUUUUUCACCAUGAGUAAUGUUAAUUUAGUGUAGCUUUCCAUUUUGUCUGAUAACACACUCAGUAUCAUUUUACCUCCCCAUCCUGACAGUAAUCAGCAAUCAUUUAAAAUAUCUAAAAAAAUACAGUGUGGAUGAUACAGGACUGUGACUACAAUAAUUUUCCUGUAAAUGUAUUAAUGUAAAAAAAGGGAUAGUUGUCAGAACAACCCCUUUACUCACCCCUCCAGUUGUUGAUGUUACCUGUAUCAACAGUCUUUUUAGGACAAGAAACCUCAGUGGAAGAGGAUUCUUCAUGUAUAAAUGAGAGGCUCAUUAAAAGUUUAAGCAGGAUUUUAUAUUUAGGCGAUUGUGUACUAAAUUAGACCGACUUAUGAAUAUUGUAUUUCAUUUCUGCCAAGUCUGUCCUGCUUAAGUCCACUGAACACCAAACAUUUCACCUUUAAAAGGGGGAUCUCAUACAGAAAGAUGUAGUUUGAUGGGAUCAGUCCCACUACGAUCGUUUUUUUUCUGAUUUAAAGUGUUCUCAGUGGUCUUUAAAUUGUAAUUCUGAAGUUUUAACCAAAAAUCAUGUUACCUGUGUCCUUUUUUAAGAGCUGUUCUCCUGCAGAGCUCCAGUAGCUCAUUAGAAAUUCGCCUCUGAGUUGUGGGCGGAGACAGCGCUGCUCUGCACUCUCCUCUUCACGUUAGCUUGUAGCCUAACAUCGCUGGUGUAGUAGAAGUAGCAGGUAACAUAGGAGAUAUUCAGCUCUCAGGCACUAAUGGAAGCUAAUAUCAUUGUUAGCUUUCUUAUGGGCGCUGCAAUAUGUUAACGCACAUGCUUGUUCCACAAUUUUCCUCUACUUUUCCGAGUGUAGCCUGUAUAGCGGCGCUCCGGGGGUGGAGCUUGGAUGUGCAACAUAGGAAAUGCAGAAAUGCAGAAAUUACUUACUUUCUCAUAAUAUGUCCUGUAGCAUCAGAAAAAUGCCAUAUAAACAUGUAGACAUUAAGAAAAACAUGAUUUUAAUCAGAGUGGGUCCUUAAGUCUCCUUGUUGAUGCUGUCUCAUAGACCCAUCCUGAAAUAAAAAGGAGGAAGACCAUGCUAGUUCAUUGGGAGGAGUGGUUUUGUCAGGUCUACAGUGCAUAAAGAGUCUGGAUGGACAUGGAAUUGAGUUCCUAACUGAUUAGCAGAGGCAUGCAACCACAGGGUAUUAUUCAAUCUAUUUCAUAUGGAAACUCUGUGUGUUAGAUGUAGCUAAAGGCCGUCCUUUGUGUGCAGGCAGUGUUUCUGUUAAGUCAGAGUCAAGGCAGCUGACCCAUUAGUGGUGCUGAUGCUCCGACUCAUCAAUACAGUAAGUCUGGUCAGGAUGCACUAUGGCUUCUUUAUUGCUGUAAAAUGGCUGGCACUCUGAGGUGUUGGCUGUUGUUGUUGUUGUAGCAACAACGUCUUAAAGGUUUUUAAACAACAGAUAUCGGGGUGUAGAACGUCAAGGCUAACAUGGCUGUGUUGAUGAACAUUGCAGUGUUAACAGUCGUAUCAAAGUGCUAUUUUUCCAAUGAAGCAGAGGUGGCAGCAAUGGAUCAGCAUUCCAUCCACGUCUCUGUCUGCCUUCCAAAAUCUCUUAGCCUGUCUGCCCAAACAGGGAGCAAAGCCUCCACUGAGGUGUUGAUGUCAGAGACAGAUUGGCACUGUAAGGCUGUCUAGGCGUUUAAGGUUGUGCUUAUGUUUAUGUAAAACUGAGGAUUGAGUGUGUCUACAGGUUUGGUGCAGAGGAUUAAGUGUGCUGCUGCUGCUGCGGUGACUAAGCCAAUCAUAGUACCUGUCUGCUGUUCAGCCCUGCGUUUCUCUAUCCUCACUUAGUCUGUAAAGAUGUAGCAACAAUCUCUUUUUCAUUUUUCUCAUUAUUUUGGGAUUGAUUGGAAAAAUGAGCUGUGUGAUAAUUAGUAGAUUUGGGCCCACUGGUUCAAGGAUUUUGUUCCCUUAUGGCUGGGCUGUUGAUAACUGACUGUCAAAUUGAAAAUCGCCCAAAUAGAGUUUUAUGAUUUAACAGCUGAAAUACAAAAUAAAGAGUAAUGAAGGAAAACAAACUUUGCUUACCAUAUUACACCUGGGUGUUUCCCACACAUCCACUGUAUCUGGGUCGCCCAGGUAUUCUUUGGCCAAUUCAGUGUAUUUUUUAAAUCUGUCCAUCAUUUUUUAAAAACAUUAAUUAAUGGUAUAGCAGACAGGAUCUCCACAUAUGAGCUUAAAAGAGACACUCAGAAUAACAGGUUAGCUUACGAGUUAAAGUUACUUAGCACAGACGAAAGUUAAAACAAAGACGUUAAGCAAACUGUUCAAGCACACAAUCUCUCCUUCAGGUCGUUAUCUUUGUAAUGUUUGUGUUUUUUUAUCAAAAAUCACUCUGUUCUCUGGCACGUAAACGAUCAGCCGGUCGGCCAUGUUGGAUAUUAUAAUAUAUAUAAUCUGACGUAGCAACAACACGCAAUCUGAUUGGUCAGAAGUGGACACACAGUAUGCGAAACUUUAGAAAAAUCGACCGUGAUGCGCAAAAAUUAAUUCCGCAAUAUUGCAGGACGGGAAAACGUCGCUGAUGUGAACGCUUGUAUUGACAGGAUACUAGUUAAAAAAAAUAUUGACGUCCGAAAUAAUCGCACAAAAAAAACGCUCCCGGUGUGUAAGGACGUUUCUGCAGCUUUGAUCAUGUUUUCAUGUUGUCAUAAACAACAAGCCUCACUAGAGUGUGGCUCACCUGCUGCUUUUUCAUGAUGUAAAAGUUAUCCUGUCAUUUGGGAAACUAUGCUCAACCUACUGCUGAUAAAGUAAGUAAUCAGAGUAGACAGACAGACAGACAGAAGAGGAAAGGAGAGAAAAAAGAGAAGUCAGCUACCCCUCUACUGUAAGGCCUUGUUGUGAUGAGAAUGGCUCUGUCAAAAAUGGUUUUCUUUCCUUUGUGUUUCCAAAAAAAAUCAGUGUUCAUACGACAACCUUACGAAAAUGAUCCACAUGCUCACUGAGCCGAAGAAAUGAUUGGAAACACUUUGGUUUACAUGCCAGGCUGGUAGCUAGUGGUAUAAUUGUGUAAUUGAACACAACUGAAGAGAACACCAAGUGAAAAGCUACAAUCAAAUGAGGGGAUGACGGCGAACGCAACACGGCUACACUUUGAUGGAGACGUGUGAAUAAACUCAGUAGAGUUAGCUGCACUAACAGCUCAUUUGUUCACUGUUAUUGUUCUCUUAUGCCAGCUUUUUCAGAGGAUUUCUAUGUUGUUUAUUAACAUGAGACAGAAAGACUAGUUUUCAAAAGAUUUCACCCUGGAACCUGUUUUCAGAAGUUUGUGUCGUCAGCAGCCAAAAAGUCAUUUCCAUGUAAAGGAGCAGCCAAAACACAAAACUAGUUUACAGUAUCCUGUAUAGAGCCCUGUAUAGAGAGUUACUUUAUAUUUUAGAAACUAUAAAAAGCCUCUUCUAUAUGUUAACAAUUAGGGCUGGGUGAUAUGGGAAAAAGAUUAUCAUGAUAUAUUUUUUUCAUAUCAGUCGAUAUCGAUAUAUAUCACGAUAUAAAAAAUUAAAUUAACAGUACUUAUUGGUUGCAUGUCUUUUGCAAUACAAUAAGCUACUGCAUCUGUGAGGUCUUUGUGUCUCUUUGAUGUUUCUUUGUAAGGUGUUGCACUAGAGAAAGCGGACUGCUUAGGCGCCGUGGGCUCCUUGCUCUGCUCGGGGUUUGUUACCUUGUGCAUUGCACGUGCACUGCCCCGUGAAACUGCUUUAGGUGGUAUACCCCGACUUGGCGAGAACAUGUACUCGACAUAAUUUGCACAUUACUCUGCUUUAUGUCCGACCUAAAAAAAACUAAAAUACCUCCACACCACCAACGUUUUCGUGCCAGUGUUUUCAACGAUGUCGUCAUCUGUUGAGCCUUCAUGGUCAUUUCUGCCGGGGGUAGUGUUCAUUUUCUUUCUUUCUCACCGGCAGUGCUGUCAGCUUCACGUGUUGCAGUUCUAUGGUUGCGUGUAGCUGCAGUCUGCUACUACGCAGUUGUUUGCUACUUGGAACUAAUUCGGCACCUGAUUGGUUCAGCGUGAAGCGAACUUGGAGCAACUCCCCUUUUCGUUGGCUAUUCAUAUAGUCUACCAAAACAUGGCAGAAUGCAGAAUAUCGAAAAGCAUAUUGACCAUGUUUCAUACCAAUAUUGAGUGAAAUCAAUUUUGAAUAUUUAUCGUUAUCGUAUUAUCGCCCAGCCCUAUUAACAAUCAUGAGCGAACUGCAAGUUGGGGCAAGCAGAGUGGCUACCAAGCCAGCAUCAGAGGUGGGGGGCUGUUUGCGGCCCAGGUGGCCUCGUGGAACCCCUCAGACAGAUGACUCAGCAAGCCUGGCAAUGGUAUUCACUCAUGUUGAUGGAGCCUUAGAUGAGUCUUAUUGAGUCCAGCUCCUGGCUCUACAGGAAGUGCUGCUGGGGCAUGUUGGCUGGGGGGUAGCAGCCUACUCUCCUUUAAUUAAAGUGAGAAUGGGAGGCACACGUGAGGCCCGUCCUGCCCCCUCUUAACUGAGGUGAUUCCAGGUCUUUAUUGAUGAGCCAGCAGAGCGUUUUCAAACAGAUACCCACCACACCCAGUUAGGAUUAUUUAUUGAGAGCUCUGACAGAUCUCCCGAUGAAACAGCAAUUGUCUUUUAUUGUUUGAAUUAAAAAUAUGUGGAUAAUGAAUUAAACUAGAGGGAAAUAACAGCAGGCACUCCCUCUCUGCAGGGGUUCGGCAUCCCUGAAACUCCAAGACCUGAGGAUAUUUUCUACAUUUUUGAUCAGCGAUGAAGAUUUCUCGCCAUAUUUUCAGUUUCAUCCUCACUGUUAUGAGUCAUUCUUUUCCCGAUUUGAAGCUCGGAGUCACAAAAGUUGAAGCACCUGCUACUUUUGUCUUCUUGUCUUUGUAAGAACAGAAAUCUUGCAAGACACGCAGCGUUUGUUGGUGUGUUUCCUCGCCGAUGAAUGUAAAUAUAGCUGAUCCUACACGUAGCACUGCGGUGCUGUCAGUCCUCAAAACAGAUUUGUGUAAACCCCCCAUAAUACUGUACGAACAGUGGCAGCAUCCGUCUGUGUUUAUCCUCCCUGCACAGUCCCAUCGACUCAUUUGAGAUAAAAACACAUGAAAUGAUGUGUCAUACUGUGAGGGGCUUCCUUAGAUUUCCCUUCUCCUGUUGUGCCUCUCUCUCUCUCUCUCUGUCUCUCUCUCUCUCUCUCUGUGCCUGAUUGCGCUAAUCUCUCUCCCCAAUUGUUAUUCUAAUGGUGCAGCUGUUACGUAACUCCCUGAAACAAGAAUUGAGAGAUCAGGGUUAUUGAAAUGGGUCCUCAUCAAGCCCAAACAAAAAUGGAAGACAGGGUGAAAGAGAGGGUAAAAAAAGAGAUGAUAUCUCCUAAAAAGAAUUUGGUGGGUCUUUGCCAGACUCCUUGGUCACUGGUCACCAAACCUGAGGUGCUAAGCUCCCUGUGGCUGAUGGGAGAGUAGAGAGGACAGGAAAGGAGGAAAUGGGAUAUGGAGCUUUGUACAGUUUGAUGUUCAGGUCCUACAAGUCCGGUCUCAAUAUCCCCGGACCCUGCAGCACCUCACAGCUGAUAUGUGCAAUAUCUAGGAGCCAAUGCAUGAGCAACAGCUUACAGAAUUGAUCUCUUUUUCAAUGAUUUUAUGUUGGAUAUUUGUCUUUAACUGCAUUUAAUUUAAUCCCCACUUGCAUUUGAUUGACUCGAUGGGAUUUCUGUCUUUUAAUGAUUAAUAUAAUUAUUGAUGGGGACGGUAUAAGUGUUUAGAUUGGUGUGUGAUGAUGCUUGGUUUGCCGAAACUUUAGCUGGUUUAAGCCCUUCUGGCUGUAAAACAUAUUUAUUUGAAAUUUAUUAAGAUGGGAUAAACCCCUUGAGAUGUUUUGAGGGGGUCCCACACAAAAAAACAAAUACAGUCCACAAGACAAAUAGAAAUAUCACGUGUACAACACUAACAAAACAAUAACAGCAUGUAAAAAGAACAACAAAUAACAGCCUCCAUCUCCACAAAUAAAAAAGAAAAGAAUCAACACUACAUAUUUACAUUACAAAAUGAGUAGUUACAUAGCGUAUCAUAUUAUUGAAAACAUUGACAUUCAGGUUUUAAAUGUGUAAACAAAACAAAAUUAAAUAUACAAAGUGAGGACAACAGACAAAUAUGAUCAGCGACAUGUUUGGGAGUAGACUGAUUAUUUUUGAUAAUGUUCUAAAAUUCUGUUUAACAUUAUUCUGAAAUGUUUUAUUCUGACAAAAAGAGACACUAAAAGUAAGCAGGAGUAACAUGGAUGUGGAUUAGCAAUCCAUUAAAGCCAGUAUUGACUGCACUCCACCAGGUGAUCUGAUGAAUGUCCCUGCAGUGGCAUUCUAUUGGACAGACUGACUGACUCAAAUUUGUGCAUUUGUUCCCUGGAGGCGAAGUCAGUCAUAGAUGAUCGCCUGAUUUAUCCUCUUUUCUUCCAUGAGGUUGACGUUUCUGUUUUCUUCAGGGAAAUGUCUUAAAAACAAUAAAAAGCAAUGGAGUGAGAUCAAAAACUAUAUCAGGUUUAUCUUAGAAUAGGAAUGACCCCCACAUGGUUUCUAUUUUCAAAAUAACCUAUGAGUCAAAAAACACAUACACGUGAGCAUGCGUUUUGAUCGAUUGCGUGUGUGUUUGCUUCUCUAGCCAGCAUUUGUGUUUGUGUAGGAAGUACCUCAUGUGUCUGAGCACGUACCAGGUCCAAAGCAGAGCUCUCAGACUGAAAGAAAACCCCCUAAAGGAUGAGAGUAGAAGCAGGAAGGAGUGAUAUAUCAAAGUUUAGGUGACCCCGCUGUGACUUCACACCUUUUUCCUCUGAAUUACGAGUGUCUUAUUUACCUGAUUAGUAUGAUAAUUCCUUAUUUCCUGUCUACCAGUGGAAAGAUGGAUAAUUCAAUUCAGAACCGAGCAAUACAGUAGAUCAUUACAGCUGAGCAGCUGUAAUUCUCAGUUCCAGUUCUCUGAGUGCAGACAAUAGAGAAUUUGUGAUUCAUUUAAGGCAGCAGGCAGGAGGAGAAGAUAGAGUUCAUAAUUAGGGUCUGAAUUUCUCGACUAUACUAAACCUCAUAAUCCAAGGUGACGGCUGGAAAUGCAGUAUAUAUGUUAUGGCAGCGAAGUAAAUCUCCUCAGGAAGGAGGCAGAUUAAGUUUUCAUCAAAGCAAUCUUUUGGAUGAUCAGUGAUGCUUUGCCGAGGAGAGGACUUGGACCACGAUCGGUGUCUGAGAAUAUCACAGUCUGACGAGAAACCUUCCACUUAACCUGAAGUGGACUUCUUGAGUCAUGUAAUCCUCAUGUCAAGUGUCAUCUUCGUGUCAUAGCCUUACGUUUCGGUUAUUAAAAGCUUAGCAGUUUGUAAACCUCUUUAUCUGAAUCCCCAGGGGUGGGUGGGGGUCACUUUGAUUGGAUCGCCCUCACUUCUCAUCCCACUCAAUCACAGGGAUACACUGCUCUUCAGGAGGACGGCUCUUUGGAUGGAGAUGCACAGGACAUGCUGUGCUGAAGCAGCUACUUACAAACAUUAUUAUUUUGUAUCCUUGACUGAAAACUGUUGCAGAAAUUAAAGGAAAUGACAAAAACACUUACAGAUAUUGACAAUUGCAAUUUUUCAAUGAAAUAAUAAAACACUCUUUUAGUUUGACACAAAAUAAGUGGGAUGUGUAACUCAGAGUUUGAUUAAGCACAAUUUCAAAUCAGACAGCAAUAACAAAUUACACACACUGUUUUAAAAAAGUUGUCCCCAAGAAAAAUGAAAUGAGUGGACUAAAUUCCCACAGCAGUUUACUCCUUGUAACACAAAACUGAAGGUGGAAAACUUGUAUAUUGUUUACAUGUAUUAUAACAGUACUCUAGGUCCUAAGUACUCCAAACCUCAGUAAUCUGAGUUAUUGUGGUCAUUUCAUAGCUCACUGAUUAUUAAGCAUCCAACAUACUGUAAACACAGAUAUCCAAGAGAGGAAUUAGAUCUUCUUUUACGUUAAAAAAAAAACACAUUUGAUAGCCAAUUUGCCAGUGUCAGAAUAAUGUUUGUAUCCAGUGACUUCCUGGUUAACAGAAAUCACAGAUAUGAUGUAAAAAUAUAGAUGAUUAUUUUUUUAGAUAAAUACUUUAGUGAGUGUAAAUAUCUAUGUCUCUGUCUGUUUUCAUAUCAUACCAACAUCAAUAUGCCUCAACACACCUCAACCAAAACGCCACUCUAUAGCCACAAAUAAUGCUCAGAACAGAACCUAACUUCAUCAACCGUAGGGUCCCAGCCAUAGUACUAGCCAUCAAACAUCUUUUUACCUUUGCCUGAUUUCUUUAGCAAAGAGACUAAACACAACUCACCCACUCUCCUCCAGCAGCUGCUUGUUUGUAGGGAGACCUCGGACGAGUCCAUCUGAACUCAAAUUAGGUGGAAUUUCAAUCUUAACCAGCAGUUAUUACAGAAGGGACUUGGUGCUCUUUACUGUCAAAAAGAUGUUUUUAAUGUCAGUACAGCCAAAUAGGUGUAAAACCAACAACAUAUCAGAUAUAAGUUUAAGUUUAGACACAACCUUUUGAUUUUUACAGCACUUCCUCUCAUGUUUGUAAGAUUAUCAUCAGAAAGUAAAACUCAACAGAUCUUUCUGUGUGUUUUAAUGACACCAGCUCUUAUCAAUGAAUUAUUCGCCAUCUGAGUUUGUGAUGUAUAGUAUUUCAGUCACUUUAGGCUCAUUCAAGUAUUGUCCAAGGUUUAUCUUGGUUUGAUCUCGCUCCCGACUUAAACACUCCUUUUUCUGAGUAUGUGAGCACACAGUCAUUACACAGAGGCACGUGGGUUGUCUUGUGGUGCAGAAUUUACUAGGUAGCUAGGAGUAUAGUGGUGUCAUCCAGCCUCUAAUUGGCUGACCCCGGAGAUUUCUCUCGUGCAGAUGCAGAGGCAGUUCCCACCCCCUUCUCUAUCCUUCUCCGUCCUAGAGCACAUUCCUCUGUCUCUCCUAUAAUCAAUUCUCCUGCUUCAAUACGGGCCAGGGCUCCUUCCUCUCUUUCCCUGCCGCAGUUACCCGCUGUAUGUUGCAACACUUAAAUAUCAUGCCUUUGGUGGCAACAUCUCCCUCUCCUCUUGGUCGCCCUGUGAGUUUUAUGAUACACUCUGUGAAUUCACAAUUACAAGGGGAGAAACAAGGGGGAUGUGAGCAACAGAGAGAAGUGGGGCGGGUGGGGGGAUGAAGCAUCAGUCAUUUCGAAUGUUGCGGCAGGGAGAGGAAGAAAAACCCUGGAUGCAGUGUAGGUAGAUGCAGAGGAUCAACUUCAUCGUGAACAUUUACUAAACGUCAAAUGUAAAGAGACAUUUUUGACGAUAUUGUAGAAUCUCCCCCUUCGUAUACUGAGAUCAGUCCGGCUCAAAGAGGGGAGGGACGCUCCUCUGGGACUGUCGUGGUAUCGACACAGGAUGAAGGAGAAUCUGCGCUCAUGCAGCAGCAGCUUUACAAGGUCAACCACACCUCGUACAUGAUCACAUGUGAGCACACAUGUAUGUAGACCUGGCACGAGCAGCACAUACAUAGUCAGCCAGCCCUUAGUCAGCAUUGUGUGGGCUACUCUGUGAGGAGGUUGGAUGUCGCCACCUAGUGUUUAUACAGAGGACUGACCUUGCCUAUAUGAACACAGGCGUCUCAUUAUUAUUCUCCUUUUUUUCAUUCCUCUCCUCCUGUCAAGUACUCCCCUAAAUGGACUUCUACUUAAAUCCUCUCCCUGCCCUCACUGUCCUGCAUGCCUCCCUCAGUUCUUUUGAAUACACACACUAUAACUGUCUGUAAUGCUCUCUCUGAUACAAACAUCCAUAUUUCAUUUCCUGUGCUACCCUGUGCUUCCCUAUGAAUCCAUCUUAACUUUGUUGAGGGGGUCAGCUUAGUUCAGCUCUGCGUCCUCUUUUAUUCCAGGCUGAGGAUCGUCAGAAGGGUAUGUUGGGACUGAAACACGUCAUUUCAAUAAAUCGUGCAUUUAAAUUGUUUGCCAGGGGUAAUUUUGUUUUACUCUCUAUUUGACCACAUUUACCACGUCCUCUGCUUUUUCUGCCUCUUUUCUAUCCUGCUCAUACAAAAGCACGUCCCUUCUUUGCUUUCUCUCGCCCCUGUGGCCACUAUUCUUUUCAAUCAUUUACCCCACUGCCUUCCUGCAGAGUCUAAGUGAAGCAGAAUAUAUAGUGGAGCUUGAGGCAGUGCAGGACAGUCAGUGUGCGCUAAUGGAGAAAAUAUUUGUCAGAGAAUAGAGCAGAGUGACUUUGGUUUGGCAGCCCCUACGGCACGGACCUUUAAUUGCCUACACACAGUGGUGGAAUGCUUCUGCAGUUGACGUAAGUUUCUGUGUAUGAGAUAGUAUCCAUGUGUGUUCAUCUUUAUAUUUCCAUACUGCAUAAGGGCGCUCUGAGUGACUAAGAUAACUCCUGGAUCAAUAUUAGGCCUGAACUGUCCUCUUCAUCAGAAACCAGAGUUAAUUUUUUAUACUCUUUAGCUUGUUUUUAGUACAAAACCCAAUUCCACUGAAGUUGGGGAAUUGGUUCAAGUUGCUUAAUAAAGUUCAUCAUGAUCAAACCAUUUCACCAGUGAAACAAAACACAUUUUAAAAUCGAGGAUUCUUUUAUCCAUGACCCUUUCUCCUCUUUUCAUGUUUGUCCUCAGUUAGGAAGCUCAAUGUCAUGAAAAUCCAACCCCCUUUAAAGACUCGCUGUGUCGAUCAUUUAUCAGUGUUAUGACGUCUGCAUCCCCUGCUGUCACUCAGUUUGACUCGUUUUUGCCUUCCUGCCUCCUGCUGAGAUGAUGAAACUGAUUCCCCUUCAACACUUACUCAUGCCUCUUUCUUAUUUCCAUUUCUUCCUACUUAACCAUCAAGUCUUAAAAGCCUCUUCAUCUUGACAAAAGAUGAUGGUUUUAAGCAGUAUUCAUACUUGUAUGACGUCUCAGCGUCAAAUCGUUUAGAAGUUAUGUCAAACAGUGCAGUUUUGUAUCUGUAUGUUCUUCAAAUAAUGGUAGCACCAAAAUAUUGAGGGAAAAUAAUCUCAAAGACAGCUGUCCACAGCAGAUCUAUACAGACAGAAAUGUCCAUAGCUAAGUCUAUCCACUUAAUCCCUUUUAAAUUUAAAUCUAUUCUCAUGCAACAAAACCUCAUUCUUAUUUCUGUUAGAGAUGCUUAUGCCAUUUGACCUUUUGACCUGAUCAAUUCUGACCAUUUUACUCAAUAAUUCAAUAACAGUGCGCCCUCUCAUUCAACUAAAGUGUGAAAAGGCUUUUUAUUCUCGUGUGAUUAAAUGUAAUCGUGUCAGAAGUCGAUCUGCAUACAGCCCACUCCACUUGUGUGAAAUAUACUCAGAGUGAAGUUCACAGAUUAUUUUGCUUUUUCAUCAUUUAUAAUUUAUCCUGACAUCCGUUUCUGUCUUGAAACUUUUGUUGUACAUGCCUGGUUUUACACACGAGUAGACCCCUUGAACUUAAGCCCCCGGUAUUAUGUAAUCAGCCCAGAAUAUCUUGUUAUUGUGCAGAGGUGUGCGCUUGAGUGUGAAUAUCUGGCAUGUGUUUCCACUGAGCUUUUGAUGUUCUGUUUUUGGUUCUGUUUGAAAAUUUCUCAGCAAAAUGUGAAUGUGGGAUCUUGAGCUACGAACAUAUUAUGAACUUUGAUAUAAGACUUAAGAGUUUUUAUUUUUGGCAAAUUUUGUCAAAUCCAGUCGUCCACCACUUAAUCUAAGCACCUGAACUUAAAUAACUAAAUACAAAAAACUCUCUAAAGCUGUUUUUUUUUCAGCACAAGGUGUUUUUUGGACACUGAUUCAUGUGGCAUUUCUUCUCUUAUCUUUUUUUAAUACUCUUUUUAUUGGUUUUUCACUUAUAUAAACAUACAUUAUAAAAACAAAUAAACAAAACAGAUCGCAAAACAAAACCAAAAGAAAUCCCACCCCAAACUAACAAUGAGUGAUGCAUUUCAUAUUUCUACAUUUACGUAAGAUUAAAGAAACAAUUAGUGAAUAAAGAGACGACAGGAGACUAGUAAACGAGGGGCACAUACAGAAAAUAAAUGAGAGGGCAGACAGUCCUCAUCUUCAGGGACAGAUGUUGAAUUAUAGUUUGUGUAAAAAGGAGCGCAAAGGUUCCCAGAUUCUCCAAAACCUGUCCGAUUUCUGAUUAAGAUCACGAGUCAGUUUCUCAAGAGGAAUUCUUCUCUUAUCUUAAUAUGAAACUUUAAACUUAAAUUAAAAUGCUGUCCUCCUCACAACUCAUUUAAAAAGUAAUCUAUUAUCUGUGAAACAUUUGUUUCCUCAGCAGGAAGAUUCAUGAGAACUAAAAAAGAUGCAUAUCCAGUUAAUACAGUGGGGAUAAAAGUGAGAGAAAUGGUGCAUAGAUACAAAUAUGUGGUCAUGACAGACGUCCUCUCAAAGACAGUCAAGCUAAUAAGACAUUUGCUCUGACUGAUGUGAUGUAUCAUAUCAUCCUCACUGGGUUUGCUUCUCUAAGAUUAUUGAUGACAGAGGACAUGUGAAGGUUAGGCUAAGCUUAGCUCCCUCUGCUGGUUGCAGCAGGGUCAGAUCUCAUUUACAUACAUCUUAACUUUGACUUGGUCAGCAUCUGAGAAGGUUGACACCCCGGCAUGAUGCAAUCAGCGGGCUGACAGCUGGUCCAAAGAUCAGCCACAAGUCACAGACAAAUUCAAAAGACUGUCAAGAGGAUAGAGGAGAGAUGGUGUGAAGGACAACACUCUGCACUGCUAUCACAAAGAAUCUGUUGUGUUUAUCCCAAACACACAUAGUCACACAUUGCCCCAGAUACAAGUGCAAUGUGCAGUGCACACACAGGCUGUGUUCACACCCGCCUCUCCCUCUUAUCCAGUGCAGCAAUUCAACGCUGUACUGCAACACUGUUACGCAGAGUCAUCAAUUAUUCAUAAGGGUUUUCUGCUUUUGUUCAGUCAUAGGCUUGAUAAACAGAAAGAUGGAGUUCAAUGAGGGAAGGUAAAAAAAUGGUUAUUGUUUCGAAAAAGUCACAAUGAAAGAUUUUAUUUGGAGAAUUACGCUACAAAAACACGCAUACUGUGAAUUUUAUUGAUACUAUCAAAGAUCGGUUAUUCUUAACCUUAAAUUGUGCUAUAGGUCCAUGAGUCACGGUGCUUCAUAUCAUCCAGAACCUCAGAUUUAUUUGUCAAGUGGGAAAUAUUUGUGUGGCUGAAUAUAAAGUAUUGCUAUCUAUCUAUGUCUGCCUCAUCAGACCGACACAUCUCUCCAUAUUCUCUGCACUCAUUGCUUUGUCAACGUCUAUAAAUAACCUCACCAGAGUAAUGUAAGAUGCAGACCAUGAUAAUAUUGGUUAUAUUAAGUACAUUCAUAUUUAUGGUCAUUCAUCAAACAGACAAUUUCUUCAAAGCGAUUUCCAAAUGAGGAAGAAUCUCUGUCACAUUAGAUCAGGGAGAAAAGGAUUUAAGUCAAGCUGCCUCAACCCUACAUUCUAUGUCCUACCUUGCACAAAUGCCUCUAGGCAUGUAACUGCAUAAAGAAACUAAUAACUGCCUUCGCAAGCUAUUGAUUAAUCAGAGCGUUUGAUGACUAGUAAGACCGGAAAGGAUCAUACGAGGUGAGAGAAUAUUCUCAAAAAUAGAAAGUUCUUCGGAUGUUUUAAAGACAUAAUCCUGUUCCUGAUCUUCACAAGGUAAAUCUAACAACAUGCACAAUUAGGAGAUUGAUGCAACAAAGUUGAUCCUCAUCAUGUUGAAGAUUUGAGCAGACUUAGUGGGUGAAAACGAAACAGGAAAAUAAAGCCAUGGCUCGUAGGACUGUCAAGGUUAAGGUAGUUCAGAUUUGAGUCAGGUUGAUGUUGAGGUUUCAAUCUUUUAUCCACUUUGAAAUAUUAUCAUUCUCAUGGUCGUGGCCAUGGAGCAGAUAACUGACUGACUGAAUGGAUGCAUGUUGAGAUGGGUUGAUGACAAUGAAUAGAUUCAUGGUGGUGUCCUUGUGAAAAAAGUAAAGGCGCCACUUUAAUUGUGCUUAUUUUGAGGUAGAAUUUCAACCAAUGCAGUGCCAGUGUUGAGUAGGGGUGGGUGAAAAAAUCUACACAGCAUAGUAUCACGAUAUUUUGUCUGGUGAUAUGUUGUAUUGUCUCAUGUACCAAGUAUCGAUUUUUCUAUUAAUUGCUAAUAUGAAGUCAAAUCUAUGAUACUGGAAAAAUAAAAUCAACUGUUUGUCCAGUGAGGUUGGCAGAGGUGACUUGAUAGAGCAGGAGAAAGUUAGUGCAACAAAUAUAUAUAAGGUUUGCACAAUGUGCUACAUGAAAAUAAAAUACAAAGUAAAUAAGACAACAAAAAAGGAAAGCCAGUAUCGUGAUAAUAAGUGGCCCAAGUAUUGUAAUGAUAUCAUUUUGUGGCCCAUGUAUCGUAAUGAUAUCAUAUUGUGGCCCAAGUAUCGUGAUGAUAUCGUAUUGUGGCCCGAGUGCCGUGAUAAUAAGUGGCCCAAGUAUCAUGAUAAUAUCGUAUCAUGGCCCAAGUAUCGUGAUAAUAUCGAAUCGUGGGGGCACUGGUGAUUCCCACCCCUGGUGUUGAGUGAGUUGACUGGGGUUUUGUGAUGCACAGUAUCAUACUGUAGCGUCACUGUAACACUAAGUUGUCCUCGUUCAUAAGCCGGCUGCUGCUUGUUUAUGGACAAAACACAAAAAUUAGUGGAGCAGUCAGAACAAGUUUGUAGAUGUAAGGCUCAUUUGCUGUUAAGAAUUGUAGAGACAUUAGGAAAACCUCUAAUGAUUCAUAAAAAGGCCAAGGCACAGUAGGCCUGUUAGACCUUCUUCAGGCCUCAUAAACAUAGACUAUAGUACAAUGAAGGAGUGAGGAACGUUGUGCAGAGAAAGUCACUAUUAGAGCGAGGAGGAGACCUGGACAUGUUUUAUUGAUUGAUGCUGUCACUGAGGUAAGUAGAGGAUACAGGUGUAUGUACCAGGAGCUAGGUGGACACAAAUAAGUACUGACUGCCUGAGUGUUUUUGAAUGUGUGCGCCUGCUUGACUGAGCAUUUGUAAUUGCUGUCUACAGAGAAUAAUUUUAGCACAGGGUUAAAACAUUGAGUCUAGCGAUGUGUGUGUGUUUACUGUCAGAGUGGAGACACAGAUUGGUUCAGGCAGGUCUGGUACUGUGUGGUCCAAAGUACUGCAGGGUCAUAAAUGAUUUAAUGGCAGGAGAGGUGAGCUCUGUCUUCCAGCUCUCACGAUGCACAUGCAGACAUUUAUAACCAGCAGGAGUGAUUUAUUUUCAUGACAGAGCCAAUUGUGCUAUAUCAAUACUCUGAAUAAAUUGGAUUUCUUUGGAUUCUUUGAAUUUACGAUGAUGUGUGUUGAUGCGCGUCUCCACAAGCAGCGCUGCGCCUGCAUUUCUCUGUGGCAGGAAAAAAAAAGUUAACUCCUACGGUCUUGUGAUGAUGUUAUCCUGGAACAUUUUCUGAGUAGACUUAUGUAAGUUUCUCAUACAGUGGAGGAGGAGGAAGACUUGUAGGCCCAUUUUCUUAACUAGUUUGUUAAAUAACACUUUGUUUUUUCUCACAGAACAAAACCACUUUGUCAUUUAUUACGAUGAUCAUGAGUCUUCAGUGUGUGCUGUAAUCAGAGUCUAGGGUAGACUUGAUUUUGUCCACCAACUUAUCCGAGAACUAGCUUUAUAAAUAAACUAUUGGACAUUACCUCUGCAUGGCCUGAUAUACCUAACGAACUUCAGUGACUUGCACUUAAACAUAUAAAGCACUAACACUAUAAAACAAAAAAAUUGAAUUGGAAAUCCAACCUGCUACACUGAAAAAAUGUCUUUUAUAAUUUGUAUGUUACACUGUAAAAUAAGAUGUGAGCAACAGAGAGAAAAAAUUCUUUCUUUUAUUGUUUUUUCAACAUUUAUUUCCAUCCAAGCACCAAGAAUCCUCCCUGUUCCUCCUGUCACAGUGGGGUGUGAAUUUCUGGACUUUAUUCUGAUCGACUUGUGGGAGACUUGAAUGCUAAUCAAUGCGAUGCUCUUCCACUGAGGAUUCACUCAUGCAAAUGAUUCGCCAGUUGGGCGUUAAAUCUCCUCCUCCUGUCAGUACAGGAGUCAUGUUUUUUUUUCACAGUCUUCUUUAGACAAAAGUGGAAAUUUGGCUGUGAUUGUUUCUUUUUUUUAAACAUUGGAGAAGUGCUUUCCUGCAGCUGUUCUCUGUGUGCUGCUAUGAUUUAAUUUGGAUGAAAGUUAAACUUCACAGCACUGUUGUGAACAUGUGAAGGUGUUGACCCUGAAUAUGAGAUAAUCCCAUUUUUUUCUCUUGUUUUGAAGGGGCAAACUUGUCUUAUAUUCUGACCAGUGUGGUUAUUUUUAUUUUGCAUUUUGUCCCACCAGACAUUUUGGAUCAUAUCUUUAUCUGCUGCAUUAAAGCCGGCAGAUACAAGCUAACUUAAACUAAGGCGAUGAUACUCUUGGACUGCAGCCAGGGAGCACGGUCAUAUCCAUUCAUGAGGACAGCUUUAUUCAUGUGAAAGGUCAUGUGUCAUGUGUGAGAUCAAUUCAGCUUCUCAUAUUCUACUUGCUUCAGGAUUAUGUUAAUCCCAGUUUAUCCUCCCAUUGAUGAUCUAGGAGUUAAAAACAGCCUUUAACUUAUUUUUCACUGAAUUUUCUUUUGUUCGUUCCUUUUAUCUCCGGAGAUUUUUUCCUUUUAGUUUCUCAAGCCGUGUCUUUUUCAUUUAAAAUAGAACCAAAACAACAAAUUAAAUUCGAACACUUGAAGUUCUGAUUUAGUCACGCACAAUAACCUUUUCACACACUAAUAUCUAAAUGUAAAACACGUACAAAGAUCUGGAUCUAAAUAGACACAGAGUGACUUCUCUCUGUCUAAACUGUUUGAGUAAAAGUGUUAUUACACUUAUUUACUUUUCUGCUCAUGGUGGAUCUUACUUUUGAUGUGUCUGCGGCAGCCUUUCCCAAACUUGUCAUGGCUGAAGAGUACCUGCAUGAGAUCACAUGCCUGGAAUCACGGGCAGAAGGACUACUUCUACUGACAGAUUAAUAACAGAGCAUGACAGGAGUGAAUAUGAGAAAGAGAUGAGCUCAAAGAAAAGAGAGGGGGAAAUGGUAUGUUAAGUGUGCUUGUAGCAGAUUGAGGAGGGCAUGGGGUGGUGGGUUUCUAGUCUAGCUUGGCAUUUCUUUGGCUCUUCAUCCCUCUUUCAUGCUCCAUUUAUUCAAGUGGAAGCCAAUGUGCUGUUUAAGGCAGAAAGUAUUUUCAGGCAUUGCUUCUGGAUAUAGACUUUUUUGUUUGCUGAUAAAGCUAUUUUUUAUGGCUGUAUACAAUCAGCAAAGUGUGCUCCCUCGUCCUUCAGGUAAAAAUAGUGCAUUUCCAGACAAAAGACGGUGUCCUUUAUGGUCCUGAACUUUUUAUCCUUCCAUGUCUGUAUAUUCUGAAUCAACUUUAAGGUGAUGAAACUCAUUCACUAAGAAGGAAACUGCUGCUUUCAUCACUUCACACUCUCAGGCUUGUUUUGUCCUCUUCCAUCCUUCCUUGCUUCAGAUGACUGGAUGAAUGGUGGAUGUAUCAGUCCUUCCAGUAUUUGUACUUGCUUACCUCUUACUGAUGAUAAUUAUUUCAAUUCUUUUUCAGUCUUUUCUCACACACUGUGCCACUGAGUGCAAACAUAUUCCUUUUGGUAGGGCCGGUAGUGUAUCACCUUUUCACUUUCUGCUUUUUUCUUCCUCUUGACCCCUCUCAUCGUGUACAGCUUCAGUUACAAUGUUCGCUCUCAUUGCAUCCAAACCUUACCGCUCUCUCCUUGCAACUGUCCUUUGUACUACUUUUUCUCUAUUUCUGUCUGCCUCUCCAGUUUUCAAGACACUCGCAUUUCUUUGGGCUCUUCUGCUUUUCUUUGGACGUGGUCCUUGAACUGACCCCGGCCUCUCCAUGUGUGCUGCUUUAUUUGUUCUCAGCUUUGACAACCCCCUCAAGCCACUCUCCUCAUCAAACCUAGAUUCAAGUGCUCUCUUCCUGUUUUGGAGAGCUUGUAUGAGGGAUAGUGGACUUCUCCACUGUUGGUAUGCGUCUCAUUUAGAGGGGUAAUACAUUCUUUGUGAGAACAGAAGUGUGUUUUUCUUAGGCCACAGGUGUGCAGUAGAGUGAAGCUUGGAUUGUGCCUUAAAUAACACAAGAAGAAAGUGGAUUUUGAUGUAGACUAACAGAGGAGAUUGAGUUUGUAAGGUUUAGCCUAGCUCAUGGUGUAGGGCUUGGCGAUAAAACAAUAACGAUAUAUAUCGAAAAUUUAUUUCCCUCAAUAUCAAUAUUAAUCAUGGUCAAUAUCCUUUUCAACAGUCGGCAUUCUGCCAUGUUUUGGUAGACUACACAAAUAGCCAAUGGAAAGGGAAGUUGCUCCCGUUCCACUUCGUGUUGAACCAAUCAUGUGCUGAAUUAGAACCAAGUAGCAAACAACUGUGUAGUAGCAGACUGCAGCUACACGCAACCAUAACACUAACACGUGAAGUCGACAGAACUUCUCACAAAGUCGGGGAAUACCUCAAAUCUUUUUCACUACCUGAAGCAGUGCCACGCAGAAAAACACGCGUAAUGCAAAAGGUUACAAACCCCAAGCGGAGCAAGGUGCCUACGGGACCUGUGCAGCCGAUACAGCCGACCAUUCAGUCCGCUUUCUCUAGGGCAACACCUUACGACAAAACGUCAAAGAGACACAAAGACCUCACAGAUGCAGUAGCUUAUUGUAUUGCAAAAGACAUGCUACCAAUAAACAAUGUUAAAUUUAAUUUUUUUAUAUCGUGAUAUGUAUCGAUAUUUACUAAUAUUAAAAAAAUAUGUCAUGAUAAACUUUUUCACAUAUCACCCAGCCCUAGCAGGGUGUGCAAUAUGCUUCAUGUUCUAAGAAGAUUGAAUAACAUAACUGGUGUUUGGAAAUCCUCUUCUUAGGGCUGGGCGAUAAACCGUAAAUUUACCGAUAUCGAAAUUUACGAGAAUAACCAACCUCAUUUUGCCCAUAUUGAUAUAUUCAGUGUCAAAAAAUUAAGUCAAUAAAAGUUGGUUUUGGAUGUGUGUAGGAAGGCUAAGGUCUCAUGUCCCUUUAAGACAUUAGAAUACAUGUUGGAGACAUGACUCCACCCCAUCCAGGCCAUAACAAAGAGGGAAAGACAGGUGAGGAGAUGAAGGACGGUUCAAAAGCUGAAGCGGCUGAAGUAGACGAAGUUAAUGUAGGAGGGGGUGAGCAGCUUGUGGAGUAGUUAUCCUCCAUUUAUCGUUAUCUAGAUAAACUGCUCAAUAUAUCACGAUUUAGGUUUGAGGCCAUAUCGCCCAGCCCUACUUCUACUCCACAUUCCUUUGUUGUAGCUGGUGAUCUGUGUGAGGAAAGAACUGUUAAUGAGGAAGUUUUUCACGAUGAUCCAAAAUAAGUUUGUACAGAAUGACACCAGAAACAACCAGCUGCAUCUUAAAAAGCAACACUAUGAGAUGGUUCACACUAAGUAUGAGAUGUUGCACACCAAGCAGUUCAUUAACUGGAUAGUAAGCAUCAGACACAAAGGAAGAAAAGGUGUCAUCUAAAUCAUCGAUCCCAGUUUUGAGAUUGUAAUACAAAUAAAGAAAUAUCAAAAUGGUUUGGACAGGGAUAUACGUACCUGUGAAACACUGCAUUUAUCAAUUACAUUCCGUUUUAGCAAUCAUUGCCUUAUUCAGAAUGAGUAACCCCUGAAAUUGUAGCAGUUAGUGCUGUAUUAAUAUCUUCUAUGGUACAACAUAAUACAAAUGAUAACUCUGGAGAUUGUCCCCUGUAAUCCUCCUAACUUUAUCACCUCUGGUUUCUCCUGUUUUGUUUUUAUUACCCCAUCUCUCCUUUUUUCAUUUUCAGUCUUUGCCUUGUUUCUUCUCUUGUUUGAUUUGGUUGGUGUCAUUACGUCUUCUAUAUUGGCAGGCUUACUGCUCCAGUAGAAAUGUGACCUUCUGUCAGCCCUCAUCCCUACCUUCCAUAUUGUGGUGGGUGUCACUUAUUGAGAGAGGGAAAAAAGAUGAGUAUGAGUGGGAAGGGACGGAGAGGUACAAGAUGGAAGUAUCACAGAGGAGAGAGGAAGGACAGAAAUUGAAAAGAGGGUAUGAGGAGGGUAGUGUGAUGUUGGUGUCGACGGGGAGGCGAGGAAAAGCUCCAUGAAAGCGGCUUGACUAUCCACCAACUGAAUGAGCCCCACACUGCUGAUAAGGAAGAUGAAAGGAAUAAUGAUAUCAGUGGGGCUGCCAAUAGGGGGCUAUUUUUAGACACAUUCAGCUUUCCUGCUGUGUAGGAUUGUGUACGUUUCUUUAUUUGGACCUUCUUGUCGAUGUGCAAGUCAUUUGUGAAGCAAUGUGCAGAGCUUAAAAGGUGUGUAGAAAGGUAUGUCCUAGGAUGUGCGAGCGUGUGUGUCUGUGUGUGUGUCUUAGCUUCCGUUCUAGUGCGCACAUGGGUAUAGAUCCAAGCCACGUGCCGUAAGUGCUGACUACAGAAUCAGGGAAGAGCUGCAGUGAGGAAGUCAACGUGCCCCCUUCAUGAGCGCAGAAAACGGCUUUUCAACAGCUGUGCCGUUCUGUGUGUGUGUGUGUGUGUGUGUGUGCUCCUGUGUGUGUGUGUGUGUGUGUGUCUGUGUGUGUCAGUUUAUGAAUGUAUGUAUGCAUGAUUAAGGUGUCUCUGUGCUGCGCUUGUCAAUGCUGCAGAUGGAUGGGACUGUAAAAGGACUGCAGAGCUGUGUGUGUGUGUGUGUGUGUGUGUGUGUGUGUGUGUGUGUGUGUGUGUGUUUGCCUCAGUUUUCCGUCUGAAUUAUUGGUGUCAGUAUCCACAUUUUUUUCUGCUUUGUCAAUUUAAAAAGUGCGACAUAAUAUCGGUGGAAAAACACUCAUUCCUUAACGUCUCCGUCUGCGUUGUUUUUUACCGUCACAUGAGGGAUUUCCUGACACUUUUUGAACAGGCUUAGAUAACGUUGCGGUUAGCUUACAUGCUACAUAUGUCCAUUUUAUCUUUUUGCAGAGCUAAGCACAAUGAGGAGGACAGAGCAGUGUGUGAGUAGACAGAGACAAGUCGCCAUACUCAGGUUUAGUGUUGGGCAGUAUGAACAAAAUCUUCUAUCACAGUAUGAGUAAUUUCAUAUCACGGUAUGUUUUUCCCCCUGUAAAUUUUAUUAAUGGCUUAAAAAUAACCAUACUGUUGCAUUUGUUCAUUUUCCUUUUAUUUUUAAACUCAGAUUUGUAAACAAAUGCAAACAAAAAGCCAGGCCAGCUUGGCGAUUUGUUAUAACAUGGUGUACCUUUGGUAAAAGACUCUGCCAAGCUCUUUUGGGAGCUGCUGCAACUUUAGUUCUUGGUGCAGCAGGUGCGCCACGCAUCUUUUGGCUCUCAUAAUAGAGCUUGGCGUGUUUCAUCUUUAGGUGGUGGAAGAGGUUGUUGGUGUUUCCUCCUCCAACAACAACAGCCACAUGACAGUCUUUGCAUAGUUUUGUUUUUUGAUCAUUUUUGGAUUUUCUAAAUCUGAAGAAUCUCCAGGCAACCAAUGUCACGACUCACGCACUUUUUCAGAACGAGUUCCUCCUCCUCUUCCUCGUGUUGGGUGGGUCGGGCUGCCUCCAUUUGCUCUGUACUGCCACUAGUCUCCGCGUCCACCAUGACCACCACCAAUGAAGCUGUUUCCUCUUCGUCGAAACGAUGCCAAGCAGUCUUCUGGACACGCUGGUGAUUAUAGGGAGCGCACCCAAACCUGACCAAUCAAACGGAGCGAACAAACUCUGUACGACACGCUGGUAAAUAUACGGAAACGCACCCAAACAGAUGCGCUCCGGCUUGCCUGUUAGCGAGCGCAGACAACUGCACACUGACUCAGAGAGAUGCAGCAGACAUCUGCUCUCUCUCUGGUAUAAACUGUAUCGCAAAAUUUCUACCGAUGGACACUUUAAUACCGUCGCACGGUAUAUACAGUCAUACCGCCCAACACUACUCAGGUUCUGGUGUUGUCGCUCCAGCCAACCAGUCAUACACCAGAUCGGGCAGGACUUGUUAUCCAGGUAACCAGGAAAAAUAGCUGCUUUUCAGAAGACCAUCCCAAAGACGCAGAAGCCCGAGUUAACCAAACCAUUUUAUUUUUAUAUUGAGGUGAUUGGAACACAUUUAUGAAUGUUAUAUAUUUCAUUUAUACCUAGUCUACUCUGCUGUGAAUGCUGCUUUAACUUCCUCUAACCACACAAGAUUUCCAUGUCAAUAUGAUUUCAAUUUCCAAUUAGUCCUCAAUUGAAGUGCCCGGUGUAGAGAGGUGAGAUGCGAGAUGGACACACACUAAUGCAUUCAAGCCUGAUGAAAGUGUGUCAUUUCAAUAUAGGCGAUUUAGUAUGCUGCAGCAUUAGAGCAGAUUGAAAACUGCAUGUCAUUUGCAUACUCUCUGUUUCAGUGUCUCUUUUCUUCUCUCUUUCUAUCUAGUCUGUCCGUCCAUCUCCCUCUUUUUCUUGUCCGUACACACAAACACACACACACACACACUUACACACAAACAUCUAUCAUCAGCAGCAGUACUCAAGCCCUUCUGAAACCAAGCCAGGGCUGGCCUCAUGGAGGAGUCUCCCUGAGGGCUGAGUCAGCAACAACAGAAGGGAAUAAAAGAAUAAAAAAAAGUAGGGAAAUGGACGAGGGAGGAAUUUUAUCCCAAACUCUAAACAUCAACUGAACCGUCUUUUUCUUUUGUCCCGGUCAGCUAAGUAACAUGUUUAAGCUCCUCAUAAUAGUCCUUUUCUUUGUCCCAAUCUGUGCCUCUGUGUCUUUUUUGACAAGACAUCUGUGGCACAAGACAGCUUGUCUCUAUCUUUGUCCUUAUUUUCAAUACAUGCUGCUUGCAUUAAUAUGCAGAUACUGUUCUGUGUUUAGCAUAACUAUUACAUGUUUUGAAUCCUAUUGUUUGUAGCUUUGGUGAGUUUGAGUGCACUGUUAAGAGCUGGUUUGCCGGCGAGGUAGACUUGUUUUUCAUGAAAGGAUCAGAUAGAAGACAGCUGAAAUGGUACAAACCUUUUAUACAGAGCCUGCAGGUGUUACGUUAAACCUCCCCAACUGUAAUUUUCUCUCCUUAUCGCUGUUACUUCUGACCCAAGAGUCUCUCUUUUAGGCUUUUUAUGGUCUUCCUCUUUUUAAAGGUCAGAGAGACAAAACCAUAUCUUUGGGUUUGACAUGAUUCAUGCCUUUGUCUCUCACUAUCACAGCUCACUGUCACUGUUUUGUCCCCUUUCUUCCUGAGAAUAUUAUCCUGCAGAUUCAGUUUCCCUGCUGGGAAUCUAAUCAUCAAUACUGGCAGUGAGGAUUUAUCCUGAGAACUGUGCAGCAGCCACUAUAGCCUCUUUUUUUCUAUCCUUAAACAACCACUGCACUGUAAAUAGUGCAUAGAGGUUUGUCUCCAGAGAGCAAUUAAAAAGAUUUAACCUGUCUCAGUGUGAUGUUUUUUUUUUAUCUUGAAAAACUAAAAUAUUCCAGAAAACCAGAAAGAAAAAACGUGUCUUUACAUCUGUUUGUAUACUAGCGAAUGUACUGUGUUGCCUCACAUUCGAUUGUCGCACACAGCAUUUUGCAGGGGAAACAGUGACUAACCAAAGGUAGAGGCUUAAUAAGCCCUACAUGUUUCAGUGAUGGAGGGGGCAUCUGUCUUUCCGUCCCAGGAGGGAACUGGAGAAGGUGAUAGUACAGCUCUGAUAGAUGACCACCUGACUGCAGUUUCUCUCUGCCAACUGCUGAGCACACACAUACUCUGUAUACUGCACAUACACACACACAUAUACACACACAUUAAAUCCCUGACAUCUACAGUAUAUGGGAUCUGUUAUUUUUUUGAUCACACCUGUAUUAACCAAGGUUUUUGCAAUGUAAAACAGGCGUAUUAUUGCAUGGUAAAAUUCAAAAUGGUAAAUUACAAACCAAGCUGCAGAAGCAUCAAUCACACCUAAUACAAAAUCACAUUAGCCCUAAUUUGAGGUUGUGUUUACCUACAACUGUCUCCUUUAUCCUAGUUUUUGGUGUCCAUUACUUUGUGGGAGGAAAAGGUGUUGAUGUGUACAUCUGCUAGUUGUUUUUUAUUGCCUGUUGGUUAAGAUCAUGAUAAUCUUUUACAAAAUAAAGUUAAUAAAAGUUGCGAACCAAAGUAAGAACAUAUAUAUUGUAAGUAGUGGUGAGAGAAAAAAUCGAUUCACAAAAGUAUUGCGUUUUUUUUGUUUUGCAAUUUUUAAAUUGAUUUUUAUGUUCAAAAAUCGACUUUUUUAUUUUUCAAAUUUAAGAAUAAAUCUUAAAAUCUGACUUAAAUGUGAUGUGUAUUUUUUGGGGAAAUAUUGUUCCUGGAAUAGUCAGUAGACAAUCAUAAUCAUCCAACUGUUUUACCAAUAUUAAAAAUGCAGACUAAAAAUUGAGAAAAUAGAAAAUAUCGUAGAAUCACAACUAAAAUGGAGUCGGCAUCCAAAAAUCCAUAGAGGAAUUGAAUCGGGAGAGAAGCAUAUUGUCCCAGCCCUAAUUGUAAGUCCUUUAUAUUAAAUCCUACUGUAGUAAAGAAGAUUUUUUCUAUUGUUAUUUUAAAGCAUUGGAAGUUCUUAUAUCUGGUUGUGUUGAUUGAAAACUACAACAUAAUGAAUUUGUUGUGUAAGGCCAAAUGUUAAGCUAAGAGCCACUGCAGUUUGUGUUUCUGCUUCUUUAGCAGAUGAUGACCUCAGGCUUGUCAGUGACAAAAACAUUACUUGUCUCACUUUUCAAUGUAAAAUCAUAUUGGCAUUUAGUUUGAUGCCUUGUGUGGCUAGACUAUACACCUCAUGCUGAUUAUCAGUGGACAGCUAUAGAUUCUGUCCAGUGUCAUGAUAGGCGUGUCCUGGUUUGAAGCCCUAGAUGUAUUGUUCACAUUGAUGUCUGCAGCACAGCAGCUGUUCUUGUUGGUUUAGUCUUGGCAUGGCUGUUUGGCUACACUUAUUUGAGCAUGUAACGUUCAUGCUACACUUGGCAAAGGGCUUUCCCGUGAGUGGUUGGUGGUUCUGUCGUGAGUGUUGACGUGAGGCUGGGUAAUCCACCGGGUGCUCCACUAUGCCUGUGCACGACUCUGGGCUGGCCUUAUACAAAGGAACAGACCUGAAAAGCGCCAUAAUGAGGCACAGGCUGAAUGAAAAGGCAUGUCUCUUUCCAUUUCUCUGAGCGAAAAGAAAAGAGCAACAUAAAAGAAUAGAAGACAAGAAAGAAAGAUGAAAAUAAGCCUCCCAAAUCCAGGUUUUUGGCUGUGCUGUCUCUUUGAGUUUAUCUUUUUUCAUGCAUGUGUUUUAUUAUGGUAAUGAAAUGUUAGAUAAAAAUAGUCUGGGAUGGAGGAGCAACGUUUUUCAAUGGCGAGAGGAGAAAAACAGGAGGGGGGGUGGGAGUGCAGCAAAAUGUCAUUGAUAAAACACAUAAAGACUUGAAGCUGGUUUCUCUCUUCUUCAUAUAACUGAUUCUGUCCUUUCCUUCUUUUAUCUCCUCUUUCUUUUACAAGCCUUAGUCCAAACUAAGUCCAAAGAGUCUCUCAAAACAUGUCGACAUUGUUGACUUUGUUAUUUCACAGUUGAACUUCAUGGUCUUCCAAAAGCAAGUGAAGAUUGUAAGACAUCAUUUUCAUUCAGUAUUAACUGAACAGUGACAUGCAUGUAAGAAAAACAGAAAUGAGGAUCAGAAAAGGUCAAAGUGUCUCUCCACUUUGAAAAACAUCAAAAUCCUCUCUGUUCAGUGCACUGUAAUGUUUAUUUUCGUUAUUAAUGACCUCUGACCUCCAUAAGAUCAGGUGAACUCAUACAAGUGGACACUAUUUAAUUAGUGCAUUUUUUAUACAGAUGUAAAACAAUAGGUGUGGAAAUCACCAGUGGCCCUACGAUACUAUCACGAUACUCAAGCCACAAUAUGAUAUUAUCACGAUAUGAUAUUAUCACGAUACUUGGGCAACGAUACGAUGUUAUCACAAUACUUAGGCCACAAUACAAUAUUAUCACGAUACGAUAUUAUCAAGCUACUUGGGCCACCAUACGAUAUUAUUAUGAUACUUGGGCCAUGAUGCGAUAUUAUCCUGAUAUGAUAUUAUCUCCUUACUUUGGCCAUGAUACGGUAUUAUCCCGAUACGAUAUUAUCAUGAUACUUGGGCUACAAUACAAUCUUUGAUGUCACCUCUGCCAACCUCACUGGACAAACAGUUGAUUUUAUUUUUCCAUUAUCACAGAUUUGACUUCACUUCAGCAAUUAUUUUGAAAAAUCGAUACUUGGUAAAUGAGACGAUACGAUACAUCACCAGAUAAAAUAUCACGAUACUAUGCUGUAUGGAUUUUUCUCCCACCCCUAUAAAACGAGUUUGUCCUGUUGUUUUUUACCCUUACACUGCAGGACCUCACGCCACAUACACUGUCAGGUAGAGAGCAGGCGGUAAAGAUGAAAAAGGUGACACUGCACAUGUUUAUGCACGAAUGUGGAGCGUGAGCCCAGAUGGAGAAGUUAGCCAGAGUGGAGGUGUUAGGUGAAGGUGACUGCACCAUCCUUCCCUUUCAUCCCACCUGCGGGUUCCACCUGUGCCACUCCAGAAACCUCCUCUGCUGAUGGAGCUCAGGCUGGUCGCUGGCAGCUCACUGCCAUGUAUUAUUUAUCAGGCUGAGAUCUGCAAAGCUCUGCUGCUCAUUCUCACUCCGCUCUCUCUUAACUCUCCUUCACUUCAGCAGUCUCCUCCGUAUCUUCUCUCAUUUACGUCUGCUUACAUGUAAAACCUCUCACGCAUUUGAAAUGUUUCAGACAGUGAUGUUUUAUUUAUUUGUUUUUGGGGAGUUAGCCAAUAUCUUUUUAUAAUGCAGCAGCGUGUCUAACUUAUUUAAUUGAGGAUAUUUUUGCAUGCAGGUAUCACUAACAGUGUUAUUAGUUAACUACUGGGAGGAGAAGGUUUCCGGAAAAUCUAGGUGUUUGUGGGGAGCUUUGUGGGUAGUAUUUAGACUAGGGCUGGGCGAUAUGGCCUCAAUAUCACAAUAUAUUGAGAAGUUCACCUCGAUAAUGAUAAAUGGACGAUAACUACUCCACAAGCUGCUCACCCCCUCCCACAUUAACUUCAACUUUUGAACCGUCCUGCAUCUCCUCACCUGUCUCUCCCUCUUUGUUACGGACUGGAUGGGGUGGAGUCACGUCUCUGACGUAGGACAGCGUCUUAAAGGGACAUGGGACCAUAGCCUACCUACACACACACACACCAGAUAUACACACAUAUUGACUUGGGCAAAAUGAUGUUGGUUAUUGUCGUAAAUUUCAGUAUCAGUAAAUUUUCAGUUUAUCGCCCAGCCCUAGUUUAGACUCAAAUCACUUACCCUUUCGUUUAAAUGUAUGACAUUCCCAGGCCUAACUCAUGGCUAGAGGAUUGGGCACGUUGUUUAAAGUGUCUGCAACAACACUGUUAAUAUAAUGUCGUAACUUUUAAUCAUUUAAUGUGAGUUCUCAAAUAUGGAAAUUAUGCAGUGUUAAUGGAUACUCUCAAUUAAUCUGACACACUUACAGUCAUGUCUUUGCUUGUACAAACCAUGGAGUGCUGUGACGGUCAUGUUUUCAAAUCUUUUUCAAAAUAUCAUUACUUUCCUGUCCUUUAGAGAAGCUGCUUCAACAGGUUUCCUUCAGUUUGGCUUAAGAUCAGCUCUAAUGUGCAUUUAAUGUAUGUACAUGUUUGCAUAUUUUUGGGUUACUAGUAUAAGCGCUAAACCCCAGGUAUUGCGUUAUCACUAGUUCACCCUCUGGUUCCUAUUUAGUCAAUCCUGAUAGCUUUCUUGAGGUUUAAUAGAAAUAUUCAGUUGUUUGGCUUCUUGAAGACCAUAUUUUGUUGCACGUAUUUCAUGAGGUUCCUAUUUUUUCUAUCCUUGUAGCUGAUCUCUUAAAAAUCACAUUACUCCUGACAGAUCCAGUGAAGCUGUGUUGAAAUGCGACCUGUAAAUGUGAUAAAUCAGGAUGUCUGAUAUGAUUCUGAGGAGAGCUUUUUACUGUUCAGCACCUCGGUGGUGAUGCUGCGUUGUUAUAACUCCACUUGAUUUUUUUUUUUUUCUUUUUCAGGAGUUGAAUAAUUUAGUAGGGGUCCAUUUAGUUUAGACACUGUGUCAGCUUUUCACAAGGAACUAGCCUGGCGUUGGCCUACUUUGACUCAAGGCAUUAGAGCUUGAUUACCUGAUGUUCCAGCACUUGAGGAUAAUGGACGGGAAGGUGGAUGAUCCGGAGAGCGGCUGAUGCACUGCAGUGCUGAAACAAACUGGACUGAUGAAUAGGUGUUUUGAGAAAGGUGCUUGGUUCUUAAUGCCAGACAUUUGUAUAUUAGAGCUCCUGUGUAGCUUAUUGUUCUCUGUGUGUGCUUUCAGAGGGAGUGUGAGUUAUUGAGGCAGUGCAGGUCCAUUGAGCAGCAGAGAGCUGUUCUCUCCCAGUGGAGUGCUUAUUGUAAUGAAAGCUCCAUGCAGCCAGCAGCUUAACCAGUUAAACAGUAUUCUGUCUGUACUAAUAAUCAAACUUAACUUGAUUUUUUUUGUCUCACAGUAUCUUCAUGCUGGAUUUAAAAAAAAAUUCUUGCUGUCAUCGAAGUGAUUAAAGACUUGUGUGGUAGAAGUACAGGCCACAUGCAGACCUGUUCAUUGCUUUGAGAUGAUGAAUGAGCAUCAGCGAUUUUAGUUCAUAAUUAAUUUGUUUAGCUCUGUAAUUUUGUUUUCAGCUCAUUUCUGUGCACUGCAAAUAUUUCACAUUAAAAAUAGAAAUGUGUCAAGAUGACAGCUGAGUUUUCUUUAAUUUCAGUAUUUUGUGUUACGUUUGCUUCAGUUUGUUUGCCUGUUUUGUUUGCUUGUUUGUUUGGUAUUAACCCAGUUUAAAUCCAAACCAUAGACUGUAUAUACUAUGGACAACUUCUACCUUCUGCCAGUAUACAGAUUUGAAGCUGAAAGUUCUCGGUAUUUCCAUGAUUUUUCUCCAUUUCCUGAAACAAACAUUGGGCAGUGGUGUUGGACGCAUUUGGUGGGAGAUUUGCUGUGAUGAUGCUCGGCUCAAACAGCGGGUGAACUACCCAAUCUUCGUACGCCCAUAGGCUGUAUCAAGUGUCAGUCAUAGCAAACAUGAACCCCCUAAUAACUUUUAAAAAUGGAGCUGUACAGAAAAAAGAGGACUUGAGCACAAACCAGUCUCAAAAUAACUUCAUGCCAACAUCGCAACCAGGGGGGAGAAAAACUUAUAUUCUGUGUGAUUAAUUUCUAAAGUUUUUCCUCAGCUCCAUAGGGAUUACUGGAGGAGGCGGGAUUUAUGACCUAUACUGCAGGCCGUCACCAGAGGGUGCUGUUCUCAGAGCGGUGGCAGACGGCGUCCAUUCUAUAUACAGUCUAUGAUCCAAACCCUGCUUUCACACAAGAUGGAUCACAGACAACUUGAGCAAGUGCAGAGAGCCUCUGUAGAUUUGAAGUAAUGUGUGAUUUUAAUGGAAUAAUAUAACGUAGCUUGAUGAAAUCUUUGGCUGGACUUGGGCUGUAGGGACCCUUAGGAGGACAUAUUAUCAGACUUUAAAGAAGUUUUAACGUUAAAGUGAACUCAACGAUUAAAGGAGAUAUAUUUUUGAUUGACUGGACUGGAAAGUGUUCUUGUUAUUCCAAUAUUUAACAGAAUUUAAAGUAUUUUUCAGGUUUUAUGAUGUACUGUAUGUCGUCUGUGUCAACAUACGGUAUAGAAAACGUAUGUUCUGAUUCAUCAGUUCUCCUCUCUCGCUGUUCAUAACUUUGCUAUCACUCUCCCUCCUCUCCUUCUCUCACAUUUCUUCUCGUUGAAUAUGAGUCUCCCUCUUCUCUCUUUUGACUCCUGUCCUCAGCUGUACCCUCGUCUCUGCCUCUGCAGCUGAUACUCAAAACUCUGAGCUGCAAAUGUGGAGAGGUAACAUCCUCCUGAGUGGCUCUGCUCUGAGGGCCAUCGAGGAGGUUUAAAAGCACAUAGAGCAAACAGAGACAAACUAAUGUGUCCUUUUUCUCUCCAACUCUUCAUGACUCAUACUGAUUGUCUUAUGUUUGUCUUGAGUUUGAUGUAAAGUAUACUCAAAUGCCAAGAGGCUGCUAGUUGGACGUCCAGAGACUUCAAGUGUUAUCCCUUUAUCCCUAUAAUCUACAGCAUAACAAUUUGAGUUCCCUCUGCGCGUCUGUUUGAAGCCCUGAGGCUCCCAGAGGCUCUGCAGCAAAUGGCCUGUUACUCUUAUCAGCACCCUCCCUCUCCUCCACCUCCUCCUCGUCUCCCCCCCUCCACCCCUUCGCCUCUCUCUCCCUGUCAUCACUAGCCGUCUGCUACUUAAUCCAAUUAUUCGUUUAAGCUGACACGCUCUGUAACUUACCACAAACUCUACGGAUGACGCUCUGUGCAUCACGUACACACACACCCACAAGUGCCCCAGACAUAAACACAUGCACAACCAAACACACACGUACACAAAAUUAACACAUUGCUACUUAAGACUUUAACUACAAAUGAUUUUCAAAGCUGAAGGUCGUGCAAAGUGCUCAUUCAUGCUGAAAAAGUUAGAGAAACUGUCUAAAAUGCAGCAUGUGUUCUAUGUUCCUGUCUGGCUGUACAUUUUAGUCCCCCCUUCUGCUUCCUUUGUCUAUUUUUGGGUGUCCUAACUUAGGGCUUUGGCCUCUGCUGUCACCCUUUGAUUCACUGUACCCUUGAGGUGACUCCGUCUGUUUCUCUGCGCUAUCCUCCACUUUCCUGCUUUGUGUUUACCUGCUAAUGCAUCUGUCCUCUUAGUCACACCACCUGACACUAAAGGUCCCUCUUUGUGUGUGUGAGGGUGUGUGUUGUAUAUUUGUCCUUUCAGGGGAUCAGAUGUCCUCACCAUUGUAAAAAAAGAUGAGGAAAAUCAUAAGAGGGACCUUUUUCAAGAGCAGGAGGUCCUACAGUCAAAUUAAGAGUCAGGGUAAAUGUUUCUCUUUAGUGGAAAAUUGAAUUACUACAUAUAAAAGUGGGUUCUCCUGUCGAAAUUUGCUUUGGGAUUAUCUUUAUGUUACACUUAACUUUCGCCUUAAUGUCAGAUGGUUAAAAAGCUGUAGAUAUUUGGAUUUCUCUCUCAAGAGCCAGACUCUUACGUCCAAAGAAUUAGGUAGGGUCAUGGUUUGGAUGACCAAAAGGCUCUCUGAGCUAUAGACGCCUAUUAGACAUCUAGUUUUUAUUUUUUAAGCCCCAAUUUCAACCGUCUAGAUUCUGUAUGUGUUAGACCAGAGGUGGGUGAACUAAGACCUGGGGGCCACAUGCGGCCCGAUCAACAAUUUCAUCUGGCCUGCAGAGCCGUCACAAAAAAAUGAACAUUACUCCAUGAGCCAAAUAUUGUGAGCUUGAUUUCUGAGAAAAACUUUCAUUUGUAGAUCUGUGGUAGCCUGAUUUUAGACCAGUUUUCUAGGCUACAUUUAGACGUCCAUUAGACCUCUUUUAGACCAAAAAAUGCUCAUGGGGGAAUAUGCUGUGGAAACCAGUUAUCGUAAAAGAUAUGAGAUGGAGCCUACAGCGUUUCAUCCUCAUGAUAUUUAGUUUUUGUAAAAUAUGGGGGUAAUAAUAUAAAGGUUUUGCAUAUAACAAGAAAUUAAGCCCUUAAAGGACCUGCACACUUGUCAAAUAAAAAAGAAUUGUGGUAUGGUUCUGGAAGAUUAGUGACUUAAAUGUCAUGUGCAAAUAUUUUGGACAUUUGUUUUCUCACAUGCAGCUUCUCUCCAUAGUUUAAAGACAAACUCAGGGUUGCAGUGCACGUGUGAAAAUGGUCAAACUCUUAAUUUUAUUCUUUACUCAAAGAUUUUUUACUGCAAAGCACAGUGAAACCUCUCUGAAAGUAGUCAACGUCUUAAAGACUCGUUUUGAGGAGUCUCCAUAUUAAUGUUUACAUCAGUACAACAGUUCUUAGUACAGUAAUACUUAAAUGCAUGUGUGUUUGUGGUCGGAUAGUAAUAUUUUCACGGCAGGUUGUGUUUAAUAGCCACUCUACAGUGUUUUCUUUCAUUCAACAGUUUCUUGCUAAGUAGCCACUCAGUCUAAAAUGAAUGUUAUUCUGUGCUGGCAUGGUCUGACAGCCUGCAUCGCUGCACUUUGAAAACACAGCAUGUGUAACUGUAAAUUGUGAAUGUGCAGCAGCAGCAGCAGCAGCAGCAGCAGGGUCAUGACUGAGUUAUUUAUCCCUGGAUUCUGCAGUUCCUACCUGGGCAAAUCUUAACAAGUAUUCCUGUCACGUUGGGGCCGCUCACAUCACAAAAAGAGGCUACGUUAGGCUGUUUUCGGUGCUGACACGACAACAGUCAGGAGUAACAGAUGGAGUUUGGUGUGUGUUUAUGUGUGCGUCGUGUGUGAGUGCUCGAGGGCACUACAGAGUGCUACAGUAUGGGUUUGAUUUGGAUCACAGCAGAGGCCGUGUGAGCAGAUCUCUGACUGUCUGGAGGAGGAUGUUUCGGAGGCUGUUUGCCUGUUUCACUGUCUUGUUCCCUGAGAGGAGCAGAACAUUUUUGUGCCUUUCUGGGGGAAUGAAGCGCCAUCUGGUUGUAACUUGCUUUUUUAACAUCUUUCUUUAACAUCGUCUGCACAUUUACAGCAGAGUAGCCGAUGAAGUCUGUUUACAUUUCUCUGACGAUCUCUUUAAAAGGUCAAACUCUCUCUUUCUGGAUGUUUCCUGUUUGUGUUAUUGUGUUAUAAAAUAUAUGUAGUGUUUCUGCACAUUUGUGAGUUUUGGGUAAGUACACGAAAUUUUGUGUCCACUUGCACAUACGACACAAAGGACUACUCAAGUAACUCCAGUGUGUGUAGGUCGCAGCAGCUCUGACACAGCUAACCCAUCCGUGAGCCACAAACCAUCAGCACCAGAUCCUCCUCCAUCGCCAUCAGUGCGGCGUUGCCCAGCGCUCACCACUGUAUGUGUGAUGUUCUCGUGUCGUGCUGCAUCGUGCUUUCACACUCAUACCACUCAUCCUAACCUGACCUGUUUCCCACCGGGAGAGUGUUCUAGGGGGAAGGGAGGGGAGGGUUGUGCGGGAUGGGAAGGGAUGGAUAGGACAGGGCGGGGCGGGGUUGUCCCUCUUCCUGCUCUCCUCCUCCUCCUCCUCCUCCUCCCCCUCCCUCCCCCACCUUAUUUUCUCUACCUGUGUCUCAAUCGAAUGUUCGCAUUUUUCCUCUUUGAAUCUCUCUCUCAUUUCCUCAUCGUUGUUUUCUGUCCACUCUGCCCCCUCUUCUCUCCUCUUCCCUUCCCUUUUUCCUAUUUGUCUCUCCAUCUACCUGCUUCUCACUGUUGCGAUUAACUGGGCUCUGUCUUUAUGUCGUAUGUUCUUUUAGGCCCACGCCGUGCAUCGCUGGCUAAUCGAUCAGGACAGUAGUGUGAGCUCUGAGAUGCCCGAUGGCCAAGGAGUAUGGCACUAUGAUGAUGAAGUAAAUAUCUGCAACACGUAUAUCUGGCUUUUCCUAUUUCUCUAUAUCUAUAUGUAUAUGUAUAUAUCUUUAUAUUGUAUUUUAUGACCAUCUUGUAUGUGUCACUCAAAGUGUGUGUCACUAUUGUUGCCCCGCUGUUGUUGUUGUUGUUUUUUUUUAUAUCUUUAUCUCUCUUGUUUUUGUUGUGUGUUGUUGCUUAUGGUACUGUAGUUCUGGUUCCUUUGACUUUCUAGUGUCGCUGUUGUGCUGUGAGCUGAUUCAGUCAGGUGUCGUGGGAUCAGGCUGGAGCUUUUUCUUUGUUCCUGUUCUUGCUUGACGUAUUGUACUAACUUGCUUAUAUUAUUUUCGAUUAUUUUUCUUUCUUUUUAGUGUGUUUUUUUAAUUUUUUUACAUAUAUAACAUAAUGUUUGUUUCUGUACUUAUAUGAAUUCUUAGUAUAGUGUGUGAUUUUCUCUCAACUCAGUGUUUCUCAAGCAGAGCAUAUUACACGGCAAGAGUCCACGGGCAAAAUAUAGAUGUGAUAUAUCUCCUAGCGACUCCAUCCAAGUUUGAACACGUCUGUGUACGAUUGAACACAAAGGUCUUUGCACCACACAGGUUCACAGUAGUGAUAAUACACAACUGUCCAACUAUUUUUCCUGUGGGUUCUUUUGGUUUAGAAAAUAUGCUUGCAUCAUUUGUACCACCUUGUUUGUGUGUAGGGUUAAGUCUAGGUGUGUAUGUGUGAGAGAAAAAAGGUAACGGAGAAAGUGUGAGAGACGUUUACAUUUUGGGGUCAACUGCUUUCUUUCUGUCAAUAUGCUUGUGUGCAUGAUUUUUGUCUUUUUUGCAUGAUUCUAGUGUGUGUAUAUGUUUGGGAUGUGAUUUGAACGUCUGUUGUGUUGUGUCUGUGCUUCAGUCUGCGUUUGUGUGGUGUCUGUGCUGUAGAUGUUGUGGUCGUGCCUGCCUCUGCCUCUGCCUGUGCCUUUUGAUGUGCCAGUGUUGUGUUUUGUGUAUUGUGGCCGUUGUGUAUUUCCCCGUGUCGCUGUUUGUGAUGUGCAGUGCCUGUGUUUCGUCUGGAUUAUCUGUUUAACGAGUCUGGGAUAGGUUCCCCAAAGGUUUUAUUGCAUCUGCUGCGUAGAUGAUCUUGAAUCCAUGUCCACUUCCUGGAGGAGAGAUUAUCUUGGUGCAAUAAGGCUGCUGGGAAACUUGUUCCAGACAACUCUUGCCUAUGAUUUUAUCCUGGCUCCCCCCUUGCUCUCAUGUCAGAUUCCCGAACCCACUCUUCUGAUCUCCAUAUUGCUCCCAAACUCUCUGGAGCACCGUUUAGUUGGCCUUUACUGAUCUUUAGCCAAUUAAGCAUUUGAAGUCCCAGAGACUAAAAAGAGACCACAACAAUUUGCUUCUAAAUUGUGUGAACACAGAAUUAAGCGAACGCACUAAGGCAAGUGGAUGAGUAUUUCAACCAUUUUACCUCUUUGGCCAGAGGCCCGACAUACAACAAUAUGGAGUACUGUCUUUCCUUUGGUGAUGCUCUUGAAUGCUGAUGCUCUUGGAAUUUGUAUAUUUACUUUUUCUUUUGAUUCUUUUUCCUUGUCUAUUUUGUGAAUGACUAAAAAAAACAGUAUUUUUGUUUUUUUCUUUACCAGUCCAAAAGGAACAUAAAAAACCAUCCUGUUAGAAGUAUGCAUUUUAGUGCAGCUGAGACUGUAGAGUCAUUACAAAACAGCACGAAUGGUAAAAUGUGAGGAAAGGGAGGAUAUAAAAUACAGCGAUGAUCACCUGGUGGGAUCAAUAGCAGAUGAACACUUUGGCAAUCCCAAGGUAUUGAGACAUGGAUCAUCAUGGAGGACCCUGUUCGCCCCAAUGGCUCAGAGCCAACACAGCAAUGGAGAUUAUCAGCAACAUAAAUCUCUGCCACUGUGUCUCUGCUUCCCUAACGUGUGUUUAUUUGAGAGUGAUACAACGUCCUUUUCUGCACACAACCCCCUCACUCCUUCUUUCAGUGCCCGAGUGUCACAUCUCAAAGGAAAACCAGAGUUAAUUUGGUUUUAGAAAGUAUUAUUUGGUAAACAUUUUGACACUUAAGAGACAAAGAUUUCCAAAGGUACAUUUUUUCUCUAAAAAUUGGGAAUUACAUGAGCAAUUAGAUAGUUUUACAGAUUAGAAACAAGCCAUCGGGAUAACCAGAUUCUUUCAGUUUCUUGAAUUGAAAAGUAAACAUAUCUCUAAAACAACUGAUGAUCCUCAGCCGAAACAAAAGUAAAUACAACUGUUGAUUGAAGUUAAUCUGGGAAAUUGGUUUCUUCCUUUGUUAAUGUUGUUUUAUGCACAUUACAGUAGAUGAAAAUGUCAGGUAAACUUUGGGGCAAAGCUAACUUGUGAUUUUUUUAAGAUGUGCAGGAUUCAGUGUCUGCACUACAGCUUCCAAAAAUGGUUUCUAUGGUCCCAAAAAAGGUGUUGAGCAGAAUCACAGACAGUACUUGAAAAUGCUGACAUCUAAAACCACUGAAUAAUGUCCAGGUGGCUGUUUCUUAUAUAUAGACUCAGUGCAGUUUUUAGUCAGUGAAAUUAGAGCUUGAAUUGGCUUGAAAUCCUCUCAAUGUGGCCAAGAAGAAUCUUUUUGUAUUAAGUUCUCACCAGUCACUCAAACUGGUUUGACAGGACAUCAUUAAUUUUGCAUCCAGGUUGUGAAACAGCCUGUAAAUAAUCAUCUUAUGAGUGAUAUUAUGAAAACAACCUCGUCAUAACCAAAGCAAGGUAGAUGUCAUGAUUAUACUUUGGAGUUCAGUCAGGUUAAAUUUGAUUGAACCAAUUAGAGUCAUUUAGAGCGGUCGGUAAGCAGCCCUGCGAUAUAAAGCUUUCAACCACCUUAAAACCAGACUCAUGGUGUUUCCCUGUGGGCUGAUUUAAUUUACCCCAAAUCUUACGCUUCAUCAAACACCCCAUCCCACCACACUCCCUCCUCAAGACAGAAGUGUUGGAUGUCAGAGGUCUGUGUAAGGGCCCUGUCCCUUUUGCCACCAUCAAUAGUCAGUGGGCCCGGGGUAUAUUCCAUAUCCUCCCACAGCUCUAAUUACCCCUCAGUGAGCCCUUGGAGACAGAUGCUUGGGGAGCCAAGCCCCAUUCGUCACAGUACGGCUGCAUGGCAGACUCAAUAUGAAAAAAAACAAACUGUCACACUCUGCACUGUCACAUAAAUUCUCCCCCGUCUCAGUUUCUCUGUUCCAGCUGCUCCCAACCCACUGUAGAUACAGACUACAUUAGGAAGCCCAUUCAUGUCCAGCCACCAGCAGUUGGCUGUAAUUUGUUUCGGCUAGGGGGGCAGAGUUGAAUUUACAUGUGAAAGGCCACGGCCUAUUCAAAUAUUGUAACUCUCAUUUUUAUCCCAGGGUUAUUGAUACCAGCUUCACAGACUGCAGAUUAAAGGUAGAGGGGGCUUUACUGCUAUUGUUCAAAACUGCAGAAGUCGUGUAAUAACGUCUCAGUUGGCCAGAUACCAACUAACAGAGGAAGAGAGGAGGGCAGGUUUCUCUUUGUCUUGCUGACCCAUUAAGAACUGAUUUUUUUCUAUCUUUUUGCAACAGUGAGAUGGCUCAUGGGAAAAAUCUGGCCAACACUGAUAUUUCAAUGGAGCUAUCCCAACCAACACCUACCUAAAUGGUUUUAUAACGUAAAGCACUGCUAAGUACCUGGCUGAAAAUACCUGAACACAAAGUGAUUUAGAGGAAAACGAAAUAGGUGUUCAUAAAGUAAUGAUAUGCUGCUCUUGGCUGGGAGAACUCUGAUUUCACCUUCUAGGUUAAAAAAUAAAUGCAUCAUGUCUCACAGAGGUUUUAAGGAAGCUCAUUUUUCAUAGUCUACUGAAACCUUUUUGCUGACCUUUCCAAAAGUCUACCUUUAAAACUUAUUAAUUUUAUUUAGAUAAUUUAAACUGUAAAAUUCCUCUUUUUUUCCAAUUACAUCUUAUGUGCUUAAGUUACCUGCAACUUUAUUUUUUUUACUUUCCAGAAAAACAGAGAAAAAAAAAAGAAACUUAACAACAUCAGUGUGCAUGCAUGCAUGCAUGUGCAUGUGUUCAAGGUGAAUGCGCAGAGUGCAUGGUAAAAGUGGAGGUAUACUCCAAAAGAAGUGCUGGUCAAAAAGCUCAAGAAUACACCCCCCUUUAAUAAACAAUUAUAUAACAAGUAUUCAAGAAGUUAAAAUAUUCCUAAUGUUGGGUGAACCACUGUCACUCUGUUGGCAUUGGCAAAACAGGAAGUCAAAACGAUCAGUCAUGACUUUCUUUCUGCUUCAGAUCUUCAGCUGGUUUUCUCACAUAGGCUGAAACAGGAAAAAUAUGAAUACUGUACCUUUAUUAACAUAUAUAAUACAAGAUUAGAGGAUAAUCAAUGUUGGGUUAAAACAUGAAUGUGGUAUCAACUGGUUUUAAACACCAGCGGUUUAUGAUUAUUGGUAGUACAUUCCAUUGAAUACUUUAAAUGGACACCACUCAGAGAGCUGAGGGACAUGUAAAUAUGUAAAUAUGUAAAUAUAAUGAAAACUUUUUGAACCCUACUGUGCAUUUUGAAGAUAAAGAAUCUUGAAUUUGGAUUCUUCUUCACAGUACUCAGUUUAUAACUAAAGACAAGUGAAUCAUCAAUGUAGAGUUUGAUUUGAAUUAUUCAUAUUUAUACAUCUUUAAGUCCACUUCAGUCUUUCUCUCCAUUUCAACCCUUCUGAGAGCCCAUCAGACGUACUUUGAUAACCAGUCUUCUUUAAAUAUAUUAUACAUAACCUUCCUUCCUCAGAUGAUAGGAUGAGAAUUUGCACGGCCUUGUUCAGUUAGAGUAUACCGCUGCCUGAACUGUAUACCUGCAUAUGGAUGGUUGCUGCAUAUGAGUGUGAGUUGAAUGUAAGUGAGUGCGCGUGUGUGUUUUGCACCAGCAUGUACUGCACUGUAGGUGAAUGCUUGUGCCAAUGAGUUCAUGAGUGUGUAUUUGUGAGAGUGUGUCUGAAUGUUAGUGUGUGUGAGGCAGCACUAAAUAGGCAGAGGCAGAGGAGUAAUUGACAUCAGUUUUAUAAUCUUUCCUUCAAAUGCCCUUGUCCUUACUGAUGAGUGCAUCUCCUUUAAUUGCGGAUAUUUAAUAUUUAUUAACAAGUAGAUCUCUGAUAUACCAGGCAGCGCAGCAUCUGGCCCAUGAGGCAGCACAUUAACCUUUCAAAUGAAAAGCAUCUGGAUGGAUGCAUCCGUUAUGGAUUUAUUUGUUAAUUAAGAGCUGUCAAUAUAUUGAAGCCUGUACGGUUCUCUCUCGCUGUGCUUUCGCGGCCUCUCUGCUGCUUCAGUGUAGAUAACAUGAUGAUGGAAGGUGGUUGUGUGAAAGGGGAGAGGGGGGUCGACAGAGAAAUAAGGAUCUGACUCAGCAAGGCUGUGCAGAUGAAGAUGCCGUCUUGUCAACAAGGUUGUGGAAGAAGAUGCAGCACACACACCUACAGUAUCAUGUGGUCAAUGAAGCUCCGCAGGCCCAUUAUUUAUGAUCACAGUUCUCACCGCACCCGAGACGCUCCACGCUCUUUUAGUACUUUUUUGUUUUUUCCAUCCAUCUUUUUUUAAUCUUAUCGUUCCCAGCCUGUUUUCUCGACAUUUCCGAUGUCUGUGGUGAGAAAUGAGGCCGGUGCUGGAGAAAGACAAGAAAAACAAAUGUUUGGAAAUGUUACUGUACCUGCUCGAAACAUAAUGUCUCACUGUAAUGUAUAAUUAAUGUAAAGUAAAGCAUAGUGAGAAUGAUUCAGGGGUUGGUUUUUGUGGUUAUCCACAAAGUUUUUAAACUGAAGUUGUAGAAAAUAAUGAUACUUUUAGACUUUUUCAGUCACAGGGAAAAAACACCAGUAAAAGAUCUGUAUGUUGUUGUCCAGGACAGUCAGUCGUGUCUGAAUUGAGUCUGGUAUCUUGGGUCACUUUGGCGCGGUGUCUUAUUACACCAGAGUGAAUAACUGUCUCGAGUCCUGUUGUGUCUUCUGGUCAAAGUCUUUGUUUUUGAUUUAUGGACUUUGGUCCCGGUUUGUGCUCGGAUACCGCUCACAUACAAAUAAGGGAAACAGGGAGAGAUUUGUGGAUAGUUUCUCCACAGUGGAGCUGUUUCUCGCUCCUCCUCCACAUCUCCACUCUAUAUCUCCCCUUCGCUCACUUUCCACUUAUGAAGAUUAAUGGGAGCCCGACCCCGCGCUGACAUACCGCUGCUGUCCUUCCUUUUCUAUUGCCUUCAUCUUUUUCAUCCCUCUCCCAUUGUCCUCUUGUUUCUAACUUCUUUUUUGUCUUCCACAGGUCCGCCUUGCUUUAUCACGUUGAGGCCCAUGUGCGUUUGCUGAGGCAUCUUUAUGCGCUGUAUAUAAUGAUAUGUAUAUACUCGAGCGACUCAAUACAUGUGCUCUGACAUGUGAUAUGUAAUCUGUCUGCGGAGUGAAAGCGGUUGUAACACCCGCCGCUGUUAAUGCUGAGCUCUGUCAGUUCAGAGGCCAGGCAAGCUUAAUGUAGCUUCUGAGGAGGAGCUGAAGCAGGAUAAGGAGUUGAAAGUGUGUGAUGGGUGUGUGUGUGUGUGUGUGUGUGUGUAUGUGUGUGUGAGAUGAGGGGGGGUUGCCAGGGCUGCAGUAAUCAGCCCAGCCCAGCCCAGACUCUCUUUGAAGCUGCUGCAGGCCAAAACUGUACAGCAUUACACCGACACUAGAGGGCCAUUACACUAAAGUGAAGUAAAAACAAGCUCCUGAGAUGCAUAAAAUAUAUCUAAUUUUUCAUUUUUAAUCGUCACCCUGUUCUUGUGUGGAUCAGGCGCACUCGUAAAUCUUGUGUUAUAUCCCGGGAGUCUUUCAGCCGUCAAAUCAAUCUGAAGAGGUGCUGCUUUGCUGCCCCUCCUUUUGGCCUAGAGGGUGAAUAAAUGACCAUAUGCCCUUGAUAAUUCAUGUGUUCGCGGUCUCUUCUUUUGACCCGUGACUGUGGGCCUUAUCCAGCAAGAUGAACUGCACAAUAAUUUUAAAGUUGUUUCCUACUCUAAGCAAUCUUAACCCAGCGAGUUAUGUCAAUGUUUUUAAAUCCCUAGUUGGCCUCCCAGGACAAGAACUUCACUGAGCAACGUCAGAUGCUUAUCAGACCUACAGCAUACUGAAAUGGAGGGUUUUUGCACAAACAGUUUGAAUCUUGUACAAUUCGUGGAUGUUAGUUGUGCAAAAAGGAGACGAGACAAAGAGCAAGAGUGUGUCAGGUUGAAGAAAGACAACCGACAGACCAUCAGUGUCAAAGCAGAGUCCUCCCCCGUCUUUUCAACUCCAGCCAUUACUCUCUGACAUCAGGACAUGGGCAACAACAACCCACCACAGGCAACACACGUGGACAUCUAUAGCUCUUUAUCCUGCCAGAAAGAGGGGCUUGACUCAGGGUGCAGAGGGUAAGUCAGACCCAGACGUAAAUCAAACCUGUUACUAAACAGGAGAGGGGUCAUGAGCCCCCCAUUAGCCGUGUAUUUGCACUCUUGCAAACACUUGCACAACCCUCACCCUCAGGAUACAGGUCCGAUGUAUUUGAUCUGGUGUAUUUACCAUUGUGGUAACACUUUACUUGACGCCCAUGUAACGCAUUAUAAAUAAAUGUAUAAUAUGUUAUAAUCACGUAAUAGCACUGCAUAACUAUAGUUACAAACACUCAUAAAUGAUUAUAAUGCUUUAUGAGUCUUUAUGCUUUAAUGCUUCAGGUAUUAAAAUGUGUUAUGUUUAUUGUUAUAAAGCCUUAUGAUAAUUAAUGAGUGUUUAUAAUGAUAGUUUUACAAGUUUAUAAGCAAAUUAUAACACAAAGUAUCAUGUAUCAUCUAUGUGGGCAUUGCCAGUGAGGUGUUAACAGUUAUAACACAUUAUAAUACCUGACCUUGUAAGUUAUGAUAAAAUGCUUUACAAUGUGUUAUGAUUAUUGCGAUAAAGCAUGAUGAUCAUUUAUGAGUGUUUAUAACUAUAGUUAUACAGUGCUAUAACAUUAUUAUAACGCAUUAUACAUAUAUUUAUAAUGUGUUAUAGAGACAGGUGUCAAGUAAAAUGUAACCAGUAUUUUUAAAAAUUAAUUCUUUCAAGCAAAACCAAAAGCUAAAAACACUUAAUUAAAAAUACUGAGGUCCCAAUAACAAACUUAAGUUUCAAAAAUAAGAUAAUCACAGGAAAACCUUCUCUCCCUAUGGGGGUGAAAUCUAGAAAUAAAGUAAAUGUCAAACUCAAACAUGAAAUCUGAAGUCCUGAUUUGAGCUAAAUCAUCUCUCUCUUGAUUCUGCCACAUCAACAAGAACUUGAUCAGUAAUCAGUCUUCCUCUCACAGUCAGAAAAGGUCAAAGAGGCUUAAGUUAGUUGCCGUCCCCUUUUCAGGGAAGACCACUGGAUAAUUUGUCAUGUCUUCAUGCCCAUUAAUGACCAGAGUGGCCCGCGCUACAUUCCUUGGCAGAGGAGCCCUCGUCACUGUCCAAACUCAACACUGCGGACAGGAGAGAAGUCCCACGUGAUGUUUUUGACCAGGUCACGGUCCAGCGACACUGAGUAGUGCGUAGCCUUCUUUCUACAUUGCCCCCUCCUUCCCCUCUCCUACCAGCAUUUAUCUCUCUGCAUGGUUUUGGCAGCGAUGUGCUUUUCCCAGCAUUUAGCCAGGAGAGGGAGAGAGGAGGGGAGAGGAGGAAAAAAAGGGGGCCUUUUCAAGCGGGGAAUGACGGACGCUUUAUUAAAAGAGGCAGGGCUUUUUGAGAGGCUGGCCCCUCAGUGCUCCCCCCGCCCCGUGUGUCUGGCCCAUUGUCAUGGGGCGGUGGCAGCAACCCCCCCGCCAGGCGCUUUGUCACUGUAAGUCACCUCACAGACUGAAACAGACCCACUCUGAAAUAAAAUACACCCAUUCUCCACAGUAACUCUACGCUUUUCUGGUAUCGCCUGGUCCUUGAAAAAAAUGAUUGUCUGGCUGUCACAAAAUAUACAGGAGACACAGAGAUGGGCGUGACGUGUGAAGAAGAAGGGACAGGAGAAAGGGGGGAUAAAGUUGGGGUGCUACAAACCCCAAAGUUGGAGACCAUAGAUGAGGUGGAGGCUGAUGGCGGUAGAGAAGGUGAGGAAAAGUUGAAGAUGAGAGAUAAAAAAGAAUUAAAAAGAGUAAGAAGAGUCUGGCGAGAUAAUUUUGACGACGUUUUUAAAGAAGUUGCCAAAUUGAAGCAGGCUGCAGAGAGUGGGGAACGCAUUUGUUUUUGGCCGGGUGUGAAAUGUGUGUCUUUAGAUACAGGCAGCAUUCCUCCAGAGAUAAAAACCCUGGGCCCCCAUCCCCUCAACCCCCACCCACCCCAGUCUCUCCACCCACCAUGCUUACUCAAGUGAGUGUGUGUGAGUUUGGGCGUGUGCAUAUGUGUGUGUGAAUGUGUGUGAAUGUGUGUGUGUCUGUGUGUUCGUGUUUACGUUUGACGGGGGUCCUUGUGCCCUGCGCCGCGGCACUUGCAGGGGGGCAACAGAAAAGACAGCUGUGUGUUUGAGAGAAGCAGAAAACGUAAGAAAGCGAGAGUGGAGGGCCAACAGGCAUGCCAGUCAAGACCGUCACUUUUGGAGUGAGUACCACCAUCUCUGUGUCUCUCUGUCUCCUCUUCACCUUCCUCCUUUGAUGAUCUCACUUCAUCUUUUCUCCUCUAACUCUCUCUCUCUUUCUCUCUCUCCACUUCUCUUCGUUUCUCACUUUAUUGCUUUCUUUAUUGGAAUAUUUUGCUCUGUAACAAAAUCCUCGAUUGCGUUACUUUGGAUGGAGCGCACCUGCCAAAGCUUCCCAUCUUUCCCUCUAACAUCAGACAGUAGCGGGUCAAUACCUUCGCCUCUUGCUUUGCUUCCCCGCUUUUCUGAUUUACUCAGUUUCAACAUCAUGUGCAUCGAUUUACCUGUAUGUACUCUGUCCAUUUUCUUGCUAACUCUCUAUUCUGCUCAUGUUUGCCUGCUUGCUGAGAACAGUUUCUGUUUUCAAAGUUUGUUCUUGAUUGAGUCCCGAAGAGGCCCUCGUUCCUACUGAUGGGGAAAGAGAUGAAAAAAACGCUGUUGUUCACAGAGGAGUAAAUAUUGCUUCUGCUUAACGAGAAAGUGACCUGUGUUACAGCUACUCGAAGUAUGUGACACAAAUGUCAUUGCUCACGAACAUACUCAUUAGACAGAGUCUCCCAUAGCAACGUAGAAGGAAGCUCGAGUAUCUUUGAGAGUUGGGAUAUACGUAUGUCUAAGAUCAGUGUAAGUGUUUACGUAUGGGCGUGUAUCUUCUCCUCAUUUCCUCUUUAAUCUCGUUCUCGAGUUCAUUUGUUUCUCUGUUUGAUGUUCAGAUUGUAGGAUGUCAACCAGGAUUAACUCUGGUAAGUGAACUGGAGGUCAGUAAACUGAUUAGUGGGUCAAUUAAUGAGAGCCUUUCAUCGGGGCUUCACCAGACACUGCCUGGAUGUGUAUCACGACUAGCUUUGUUUCAGCCUGGGGUGACAAAGUAAGACAUCGGCAGGUUUUACUGCAGACAGUGCAGCUUGCAGAAAUGGGCCCAUCAUAAGUCCUCUGUCUGAACUGCAGUCAGUUUGAUAAAGCUGUUGUGUUUUUUCAUAACUUGCAGUCUGUCGUCAAUCAUCCUGUAGAAACAAUUCAGCAGAAUUGACCGGCUAGUCUGAAGGAAAAGAAGUCUCUGAAGGGUGAUUUUAAAACUGAGAAUAACUUUGAUCAGUGGUGGAGGAUUAGUUUGGAUCCUUUACCCAAGAUAAACAUAAAAACCAGAAAGCUUUAGAGUUUGAAUCCUUGAAUGAACAGACACAGGUGAGUACAUAAGUGUUGGUUUGCUGCACCUCACACAGACUGUACCGGUCUGAACACUACCGGAGGGAUGAACUCCAUUCUGCAGAGAUAAUCUAUAGAUGUUUGGGUUGAUUUUUGGUGACUACAAAGACCACAGUGUCUGAUUCUCAAAUUAUUAUGAUGAAAACAGUCAGCUAAGACAGAAACGGGACAGAAAUAUCAGAGGAUCAUGAUGAUCGAGCGCGAUGUGUUUCUCUACCAGGCGAGUGAACCCAAUUAUGCGUGCACCCUAAAAAAGCUCGAGCUACCAGAUCCUUUUAUCACCAUUUCUCUACUUUCGAUGCUCUUUAGAUUUGGUCUUUUUCUCAGUCCUCUGACUGAGGUCUGACUGUAUAGAUAUAUUUGGUAAAACCUCUUCUUGAAAAACUGAUCAGCCAAGCAGACUUAUGGUCCUAUAAACACUAAACCCUCUUGUUUUAAAGUCUCCGAAAUUAUGUUCAUAUUCGUCUGAACUGGACCUGCCUAAAAAAUUCUGAACAUAACACAGAAAAGAGUUGAUUUAACUGUUCAUGCGGCAAAGUUUCUUUAUUCCUUGUUCAGGUUUUUCUCUAUAUUUUCACCCGUCUGCAUAUGCAUUAGAAAAAUAUAUAUACUGUCGGAUAAACAAAGCAUUUGGACUAAUUCUCAGUUACAUCAGUAAAAUCUUAUUUUAAGAGUAGUAUUAAUUAAAGUCAAAUGAAUGCAGAUGUCUAAAAAAGUGCAGUAUUACACAAACAAAUGAGAAAAAGCGGAAAUAAUAUCAAAUGAAAAAACUUAGGGAAUACUUAAAUGUUCAAUUCCACCCAUAACACUGUGUUUUCUGUUGCUCUUUUAACUGAGGCAACAUUUAAUGACUUAAAUUAAAAUAAUACUAUCAUUUUAAUAACUUUAUAUCAUCAAAUUAAACGAUAACAGCACAGUUUUUUAGUUUCAGGUUCAUCCAGCCCUGGGCUAGAAUUACUUAAACUCUUAACUUUAUAUAGUUUACUCCGGUCUCAGCAGACUGUCAUAAUCUGCAUAAUAACUGAUGUUUUACUGUGCAGUGAAACGCAGGAUGUUUACCAUAUCUUGAGCCUAUCCUCCAUAGGUUCUAAAGCCCAUCUCCUCCUUAUGGCUUUCACCCUCUUUGUCACCCUCACAAAAGAUCACAAUAACCAUGACAAUCUCAUCUUCAGGCGCAGAGGCUGCAGCAGGGCACGAUAUAAAAAGACAAUCAAUGAGUGCAGCAGGGACAAACAGAGGGAUCCAGAGAGGGGGGGUGGUGGUUAGGGAGUGUGAGAAAGUAAAUAGUAUAAAUGGGACAUGACGCUUCACCACAUUCAGAAGCAGACUUUCAGAUUUACAUACAGACAGACUGACAGCGUUGAGUGAGGAGAACGUAACAGCUCCAUUCAAGUGCCUCGCUCACUCGCUUCCUGUAAAUGUGUCCAUAGCUGAACGCUCCCAGGGGUCUUAGUCCGACUGACUCCACACUUACUCCAUCUCUGUAGCCGGAAACAGACCCGCUGCCUGCCUGCUCAACCUUCUUAAGCAGCCUGAGAGAUGAAGGCAGAGAUGGAGGCCGGAAGAAAAAAAAAGGGACAGAGAAAAAAAAAAUCAAUUUCUUGAGCAAAUGCAAGUCAGCAGAAAAGGGCAAUGAAAUGGCUGUUUAAGCACUCUGCAGUAUUCUCUAUACCCGCUUUUCACUGUAUAGAAAAAUGUAUAGAAACAGCCCAGUGCUCUGUUAGCUUAAAUACAUCAAGAUAUCAAGUUAAGGAGGGAAAAAAGCAAACCAGACAUUAUCUAGAGUGUACUGUGCUUGCACAGUUAAUGUUGUUUACACUUGAGGAGGCGUGUGAAGUGAGAGUAAAGCAGGACUUGUAGCAUAUUGGACAUACUGUACAUCCCGCCUUAUUUUCACCUGUCUGCUGGAUGCAGCAGAAGCUGUGUUGCUUCUUUAAGUAUUUAUGAUUUGCACCUGAUGCUGUGUCUGCAGAUUCAUGUUGUUGUUGUUUUAGUGAGUGUGAAUGUAAGAGGAGGAUAACCCCUCUGUAUGUGGUGUUUAUUUAGCUGAUUUUGAGAGUAUGACUGAAACAUUCUGAAGUCUAUUAUAGUUUAUUUGCUGUAUUUAUUAUAAUAUUAGGCCUACAGAUAAGUCCCCUUGACUAUCCAGCAGACAAAUUGACAUUCAGUGGAGGUGCUGUAGGAUUUGCCUCUUUUUAAUUGUAACAGCAACACAGUCAUUGCUCUCUUUCUCUCUCCAGCAGCUAUGAGACAUGUUCAGAUGUAAAAUCACCUGUCUGAGCUGUUGGGAAGGACAUGAAAUUUAUCAAAUGACAACAAAAGCACCAGAACAAAGGAAAAACCUUAUUUUCUAACAGAGAAUCUACCUGAUCUUUUGCUGUCAACUGGACCCAUUUUUAAGUUCAUUUUAACUAAAUACAAAACUCCAAAUCAGUUAAAUAAAACUAUUUAAUAUUUGAUAUCAUGACCUGAAACUGAGGGGACUUCAUAUGCAGGCACUGAUUCGGUUUAGGGGCGGGCAAGUCAUCUUAAAACUUCUUUACUUGCAACAGACGAAGUGUGAAGUAUGGAAUUUACUGAAUGACUGUAGCUAGCAGGUUGUUCACACACUGCCGUGGGAUUGACAGAUGUAGAUGUGAUUGCCGUUACUGUAAUCACAACAAAGCCGAACUGUGUCUGCUGUAAUCCUGCAACUGUGCAUGCAGCUACAGCAAAGAGACAGAGGGUUAGCAGUUUGCACAGAGAUAAAAUUCAGAUGGAGAGAUAGCAAACAGAUGUUAUAUCAGGCUUUUUUCAAGCUCGGAGUAGACGCAUAACAGCAUGUUCUCAAAUCCUGGUAUUUACAAUUAGAUCGCACACACACUUGUUCAGUCUGAUCCCAUUCAGUUCGUAUGUACACACACACUGACACACACUGACACACACACAAACAUACAAUCUGUCCUGAAAGAACGAUACUUCAGGGUUAGUCAUCCGUUGCAGAGGGUCUUAGCGGCUGAGAUGUCAAUUUCACUCAUGCUCUCUACACACAAACGUUUACACUUGCACAGGUGAACAUUACAUUUCUGAACACUGCAGUCCACCAGCAAGGGGGUGAUGUCAUUCUGUCUGCUGCAGCGCCAGCAGAGGAGGUAAGCGAGGGUUGGAGGGGGGGGUGAAACGUCAGAAGCAAAGGGAUGAAGAGAGGGGGAAAGACGACAACAGGGGGAAGAGAGAGCUGAGAUCAAGAGGCUGAGGGGGGAGUUUAGGGCAGAGGAUUUUCUAUGAUGAGAUAGAAGAAUAAUUUUACUUGGUAAUUUCUCGCCUGAUGAUGAGGAGCCUUGUGCCGUCUAAGCCCGAGGACAGUUGCGAGCACGUUGCACGACAGCUUGUAUUUAUAUUGGUUAUGUUAACCAUGGAGCUGCUGAGCAGGUUAUUGUGUGUUCUUCGCUGCAAACAGUUUGAUUAAUGGGUUCGCUCAUUUUCACUCAGCCACAGGGACCAAAGCUUGUCCGCUCCCUUUGUGAAUAAGAAACACACAUUCAUCUAAGCUCUGCUGCAAGAUGUAGUGGAGGAAUUACCAAAGACCAUUUUAGACUGAUUCUUCUAUUUAUGUGUGUGCGUGUAUGUUUGUGUGUGUUUGUACUGUACCUGUUUACAUCUGCGUUUGGGGUUGGGUGUGGUUCCACUACAUCCUUAUCUCCCUUCAACACACACACUUUGACGCAAGUAGAUAAAAAUACAUGUAGACGGACAUACAAGUGCAGAGCUGAUCUAAAACAAGGUGGAGAUGAUCUUUUCAGGAGGAUUCUAGUUCAGGUCUCCGUGUGUUCUCGUAAACUUCAGCAGGCUGUCUUUGGGGUCAGUGAACUGAGUCCAGGGGAGUGGGAAGCCUGCAGUCAGAGUCACCAUGGUGUUACCAUGCCACCAUUUGCUCAGGGAGCAUGCAUAUUGUGCUAGCUUGUGUGUGUUUGUGUUUGUGUGUGUGUGUCUGCUUUAGCUGUAUUUGCUCAUACUUGGACCAAAGGGUUCCUCUUGUGUCACCAUGGCAUAGCCGGCAAAUAUUUCAUGACACAGAAAGUAGAUACUUGGAUUUAUCCGUUCUUAUCCCUGUCUUUGGUCAUUUUAAUGUCAAGUGGAUCUUAAGUAAAUUUAAAUUUUUACUAGUUUUAAGUCUUAAUAUUCCGAUCAUAUCUCCAGAGACUGCUGUGUUUCAUGUCAGCAGGUGCAUCAGGGUCAGAGAGGUCAAAACGGAGUAAAUAUUCUUCAGUGUGAAAGUAAAUGAAGGAGAAAGUGACUGCGGCUUAUCAUGAACAUAAAAACGUCACAGAGACACUAAACUGUCAAAGUAUCUCAUUAUUAUAUCUCUGUUUUUUCUGUACACUGACUUGUGUUGGGUGUUCAUUUAUUUAUUUUGCAGGAGAAAGUUUGAUAAAUUGUCUGUUGGCAUGUUUGUGUGAGUGAGUGAGCUUUUUAUUGAAUAGUUUACCUCUCAAGUGUCGUGUUAAAUAGAAAUGACUUGGAGGCAGACGGUUUAAAAACACAAGAUUUACUUCUGAUCACACGAUGCUGCAUACUGUGAGAAUUUAUCUGAUAAGAGGAGGAGCUUUCAUCUCUAGGAAGAAGAAUCCCAGACAGUCAGAUCCUGUUUUCCUGCUUGGAUCAGCUGGAGUUUUCUGUUUCCCUGCCAUUGCCCCUGUCUUUCUUUAAGUGACCUCUAUCUUUGCACAGCGCUGUGCCAUUGGUGUCAUGCUGAGGGUGUGUUGUGUCAUUUGUUGCUAUGCCUCUACUUCAGGCAUGUGGAUCCUUUCUCUUUUUAACUCGCUCACUCUCUGUCAAAAGAGGACUGACGACCCUGUCACAACAAUAGUCAACACAGCUGAAAGCAGCCUGUUAUGGAGUUCAGGGAGGCAUUUUUCUUUGGCGUGUUUGAUGUUUGCAAUUUGUGUUUUUCUGUCGGAUCAGAAAUGCAAGCGUAUGGGUUUUGGACAUGAAUUUAUUCUCUGUGUUUACGGAAAAAACAUGACCAGCGUGUUGAGAUAGCAGGUUAGAUGGAGGCUGGGGAUGGGCAAAUGGGGGAGAGAGAGAGAGAGGAGAUUAUGUAAAUGUAAUGAAAAAGUGCAGGGUUUGCCGCAGUCGAGUUUCUCCCUGUGGUUGCUCCUGCUUCUCCUCCUCUCACCCCCGCCCCCCCCAGUGCCGCAUGAGUGAUCCUGUUUCAGCAGCACCCCUGCCUGCCUGGGAGAGGCAUGGAGCCCACAGACACAAACAAAACACAGACAAAAACACAAGACGUGCCAUGUGCCGCUGGCCCGUGAGCCAGGACACACCAAACCCUCUCUCUCUCUCUCUCUCUCUCCUUUCUCCAUUCACCUUGUGUCUCUUUCUCUCUUUUUCAUUGACACACACAAACUCAGAGUCUGGACAAAGAGCCAACAGUCUGUUGGCCAUGAAAGGCACUACAGUAGCUUUCGCUAUUAUCACACUUGCCUUAUCACCCUCGCGCAGGGCUGCAGAAAGACUUGUGGACACCUUUUCGGAGGGUUUUAUUGAGCCAGGUGCCCAGUUCACAUUCAAAGGGAAGUGUGUGUACUCCACUUCUCCACCCACGACACAAAUUUAAGGUGCAGUUGCUGAUUUUCGAACUGCACCGUCCAAAAUCUCAUGGGCAGAGUGACAUGAGAGGAAAACCAGUGGACUACUUCUGCACUUUUUUCAGUCAAAUAUUAACCAAUCUGUCUCCCUCUCUAUUUUCCCUCUCUACUCCUCUACUUUAUGUGUCUCUCACUUUUUCUUCUACCCCUUAUUCCCCUCCUCUUUCCUUCUAUCUGUUCCGCUUGCAGGCAGAUGCUGGAAACAGUUUCCUCCGAGCAGCCCGGUCUGGCAACCUGGACAAGGCCCUGGAACACAUAAAAAAUGGCAUCGAUAUAAAUACAGCCAAUCAGGUGGGAGAGCUGCACACGCUCUGCUGAAUGUUGUAGCAUGAUGGGCUUUAAACCACACUGAACAGUUUUGAUCUGUAGUGUAACGAGAAUAUUUGAGUAGUUUUGGAUAAGUGAUAAAUGCCGAGGUACAUUUUAAAAUUCAGGAGAAAGAAAAAUGACGAUUUUUAAUGGACGACAACUGACAACAGGGAGUGAUAAUCAGACGUACCGUGUAACGUGUUAUCAUUUACAUGUAAUUGUGUUUUUAAGUGUCCAGUGUGCAUGUUGUGCCUGAUGUGAACAUCGUGUGCUGUUGUGUAUCAUUAAGUCCGCGCACUCAGUCAUGCAUCAAAGUGUACACGCAUGCUCUUGUAAACCGUAAAUCAGCGGCCGAAGGUGGCAGGUGGAGUGUGCUGGGCCUCCUGGGAAGGGGAUAAAUGGGGCACGGGGCCUCGCCUUCGCCUUGUCCCCUCCAUCCUGCCUCCUUUACUCUGACAAUUAUUCCCUCAGUGUCCAGGAAGAGGCAGCAUUAGUGUGUGUGGACUGCUGCCCUCAAGCAACUAAAAGUUGGCCAAAGUAUAAUGUGUGUGUGUGAGAAAGAGAGAGAAAGAGAGAGAGAGAGAGAGUCCUCUGCAUCAUUAAUCCAACUUAGUCAUGGUUUCCCCUCUAUUCACUUUUGCUGUCCUCAACAUUUUUGUAAUUAUUGUUGGUUAUGGUUCUGUCAGGGUUUCUAUGAGGCCUCAUAUCAAGCUCUACAUAACAACAGAUCUAUUUAUGCAAAGUGACUCUGUGUUAAAGCCACAACUGGAAAACUUCACGUGGAGCAAAAAAACCCCACUCACAGAAAUUCCUCCUGAUCGUUGAAAAUUUAUGAGCCGUCUCUUCUGCAAAUUGAUGCAGUGAAGAGUGUGUGUUGCUCUCAGUCAAGUAGCACUAUCUGAUUCAGUGCUACCACUGGAUGGCAGCAGAGUAAGGACACCUAUUGGCUGAUAUUCAAAGACUACAGUCCCCCGUUUUGAAACAACAAUAAUACAGAGUCACAUGAAGCUGUUGAUUAACCCCUAACACUCCGCUCACCCGUCAUCGCGGUGAGAGUUGUGUGGUUUUGGUUGUGCGACUGUUUGCUGUCUGUGUCGUCUGAUGGGAGUUUGUACAGGUGCCUGCCCGCCCUGUGUUGUGGUCUCCUCCUCUGUCCCUCUCAGUCUAACAACUGCUCCACUACUCUCUGAUUUUUUAAUUCAUCUCCCAGUUUUUUUGUUUUCCUUCUUCCUGUUGCAUCCCUCUGUUCCUCCCCCUCUCCUCUCCUCUGUCUACAGUAGAGUGAUGGUGUGCUGUGGUCUCCUCACUCAGAGGAAUAAUAUCAGUGGUGUGGGAAAGGUCCAACCUCACAUGUCCUGUGCGGCUGAAGGAAGGCUGUGUGAGGUCAGACCUAUCCCACACGGCUUGUAUUCUUCCCAGCCACGAGACCAGCGGCCUGCCAUCCCCCUCCCAUCUUCUUGCCCUCCUCCUCCUCCUUCCCCACCAUCAUUAAUCAAAUGAAAAUGUUCACACCCUGAUUUUCAUUCCUGUCGACAUUGUUUUUGCUAAUGACCAAUCUGAGAGUACUGCAUGCGUGGUGUCCAGUGUAAGUAUUUGCCUGCUUUGGUCUGCGAGUCUUUCAGUCUCUUUAAAAAAAAAAAAAGCAAAACAGACAAACCCAGAUUGUUUCAGUUUGCAUGAUCUUUGAGUGUCGGUGUGCAUAUGUGUUGUGAUUAUUUUCCUUUUGUAGUACUUGUCUUCAUAGAGUGUGAAGGACCUUUCAGUUUGAGGUCUACUCUGCUCUCUCACUCAGAAUGGGCUAAACGGGCUGCAUCUGGCCUCGAAAGAAGGCCAUGUUAAAAUGGUGCUGGAGCUACUCCACAAUGGAAUAGUACUGGAGACCACCACAAAGGUAAACACCCUUGAAAUAAAGUCCUGAGAUCUAACUAGAACUCCUCAAACAGUAACAUAAUAAUCCAUAUCUUUUUGAAUUAAAAACAAAUGUUUUUUGUUUCUUUUUGGCUUGAAUGUGAUGAACAAAUAAUCUCUCAUUGUGUCUCUUACUCAGCUGAGGAAAUCCCAGUGUGUCUCUUUAUGUACAGUAUUAAUUCUUGGGGAUUGGGAUAAAACCUGUCAGACAGUUGUAGCAGCUAUUAUUGUAAAAAGUAAAAUAAUUUCCUAUUGUUGAUGUCUUUUUGAGUAAAUAUUAGAAUGUAUUGAAACCAAAUAAUUCCCUGCAAUUUAAAUUUAUCAUUAUUACAUUAAAUCUAUAAGGCUUACUCUCUUCUAACUACAUCAGAAACAGUGUGAGGAGUCUCGUGAUUCUUUUGCAAAACUGACUGAUCUAAAUUAAAUAUAAUCUUGCCUCCAGUCCAGCUCUUUUUUACUCCGGUUUCGGUAGUUGAAAGAAAAGGUAUCGUACAAUUCGGGGCUCCCACACACUGAUACGAUCAGUUUGUCCUCCAUUUCAGAUAACAGUGAACAACCGUCCGUUUUCAUACAUCACCCGGCAGCGAUAUCAGCCAAUCAGAGGCAAAGGAGGCGGGACAUUCCCCCACCAUCCAACGAAAAAAAUAUCGCCACCCGGCAACCUGAUCGCGACACGAAUAUCCGCUCAAAUUGAAACAUUUUCAGCUCCUUCCCAAUUCGCGUUAUUCGUGCUGCCAGAGUAGUUCAAGCGUCUAAAUGCGUCUUUGCAUUGACUUAACAUGUAUUUCCUUCGCGCGGAUUAUUUUACUUGACAGUUGGAGUAUGAGGAGCUAACUGCUAGCUAAAGUUGUGCUAACUUACUGCUGUCAUGGCUGUCGCUUUGUAUUUAAGUGCAGGCAUUAGAGUGGUCCUCUUAACUAACUCUUGACUUAAAAAUAGUCCUCAUUAAAACACCAGUUUCAUUUUUAAUAUCUUGGAUCUUAAGCCUCAAUAUUUUAUGAAACCAAUGAAGAUGAAAUGAAUUCAGCUUCUCUGAGUUAAAAGCAGUGAAGUAUGAAAGUCACUAGCUGCCCAUACUUUCAUAUUUUGAGACUGUUGCUUUAAUAAUAAGCAUCAACAUUACUGAAAAUUUAUAGAAAUAUAGUGUGAUGUUUUUUCGACCAGUUUGAACCAGUUAACAGUCUUGAUGUGAACAAAACUAUAUCAAAACGCAAAAGAUCUGUCUGAAUGUGAAAUCUACAAAAAUGUGUAACACACUCAGUCUUUGUUAGUGUCUAUGUUUUAUGACUGUGAUCUUUUGUAUGUGUGUUAUAUCAGAAAGGGAACACAGCCCUGCACAUUGCAGCCUUGGCAGGGCAGGAGCAGGUGGUCACAGAGCUGGUGAACUACGGGGCCAAUGUCAACGCUCAGUCCCAGGUGAGACUCAGCGCUGCUCUCUUGGCGGCGAUGAAAGGAAACGCUUCGUGACCUUUACUGUGAAACCAUUGUAGGAGCUAUUGCAAUUCCAUCUGUUAACACGUGUAUCUGUUCCUAUAUUUCUGUGUGCUGCUGUUUCCUCUCUACGUGUACAUCCCGGUGUGUGCAUCUGUGACUGUCUUCCUGUCUUUCUGCUGUUGUGCAUGUCUCCUCUGUUGCUGUGUGUGUGUGUGUGUGUAUGUGUGUGUCUGCCGUGCGUCUUCCUGAGACAGAAGGGUUUCACUCCACUGUACAUGGCUGCACAAGAAAACCAUCUAGAGGUUGUGAAGUUUCUUCUGGAGAACGGAGCCAAUCAGAGCAUUCCAACAGAGGUACUGACGGACUGAGCGCAGUUUUCAAAGACGAAUCUCCCAAACUACUCCAUCUCAUCCUUGCUGAUCCAGACUUUGUGUCUCAUUCUGUUUCGUUCUCAUGAGCCUCUCUCCUCUUUCAUUUUCUCUCCCCGAGUCAGCCUGUCCUCUGACCCUCUCCCGUGUGUUACAGGACGGAUUUACACCUCUCGCCGUGGCUCUUCAGCAGGGACAUGAAAACGUCGUAGCCCUGCUCAUCAACUACGGCACCAAGGGGAAGGUUCGCCUCCCUGCGCUGCAUAUUGCGGCACGCAACGACGAUACACGCACAGCUGCAGUGCUCCUGCAGAAUGACCCCAAUCCUGAUGUACUCAGCAAGGUAGGUACCGCUCCUGUGUGAGUGAUUGGCUGUAGAUAUGACCAAGCACAGGGUCAGUGUAUGUAAAAACAGUUGGAGAAAUCUCUAUUGGGUGGAUGGAGGAUCAUGAUAGUGAACAGUUCUCUGUGUGUGUUCCUGCAGACUGGAUUCACACCCCUCCACAUUGCUGCACACUAUGAAAACUUGAACGUAGCUCAGCUGCUGCUUAAUAGAGGAGCCAAUGUCAACUUCACCCCAAAGGUGAGGAAUAAUUGCUGCAGUUUGAAGGUUAAUCUAUGUCAUUGCGGUAUUUUCUCCAUGCGUUUGCCCGUCUAAGUGCAUCUGUGUCUCUCUGCAGAAUGGUAUCACUCCUCUGCACAUCGCUUCCAGACGAGGGAAUGUGAUCAUGGUUCGGCUCUUGUUGGACAGAGGGGCUCAAAUAGACGCCAAGACCAAGGUGCGGCAGACAUCCAUCCUCAUCUUUCACCAUCUUAAAAGUCUUUGUAUCUAAUUUUCUGCAUCAUUUGACAAAUCAGUAACUCUCCUCUCUUUCCAGGAUGAGCUGACUCCUCUACACUGUGCAGCCAGAAAUGGUCAUGUCAGGAUAAUUGAGAUCCUGCUGGACCAUGGAGCCCCCAUUCAGGCAAAGACCAAGGUAAUCCAUCUGUAUUCAUGCCAAAUGAAUCCUUUACUCCUCUUAAGAGCUGAAAAAUUGAACCGGACACAAACUUGUUUUGAUAAAUAGGUGUGUAUAAAUAAACAUGAAAUGAACCAAAGAUUUUUUAGCCACAGGAAACCUUCGCCUCAUCCUGCUGCUGUUUGUAACAAAUGAGAGAGUAAACAAGUUUCCUUGUUUUGCAGAAUGGCCUGUCUCCAAUCCAUAUGGCAGCACAGGGAGACCACAUGGACUGCGUCAAGCAGCUUCUGCAAUACAACGCAGAGAUCGAUGAUAUAACUCUGGACCAUCUCACCCCUCUGCAUGUGGCAGCGCACUGUGGCCACCACCGCAUGGCCAAAGUACUGCUGGACAAAGGGGGGAAACCGAACUCUCGGGCAUUGGUCAGUGGCAAACGUAGACACAGUUUAUCAGUUUAGUCAAACCAGAGUUUUUCUUUUUUCAAAUUUAAUAAUGCUGUUUUUUGUUUUUGCAGAACGGCUUUACUCCUCUACACAUCGCUUGUAAAAAGAACCACAUGCGUGUCAUGGAUCUCCUGCUUAAACACUCGGCAUCAUUAGAGGCUGUGACCGAGGUGAGGGUUGAGGACAGAAGGUUGAACUCUUUAUUAAUAAAGUAAACAUGAUUUUUGCUCAUUUAUCUGGUUCUUUUGCUCCUCUGAACAGUCUGGCCUGACCCCCUUGCAUGUGGCGUCCUUCAUGGGUCACCUCAACAUCGUGAAGAUCCUGCUGCAGAAAGGAGCUUCCCCCAGCGCUUCCAACGUGGUGAGUGUCUUCCUGAAAUCUAAACCAACUAAAUAAUCUCUGCUUUGGUGAUGUUGUUGUAACAGUAGUCAGUCUGAGCGUAGGAACUGUUGUGCUGUGUUUGAAUAGAAAGUGGAGACCCCUCUACAUAUGGCAUCUCGAGCGGGACACUUUGAAGUUGCAGAGUUUUUACUGCAAAACGCAGCACCGGUGGAUGCUAAGGCCAAGGUAGAGAAUUUAUGUACCAUGAAUCAUCAGUGCAUCCAUGUACUUAGGAUUUCUGUAAUCAGACAAGAGAUGUGACGCCGUAACAAAGAUGGUUUCUACUCACAAGGGUUUGAUAUAAUCUGAUAUAAAAAGUCCAGAUCAUUCUAGUGAAGCUGAGCAAUCAAAACAGGAUGAUAAACACAAUCAAUCAAUCAAAUCAAUCAGAUUUUAUUUAUAUCGUGCCAAUUCACAACAGUCGUUAUCCCAAGACGCUUCCCAAAAAAGAGCAGGUUCAUUGUUUGAUGAAUUAUCAAGACCCAACCUUAAGAUGGGACAGAUUUGACCCAUCUCUUCUAACAUGAGUGACAGUGGCAGAGGAAAAACUUUCUUUUAACAGGCAGAAACCUUGAGCAGGACCAGACUCAUGUACAGAGAUAGGGAGGGAGGGAGGGAGAGAGAGAGAGAGAGAGAGAGAGGAGUGGGAGAGAAAGAGAACAAGGGAAAAGGAAGUAGAGAGAGAAGGAGUAAGGGAGAGGGAGGGAGAGAGAGGGAGGGAGAAUAGAGAAUGAGGGUGAGAGAGAGAGAGACAAGGGACAGCAGCAACAUUAAAACAACAACAACAACAGCUCAUACAGAGUUGUGGUUGCAGAGCAAAGAUAAAACACACCACUUUAGUAUUUUUUUCUACUUCCCAUUUCAAGUAAAUACUUCUUUUUUUUCACCCUCCACUCCUGCUCAGGAUGACCAAACACCUCUGCAUUGUGCUGCACGUAUGGGCCACAAGGAUCUGGUGAAGCUGCUGCUGGAGCACAAAGCUAACCCGAACUCCACCACCACAGCAGGUCAUUCUCCUCUACACAUCGCUGCCCGGGAAGGUCAUGUACAAACUGUGCGCAUCCUUCUGGACAUGGAGGCUCAGCAGACUAAGAUGACCAAGGUAAAGUCUGCCAACUCUUGAUUGCACUCCUCUGUUGUGUUAUAAACCUGAACUUUCAGUUUAUGGUGUACACCUUUUCUUGUUGUCUCUGCAGAAAGGCUUCACUCCCCUGCAUGUGGCCUCAAAGUACGGGAAGGUGGAUGUUGCAGAGCUGUUACUGGAGAGAGGAGCCAAUCCCAACGCUGCUGGGAAGGUAAGGGAAACAAGUUAGACCUGAUCAUGGCAUGAAUAUACAGUAUUUUUCGCACUAUAAUGCGCACCUGAUUACAAGACGCACCAUCAAUGAACGCCUCUAUUCGCGUCUAUUUUCAUACAUAAGGCGCGCCGGAUUAUAAAGCGCAUUAAGCCAAACAAAACAGUCAGAUAAAUCAAACCUUAUCGAACUCAUUCAAUAACUCCGCGAGGCUACGGUAGCUGCAGUGCUCCAACAAGCCAAAAGGAUUUAAAGUGCGCCUUUUAGUGCAAAAAUACGGUAAUCAAUGUGUUUAAAUGUUUGCUUCUGUCGUUCCAGAAUGGUUUGACUCCACUGCAUGUCGCUGUACAUCAUAACAACCUGGAUGUUGUUAACUUGCUGGUCAGCAAAGGAGGGUCACCACAUAGUGCAGCCAGGGUAAAUAUUCAAAGACAUUUGAACAAGUACACACAUUUAUGCUGGCUGGCUGUACUAAGCUAAAAAGCUGCUCUCGUGUCUGUGCUCCAGAACGGCUACACUGCCCUCCACAUAGCAUCCAAGCAGAACCAGGUGGAGGUGGCGAACAGCCUGCUGCAGUAUGGAGCUUCAGCCAACGCUGAGUCACUGCAGGGGGUCACGCCUCUUCACCUGGCCUCACAGGAGGGAAGGCCCGACAUGGUCUCUCUCCUCAUCUCCAAACAGGCCAACGUCAACCUCGGAAAUAAAGUAAGAAACAAUAAAAGUAUGACUUUGACUCCUUUCUCUGUAGUAUAUCUGUGUCUGAUGUUCUCUAAUGAUCCUGGAUUUGUUUUCCCCUCCAGAGCGGAUUAACCCCUCUGCAUCUGGUGGCUCAGGAGGGACAUGUCGGCAUAGCAGAUAUCUUGGUAAAGCAGGGGGCUUCGGUAUAUGCAGCUACAAGGGUAAGACCUCUUCAGUCUCUCAGAAAAAAUCAUUGUUUUUAUUUUCUCAACACAAGUUUAGAGAUUUUCAGAGAGUGUUGAAACACAAAGACCAGCCUUGAGCCACAGUGGACAGUGUUUAAGUGCUCAAGCAUAAAAAGAACAAUAAUCUCAUGGUUGAGAGUUAUGUUACCGUCAAUACAUGACCAACCCUUGAGAUAUUAAUACAUUUUAGACCUUAACAGUCUGAGAGUAACUAAAAUAGUUAGCGAGAUUUGACUUAUAACUUCAACAGCAUGUGUAAAGAUCAUCUUAAGUAAUAAUUCUGUGAUUUUAGAUGGAAGAUUUUAGGUGAAACGUUGAAGCUCUUGCUUUCGUUUCCCUUCAAAUGAAACUGUAAAAAAUAUUAUGAUUGCUUUGGUUGUAAUUCCUGUCCCAUUUAAGGAGUUUAUUGCAUAGUUUCUUGUUUCUAUGUAAACAACAUCCUGAGUAUAUAUUUUUAAGUAAAAUACGUUUAGAAGAAUCAGCGUACUGGACUAUCUUUGUGUGUGAAUUUGAAUGUUGAUUAUUAGUUUACCUUAUAAAGCAUUUAACUCAAGAGAGAGCAGAAUCUACAUCACGCCUUCAGGACUCUUGUUUUUUUUCUUUUGACCACCUUAACUUGUCAUUUUUCCUCUCACUAUCAGAUGGGAUACACCCCGCUCCAUGUAGCGUGUCACUAUGGCAACAUCAAGAUGGUGAAGUUCCUUCUGCAGCAACAGGCCAGCGUUAACGGCAAAACAAGGGUGAGGGCCUCCCUCUGGUUUUAAGUGUAACUGCAACUAAAUCAAAAGAGGUGUGAGUCAUGCAGUUACACUGUGUCCACAAUCACCGUCUGAUUUAUGAGGAGCAACAAAUUACCACACAUUAGGCUGAAAAACGGUUGUUUUCAAGACAGAUCGAUUUUUGUUGUAAUUUGUGGAAAAAGGGCAAUUGACCACUCCGAGGAACAAUGUCUGUACAAGAACUAUUGAGUGUUACUUUCUCAGUAUUUCCUUCAAAUUGAACUUUAUUCAUAUUUUAUCACUUUAAGAAAAAGAACAAUUAUUUCUGUGGAUCAGGAAAUUGUUUCAGAUGUUAUAGUUGUUGUUUUGUGCCUCUGCUAGAAGAACAUAAAACAACUCUAAAUGUACGUCAAUAGAUUGGGUUUUAUACUAACUAAAGAGGGCUGACUAUACUGAAUAACUCUAACAAACACAACAGGACAAAUAAAUCAAUCGUUUUCCAGAUGUCACUGAUGUCUCGGUUUUGUCUCUUCCAGCUUGGUUACACUCCCUUGCACCAGGCCGCCCAGCAGGGACACACGGACAUCGUGACACUGCUGCUGAAGCACGGGGCUCUGCCCAACGAGACAACAACAGUAAGCAGAGUUACAGCUCUCCUCUCCUCUAAAUAACUCAUGCCGUGUUUCUCCCAAAGAUCUCACAGGUUUGAUUCUGUCCAACAGAACGGUACAUCCGCCCUGGCUAUUGCGAAGAGGUUGGGCUACAUCUCUGUGAUUGAUGUCUUGAAGCUUGUCACAGAGGAGACAGUCUCCAUGGUGAGAUUUUUUUCACACUUGCAUUAUGUGAUUAUAAUGAUUACAUAAAAAUACCUGUAAGUUUGAGUUGUGAUUCCUCUUGUAACCCGCAGACGACCACAGAGAAACAUCGCAUGAGUUUCCCAGAAACAGUGGAUGAGAUUUUGGACGUGUCUGAGGACGAAGGUAAAGCACCACAACUGUCAGAUAGUGUUUGGAUCAGUAGGAAAUAAACCCAUAAUUAACUGCGUUGAUAUAAUCCAGAUACUGUUUGUUCAAAAGGCUGGUUGAGCCGGUCAUAUAAGUAUUUAUUUUUUUCCAAUCCUUGUUUUGCUUUUUGCUCUUUUUUAGGAAUUGCACAGCUAACAUUAGGUAUGAAUGUCUCUUUCUUUCUCUGUGCGGCAUUCAUAGGUCAAUGUUUUAUAUCGUCUGGCUCCAUUUCAAGCGCACUCUCUCAGUCUUUAUCUCUCUCUCUCUCUCUCUUUCUCGUUCCCUCUGUAAUGGUGCUCACUGUGAUGGUGGCUCUGGUUCCUCAUCGGCAUGCACCCAUAGCACUCAUGUCCGUAACCUUUAUGUGUCCCAUCAGUAACACUCUCAUUCUCUAACCCUCCAGGUGUCUGUUUCCUCCAUUUUGUAACCACAGUCCUUAUAAUUACAGUUACAGUCAAUAUGUAUAGAUCCCCUUUAUAUUACCGACAGCACACAAAAUUCAGUCAAUCUUAGUUUGAUGUAAGACACUGAAUUAAAGUGAAAUAGUUUUGUCUUUGAGGAUCAGCGAUGUCUAAUACGUGUGUCGACGUCUGUCUUCAUUUUGUCAGACAUGUAAACAUCACUUACGUCUGUUUUGUGUUACAGAGUUUUAAAGUUUAUUUCAUUGGCUGGGAUGGCUACAACCCAAACUUUUGCAUUAACAUUGGAUCAUAUGACUACUUGUUUCUAAAGGCUAAAACCUACAGGAUCCGUAUUGAGUGUGUAUCAUUAGCGUCGUAUAUCACGCAGCAAAUAAGUUGCCAUUCUAAUCAAUGCACCAUCGCACACAGGACGCGAAUCAGAAGCGUAUCGAGCGCGGCUCUGCUAAAGAUAUGCAGCGAGUAUAUUUUUGCUGCUCUGCACUUCCAAUGCGCGUCGAUCCACACUGAGAAGAUCGUUCUAGACAGGAAGUCAAGCACAAAAACCGUGCAUAUCACCCGGUAUUUCAAAAUAAAACACCAUAUGCAGACUCCUGACUGUGUAUCAGUUCUUGUAGAUGAGAAAUACUUCCUGGUUCUGGAUUUAUCAGUAAAACAGAACAAUGCAAUGGUCGAUCCCUGAUCCAUGUGGACACCAACAGGACUUUAACUGCUAACUCUGUCUGAAGGUAACAGCACAGCAUAAAGGAACAUAGUUUACUUUAUCAAACACGAGUAAACCUGCAAAAACACAAACUGUAAAAUCACAUUAAUUUUUCACACACAGUAGAAGCUCAACAGUCACUGAAUUAUAUCCAAAUUAGAAGGAAAUCGACCACAGAAAGGAAAAACAACCUGUUGUGAGCAUGUUGUUUACUCUACACUGAGCCCAGCUGACCGGGGCUGCACUACACGCUCCAAAUAUGCAUCCUGUAUGCGAUAGACAGUGUCACUCUACGGAGCAAAUACGGAACACGCUCAACACGGAUCCUGUAUGUUUCCGGCUUAAGAGAAGAAGCACAGAAUAAUUAUCCAACCUGAGAUUCUACCGAGGCGUAACCCAUCCCACCAUCAUGGCUCGUUUGUCCUCUUUCAUUCACUCUUACUGAUGUCUUAGUUUUUGGUUGCUAAUGACAGUUUUUGCACCAAAAACACUUUUAACUUCAACUUUAAAGGUCGACAGAUAAAGACAAAGAUAACGCCAAAAAACUGUCAAGAGUAAAAUUCAGACUUGCUCUCAUCAUAUGAACAUAAUCAGGCUCCAAAUAAACGCUAAUGUUGUUCUACUAACAUGUUGAUCACUAAGGUGGCUACUGCUUGUUUUUGCUGCCCCCUAGUGGUUUGAAAAAAAUCUCUUAUUGUGGAUUUAACUUCUAAUUCCAGAACUUAACAACCUCACAAACAGAGAUGCUAAAAGACUUUAUAUCUUGAUAUUUUUAGCCUCCUGAUAAUUCAACUGACAGAUUGUCACCGUUGCUCUAAAUAUAGAGAGUUAGCCGAGUUGCUGUCUUAAAGACACAUCUCAUAUCCGGGAUGGUAAAACGAUACGGUCGGGUUAUAUGAUGGGCACACUCACAACCACGACACGGUACACAAGACAGAGAAUGUAUGGGACACGGGCUGCCUCAUGUGAACCCUCGGGAAGUGUACUCAUGGAGUCAAACAUGGUGUAAUGAAACCCACCACAUCACUCCGGCUCUGGACUGCAUAGAGACACCCACUUGCACAAGCUGUGCUGAUACAGUCUCAGUUUAAUACACACAGGGAAGAGUCCUUUUUUUUGUUGCUGAGGAUUUCUACAAAACUGCUGUGUGUGUUUUUUGGGGGGGUAAGUAAGCGAAAGUCGUGUCUGCUUACGUCACGGUGUGUACGGCAGUGUGGGGAGGACAGCCUGUUCUUGCGUCAUUAUGUGUAUUGUAGUGAACUGAUGCUAUCAUGUGUUUGUGUUCAUAUGCUUUUCCAGCAAACCUCAUGUUUGUCUCUGUGAAGGAGUUAUCUGAAAGGUGCAGCUCAAAACUGUGUAUUUGACAGACAGCAGACUUUAGAGUGAGAUUACGCUGCUGCAUGAUCUCCCCUGAGAUAGUCCACUCUACACAUCUGUGACGCUGGUGUCUCUAAUUUAACGAGUUUUAUAAAACCCCAGACUAGAUUAAGAAGGUUUCUUAUCUUAUUGAUCUGAUCACAUGUUCAGGGAUCCUGAAUCCGAACUGUUGAACUCAGUUUCCAAGGUUACUGCUGAUUACAGUGAUUACAGUGGUGCCGCUCCUGCAGUUGUCGUGUGAUGUUUAAGUGUCUGGUCCAACUUAUCAGCAGCAGGGACAUCCAUUGUCACUAUUGUUCCAUCUCACCAGUCUAACCCCUUAAUCCCAGAGCCAUCUCCUAGAUCCUGGUCUGUCAUGCUCUGUCUAACCCCUCUGGUUAACAACCUUGUUCUUUUUUUUUUCUCUUUCUCCUCUUUUGCUGUUUCACCAACCUGACCACGGUCUGUUCGCUCUCUUUGGCAUGUUGUUCUCUGAAGGAGAGGAGCUCUUGGGGACAGAAGGGGCCAGGUACAUGAAGAUGGAUGACAUGAAAGACCAUGAUGACGAUUUCCUCUCCCCCAAGAAAUCACUGGAGUACGAGAGAGGGCUGGGCACAGCGUAAGGGGGGCUGGGUGGGGAGGCAGGCAAGAGAGCCGAGCUGGUAGCUACACAUUCAUAGGUGGAUGUACAGAGGGGGGAUGAUGCACCAUAGACACUCACUUCUCACCAGGGAUGAGCACUUGGGUGGAGAUGUAAGGAAACUUCUUCAGUCUGACUUGAUUCAUGUUCUUUUCGUACAACAGAAAUUACUCACCAGCCAUUCCCAGGAUCCCCCGAGUUUCCCCAGAGACCGUCAUCCUGAAAGAACACGAGAUAGAUCAGGUACUGUACCGCUGUACGGCGCAGCAAGGAGACUUACAGGAGUCCUAUUAAAGGUGGGGUAGGCAGGAUCUGAGGAAGUGCUGGUGUUUGGGAGAAAUCUUGAAUGUAAACUCUACCCCUCCCUACCAGUUUUCCCCUCAGCUCCUCCUCUCCCCUCCCUCUCUGCUCCAGCAAGCCCCACCCACAAACAGAUGCUCCUGCUCGCUCGUAAUGUAGCACGCUAACUUUGUUUGAGCUUGUGAGGAGCAGCGUCUGCCUCACAACCAAUCAGGUCGGGGAGGUGGAGAAUGGCUUUGUUUACGGUCAGAAUGAGCGGACCGUUAAAAUAUUUUAAAAUGUUGACUACACAGACAUCAUAGAACACAGCGAGAUCCUUAUAUUCCCAAAUGUCAUCAAUAACUAAUUGCGAUUAACUGAUAUUAAAUUUUUUUUUGUAAAUACACCGCAAAAAAGAUGCUUCUCUAACAGAAUCCUGCCUAACCCACCUUUAACUCUUGGUCUCCAGUUGUGAAUCAAACAGUUGAAAGGCGAGCUCCUUUAUUUCCCAUAAUGCAACUCUAACUGUGUAAGUCUUCUGAUGGUCUGAAUGUGAACCAACUGAUUUAAUUUCAGUCUUGUCCUAAUGUAAGUGUGUUAUUAAUGGAGUUUCAGUUUCUCUCCAUAUCCACUGUAAUGAUAUAUUUAAAUUGAGAACAUCGUUGUAAACUUUCUUUGACAGCUCACAGAUUCAGAAUCACAGAUUUGCAUUUAUUUAUAACAGUAUAUGAGGAAGUCUACUUUUAAGAUUGUUAAAGACUUUGUCUUUCUCCCUGAUGUAGCAACACACUCCUCUCCCACUGCCCAAAGAGUACGAUGAGGACUCCCUGAUUCCCAGCAGCCCUGCGACAGAGACAUCAGACAAUGUCAGCCCGGUCGCCAGCCCCAUACACACAGGGUCCGUUCAGUGAUAUACAACUUCAUUUAACCUCAUCUCUGUUAAACGUCUGAUCUAAGUGUCACAGUCUGUGUUCGUUAACAGAUUCCUGGUCAGUUUCAUGGUCGACGCUCGGGGAGGCUCGAUGCGAGGCAGCAGGCAUAACGGUCUGCGUGUCAUCAUACCUCCGCGGACCUGUGCGGCACCUACCCGCAUCACCUGCCGCCUGGUGAAGCCGCAGAAACUGACCAGCCCCCCUCCACUGGUGGAAGGAGAGGGGCUGGCCAGCAGGAUCAUCUCCCUGGGUCCAGCAGGCAUGCAGUUUUUGGGGUGAGGGAGAAACAUCCAGUGUUUUCAUUGCUUAUAUUUUCACAUCUCCCUGGUAAAUAAUCAACCUCCCCAUGUGUGGUCCAUGUGCGGCAGGCCUGUUAUAGUGGAGAUCCCUCACUUUGCUGCCCUGGGUCGUGGCGACCGGGAGCUUGUGGUGCUGAGAAGCGAGAACGGCUCAGUUUGGAAAGAACAUCGCAACCGCUACGGUGACGAGGUGCUAGAAACAAUCCUAAAUGGGAUGGAUGAAGGUACGAGUUUCAGGGUUUCGUCUGAGGCAGAUGGUCCGUCAUGUCACUACGUGGAUUCACAUCUUAACCGUCCUCUCUCUUCCUCUCAGAGUUAGAAAGUCAAGAGGAGCUGGGGAAGAAGAGAAUCCGCCGCAUCAUCUCCACCGAUUUCCCCUUGUACUUCGCCGUCGUAUCACGAGUCCAGCAGGAGAGCGACCUGAUUGGACCGGAGGGAGGUUCACUGACAAGUAAGCUGGUGCCAAUGGUCCAGGCCACAUUCCCAGAGACAGCUGUCACCAAACGAGUCCGCCUGGGGCUGCAGGUGAGAUGGGACGAUGAGGAGAAGGAAGGAGAAGAAAUGCAGAAUCGUUAGUGCCGAUGUUGCAUGGAAAAAAGCAUGUUGGAUGUACUUUGAUCAUGGAAUGACCUGAUCCUUUCAGCACUUGUACCAGUUUAUUUUUUUCUGAUUUAGAGCUCUGUUGCUUGUUUGGUUUGCCUUUAUUUCAAUAGGACCUUUGAUUUCAGACAGUGCAUGCACUUUGCACCUUCAUAUAACUCUGGACUGCCUUUAAAGUGCUGAUUUAUCGUUAGUCUUUAGAAAUUUCUUUUACAACAUGUAGUCACAGUAACUGAGUUUGAGUCAAAUGAAACUUAAAACUUGAAAUAUUCAGUUCUCUUCCUGUAGGUUUGAAAAACUGAGUUUGGUAUGUUUGAUAUCAUAAAUUUCUGGAAAAUGUGCCGAAGGCUUUUUCUCUUGAAACUGAAGUGUCUCCUGACUUUAAAAGGAAGGAAAGGGCACCAAGUCUGUAAAACUUUAAGUUUUGUUGAAACUUCAGCUGUAUUUCAGGUUUAGGCAUACACGCCACAUAAAACUGUGCAAAUAUUUUACAGAUAUCAAACAUGUCUUCCUGUUUUAUCAAAUCAAACCAGCUGUUUAAGCUCAUCAGUGACCUUUAUGUUUUUAUCUAAAGUGACCGGCCCAAACAUCUUGUUUCAAAACUAAAACUAAAAAUGAACGACACUAAUCGAGUAAACUUCACUGAUCCAAACCAGUCCAGUCACCAAGAACAUUUUUUUUUUUCCACCAGUUUUAAACAUUUAUCUGGAUUUCUAAAAAAAAGAACAUUAAUGUCAUCUUUUAUUCCCUUAUCUUUUUUUUGUUGUUGUUGUAAAUGCACCUUUUGCAUGUGAUUUUAUUCUCACUGUAUGUUUUUGAUUUAAGAAUAUGCCUGUUUUUUUCCACUUCUUAGCUUGUUUGCAAACUUUAAAAUAGCUGAAAUGAAAAGUAAAUAAUGAAUGAAAUCGUAUAAUCAUAUCGAAACAUGAAAUUCUACUUUGAAAGUAAACCAAAGUAAAAGACAAAAACAGUGUAAAUGGACCUUCUGCUGCAUGUUUGGUUCAGCGGAUGUUGUGUAGACACACUAAUCAAACUAACAUGCUGCUAAAAAUGCAGCGGCAGAAAAUCAUGAAUGUAAUCAAAGACUUUUUUAGAGUUUCAGAUAUUUUAUCUAUUUUAUAACCUUUUCUAACGUUAGAGAUAUUUCUGACUAAUGUGAUGCUGUAGUUGGAUGUAAAACCAUAGUGCCUUUCUAUAAACUGUGUUGUACUAAUGAUUGUAAAAGCUUCAUGAUAACACAAUAAAGAAGAGUUAAGUCAUACAAACACUGUGUUGCUAUUGUCUCUUUAUGUUUAAUGAUUAAACUGAGUUUUUUAUUCAUAGUGGACUUCUUUCUCUCUUUCUUCCUCUCUUUUGUUCUUUUCCCUCUUUGGUUGCUGUUGCUCCUGUCAUCCUCCUCUCUUUUACCUCCUUUCAUGAAACCUCUACCUCAUAUUUGUUUGUUUUCAUCUUCUAAUAUUUCCUGAAAUCCUUAUUUUUACCCCAUCAUGUAACAUUCCCGUGUUACAUACCCCCCCUUUCUCUCCAUCGUUUGUCUUCAACCUCAGGCUCAGCCAGUUCCAGAUGAGCUGGUUGCGAAACUGCUUGGUAACCAGGCUAACUUUAGCCCAGUGGUCACUGUGGAGCCUCGGCGGCGCAAGUUCCACCGGCCCAUCGGUCUGCGUAUACCCCUGCCCCCGUCCUGGAAGGAGAGCCCUCGAGACUCUGGGGAGGGCGACACCACGAGUCUGCGUCUCCUUUGCUCCGUCAUAGGUAACACACACCUGAACUUGGAAUUGGAUGGGUGAAUGUUUAAGAGUGUGUUUGUGUCCAGAGGAGCUGUUGUUGUCCAGGGUGAGAAAAGGGUUAAAAAAAAGAUUGUAAAACAUAAAAAAGUUGUAUUUAAAGUUAUUUUGUCUCUGCAGAGCUUACUUAUUUCACUCUGCAGAGAUAAACCAGUUCUCUCUCUAUCUUUCUCUCAUCCUGUCUGAUUCCCAGGAGGCACAGCUCCAGCCCAGUGGGAAGACAUCACUGGAACCACCAAGCUUAUGUAUGCGAACGACUGUGCCAGCUUCACAACCAAUGUUUCAGCACGGUAAGUUCAGUUUGCUUCCCAUAGAUCCUACUUUAUAAAAGGAAGAUCAGUUUAUUACAAGUCUUUGCCUUUUCCAAAUCAUGUUGGCGAGCAGCUCAAAAGUGUUUACAGCUGACAAAGAAAGGACAGAUUUAUGUCCGGCGCUGUGAUUACAUGUCAUUGUCUCCUCUUAGAUUCUGGCUCGCAGACUGUCCUCGGACAGCUGAGGCCGUCUCCUUUGCCAACCUGCUCUACAGAGAGCUCUCAGCUGUACCGUACAUGGCCAAGUUUGUGGUGUUUGCAAAGAUGAAUGAACUGCGUGAGGGCCGCCUACGCUGCUACUGUAUGACCGACGAUAAGAUGGAUAAAACCCUGGAACAACACGAAAACUUCACAGAGGUGGCUCGCAGCAGAGACAUAGAGGUCAGUUCAGAGUAGUGCUGAAGGUGAUUCAUGCCUACUCUUGGUACCGCAGUAAAUCGACUGUUAGAGGUUUGCACACUGUCAACUUAUUCCUUUGUUUUAAUUUGCAGGUGAUGGAGGGGAUGCCUCUUCACCUGGAGUGUUCAGGAAAUCUGGUGCCAGUCAGGAAAGCCACCCAGCAGCCUCGCUGCUUUAGCUUCCAGGCCUUCAGAGAUAACCGACUUCCUGUCUCUGUGAAGGUAUCAUCAUCUGGGUUCCAACUUUCAACAAUAAUAAUGAUAAUAGACACAUUUACAUGGGCCCAGGUGAGCUACGCAAUCUUUGUACGCUCAUAAGCUGUAUCAGGUGUCAAUCAUAGAAAACAUGAAACGCAACCCAUGUAAACGCAGCUAAUGAUACCAAUACAAAUAUAUUCUUAAUUUAUAUAUCACCUCUUUUAACAGGUUUUGAAGCGCUAUACAAACUAAUUAAGAGGAAAUACAAUGAUUAAACAUCUAAAACAAAACAGUGGAGAUUAAUGACAAAAAACCCCAAAGUGACAGAAAUGAGAAGGAAGUAAAAAAGAUUUUGACGACCAAGACGACCGACAGAUAAAAAGGUUGAAAUGAUUAAAAGAUUUUCUGUAUAUAAAGAUCUUCAUCAGUCGUGUUUGUGUUUUUGUGUCUAAGGUGAGAGACAGCAGUAAAGAGCCCGCUGGAUUUCUGUCUUUCCUGCGUAAAUCCACAAAGUAUGAAGACAGCCAGCAUGUUCUUUGUAACCUCAACAUCACAAUGCCCCCCUGUAUCAAGGUAAGACUCCCCCUUCAUUGGAGAGCCCAGCAGGACACGUACGCUCUGUGUAUGAAAUGAUCGACUUUGUUUGUUAAUUACAUUUGACUUGCAGAUUAUCGGGAGUGAAGACAGGAGGCGAACUCUGACCCCGCUGGCUCUAAGAGAAAGAUAUAGCGCCCUUAAUGAACCCGCCAUGGGUAUGUUUCUAUAAAUCCUCCGUGUACCGACAUUUUUAUGUUAACAGAGUGAAGAGGAAGUAGAAAUGGUCUUUGUGGUUUUGUUUUUGCAGCAUCAAUGACGGCCAUGGAGAGGACAGAGCUGAAGAUGGCUGUGAUAGCAGAGCAGUUGGGACUGAGCUGGGCCGGUAGGCGAAUACUCCGUCUGGUUUCAUGUGCUGUAAACGGUCCAUGUUUACCUUAUGUCUGACAAGCUUGCUGAGCUCGCUGCUGAUUACACAAAGUUAUAACAUGGCGACCAGCCAACCAAACUAAUUAUUUCCUGUUUUCCUGCCAAACACCAUAGCUGUUAGAUGGACUGACUGUUCAGUCUCUUGUGGGUGAAGCUCCUGUGAAGCUUUGUACCAUCUCAAAAACAAGACUCUGUGUGCGAUGUCAGCGUGACUCAGGUGACUAUUAUUUCAGUAUUUUCUUAUUUUACUCGAAUCUUCUCAUUUCUCAUAAACAGAGUUGGCUCGAGAGCUGCAGCUCAGCGUGGAUGACAUCAAUAAGAUUCGCGUGGAGAACCCCAAUUCACUGCUGGAGCAGAGCUCUGCGCUGCUCAACCUGUGGGCCACCCGCGAAGGCAAGAGGGCCAAGAGUGAGUGUGAACCAUCUGAGGUGGCUGUUGUAUAAUCUGUCAGUCCUGAUCGUUCUCUAAAACCCUUUCGUCUCGUCUCUGAAGUGGAGAGUCUGUACGCAGCUCUGAAGAGUAUCGACCGGAUGGACAUAGUCAACAUGUUGGAAGGUCAGCCGCCUCAGCCCACAAGACAAGGCUCCCGUGAUCUCAGCAGACGCCGACACAACGAGAGAGAACACCUCUCCCCUGGUAUGACCAAUGGUGAGUCCCCCUCCCCAAAUUAUCCCACAGAGCAGUGCCUGCCCCUUGUACCUUUUGCCUUGACCCUGAUCUACCUUUCCAAUAAAUACAUCCUACCAGCCCCUCAAAUAAAAAUGAAGCUUGUUUCCCCCUGAACUCUCUCUGACUUCCCCGUGUUACUCCUUUCUUCUCUGAGAUGCUGUUUGGUAUGAAAGCUGCCACAAACUUUUGCAGAGGGACUCAGGACACUCCUACUUUACUCCUAUAACCUCAUUAGUACCUCAGUAUAAUAAUCACUUAUUGUGGAAGUCUCAUGAAAUCCUGAAUCUUCACUUUACUGACUGAAAAGUAUCAAAAGAAAACACCACAUAAAGAUAAGUAAAGUAUAAGUUUUCCAUUGUUGUUUUUAUAUGUUCUUGUGUCACACAGUUAGAUCACUUACUGAUGAUUAUAAAACUUAUUAACAUUUUAAUGUGCUACUUUGUUUAUGAAACAACAUAUUGUCAUACAUGGUCAGUCCACAUAGAUCAUAUACUGUAAGUAUAGCCUAGCUUUACUGUCCUCCUUACCAAAUGUCAGUCCGUGGUCUUUACUCCUUUUCCUCAUGGUUUCCUUCACACAUGCAUACCCUACAUCAUAUUGACUCCAUUUUCACCUCUGGACUGGUCUAAGCCUUCUCCUUACUGGACUGGCUUCUCUUCUCUAUUCUCAGAGCAGAUGAAGAGUCAGUUUGACAGGUUACAGGUCCUUUCCUGUGAAAACUGGAGCAAUAGUCAGAGAUGUAACGAUGCAUAAAGAAACUACCAUGAGGGCCAAAGGGUGAAAACGGAGACAUUCAGAUCACAGCUGCCGUGGAUCUGAUAACUGUGUAUCUGUCUUGUCUGUCUAUCUGUCUGGCUACCUGCCUCCCAAAGGCCGUUCCUGCUUUGGUUUUCAGCGUAAGGUGGCCGUCCUUAGAGUAUCUGGAUAUUUUGGUCUGUGCUUAUAUCGCAGUGACGCAUUCAAGAGGUCGUAUAAGCACAGUGACCCGGUGGAGGGACAAACCUGACUUUUGAGGCAGACAUAAAUCCAGACAAAGAUUUAAAUGGCCGGAUACAUUCAGAAAUAAUCCAAAAAAUAAACAAACAAACAAUCAUUUCUGAAAGAAAUCAGAAAUAAUCACCCUGUUUUGUCUGUUUUUUUAAUGUUAGAUUUCUUCAUCAUUUUUGCUCAAAUCCCUGUUCAGAAAUAUGAAUCAGCUAUAAUCAGGACUUCCCAAAGUAAACCUGAAAAAGUCAGUCCAUCAAGGCAAGAAGGAGAGUUUCUGUAGAUUAUUUUCCUUUUAUAAAAAGAAAAGUAAAAACAUAAAAUGCAAACUUUACAGAAGUGAGUCAUAGAUGCUCUCUCUCUGUUUCCUCUGUCCUGUUGGCUGCUAAAGGUUACCUUAGCAGAAGAUUUUACUAUUUGUGUUGUAUAUAAUGUAAAUACUUGUAUAUUAGCUCUAUAUUUUUACUCCCUUCACUUAUUUUAUCUAUUUAUCUCUAUAUUUUUACUCAUCGUAUGUAUUACAUAUUUACUGUGGCAAUAGCAGUUUCUCCCAGGGGAUUAUUAAAGUAUUUCUGAUUCUGAUUCUGAGAUCAACUUUAUGAAUCACCUCAUCAACAUUUAUUCAACUAAUUCCUCAAAAUUUCAAACCACACUUCUGAGUCAGGUUCAGUCCUCCAUGUCAAAGAGAGCUGUUAGUGAAUUUUGACAUUUAAAGUGUUUCUGUAACUGAAGACUAAAAGUCUCUCGACUCUAAAUAUCAGUUACCCUGCGGUCUUCUAUCUCUCCCUCUCUGCCUGUCUUUCUCUUGUUUGGUUGUUUUGUCAGAUCUGGAUUUUUGCUCGCCGGUUUAGUUUGAUAGUUUUCGUACUCUUUGAUUAUAACUCGGCGAGUUUCUGAGGUUUGCUCGGUCGUAUUUCCAGUUUAGAGGACGAUCCGUUGACUCGAUCCUGAUAGAGAGGCAGCUCUUCUCUGAAAAGUCUGUAAAUCCUCUCUGCCUGUGUAUGCAUGGGGAGUAGUUUGAGUCUCUUUAGGGCUAAUGUUGGUGCACUGAAUGUCCUUUUGGGAGCCCUGUUUUCAUUCCCUGUGAAUCUGUCCCUCUCUCUGUGUUUCUCUGGACAUGUCAUCUGCAGCCUAGCCGUCCUACUCUUCCUCCUUCUCACUCCUCUCCGAACUCUGACCUCAUGCCGACCUCAUAUUGACCUCUGACCCACAUCUUUAUUUUUUCUUUUCUUUGCGACUAGUCGUGCAUUUCUCUUUUAUUUUUUGUGCCCUUGAAAACCCCACCUUUUUUAAGUGUACGCUCUGUGAUCGAUACCCUUCACACAGACUGUGUACUCAGCACCCACUGGGAGGGGGGAGGUGACCCUUGCUCUCUACUGCUGUUUCUGUCUUUUGACCAUCACCCUCUUUUAUAUUCCUCUCCCCCUUUUGCAGCCUUUCUUUUCUCUUUCUCCCACUCUGUCCUCUCCUUCUUUUCCCAUACUCUCUCCCCUUGCUCUCCUGCCUGUCUGCAUGUGCACGAGGCUGAUCUCACCGUCAUCUCCCCCUGUGUUUGCAUGGAGACACCGGGUUGGGGGCUGCUGGAGUCAAGCUGGCUUGUAGGAGAUGACAACUCGAACACUGCAUUGUUAUCUAACUCUGCUUGACGUACAGACAUUAUUCUUUGCACGGCAUGCACACUGAGCAUGACUCUACAAUCUGUCUCUGUUCCUCCGACGAUCUCUCAGGGGGGUGAAAAAGGCCUCGAACCUUUUUUGUGAACUCUGACUCGUGUUUGCUCUGUUCAUGUAUGAAUGUUGUGGUUGUUUUGUAUGUCACUGAUUUUACAUAAACUGUGUCGAUUUGAUUGAUUACUUGUGUGAAAUAUGUUUUUAUAUCUAAAGGUCAUUUUGAAUCAAUCUUCCAUAAUUUCCUUGUUAUUUAAUGUGAGUGUAUCAGUCUGAGUGUCUCAAUAUGUGUGUUUUAGUUUGUAUCCUGUAAGUGUUUUGUGUCUUCCAUACACUUGUGUAUCAGUGUGUCAGUACAUGAGCAAAAUCAGUGUGUUUUUCAUAUGUUUACAUGCGCUUUACUGCUUUUUUCUUCUUCUGUAUUUUUGUCUUUUACAUUUGGGGGAUCAGGAAAGUCACUGACAGUGUUUUUCAUGUUUCAUACUGGACCAUCCACCAGGACUGACAAACUCAUUCAUCCCACUCACACUGUGAGAAACAAUCAAUAAUCCUUAUUUCUAACACACACCUUAUUAACACGCAGAAGAACAUUUUCAGGUACUUUUCAAAGUAGACUUCAUCUUCUUCCUCAGAUAAUAAGAAAUCAUAAAAGGGUUUGAUGACACAUUUUUUUGGUGCAAAUCAUUAUGUAGUGUAUAAGGUGUUGGCCUGUAGCAGGCCAUCUGUGUGCAGACAAAUAUAAUAAUAAUAAUGAUAAUAAUGAUAAUAAUAAUAAUAAUAAUAAUAAUAAUUAUUAUUAUUAUUAUUAUUUUUCAAAAAUAAUUUUAAAAAAUAAAUAGUAAGGAUAAUUUAAAAAAGUAAACUAAUAUUGAUUAAGAAAAAACGAAUAAUAAUAAUAAUUAAAUAAUGAUGAUAAUAAUAAUAAUAAUAACAAUAAUAAUAGUAACAAGAAUAAUAUAUUUUUUAAAUCAAAUAACAAUAUUUUUUUAAAUGAAAUAAUAUUAAUAAUUAAUAAUAAUAAUUAUUAUUAUUAUAAAUAUUAUUCAUAUUAUUUUUUUAAUAAUAAUAAUAAUUAAGAAAAUAAUUAAUAAAAUUAUAAUAAUAAGAUAAUAAUAACAAUGACAAGAUCAUCAUCAUCAACAACAACAAUAAUACAAAACUUUUAAAUUAUAACUUAAUUUUUAUAGCACUUUUAAAAACAGAAGUUUACAAAGUGCUUUGACAAACAGUCGUAAAGCACAGAACAUCAGCACAUGGAAAUAAAAACAAAUAAAAAGCAAAAGCUCAGUUAAAAUCAAGGCCUCCGAAUAGAAGACCAGUUUCAUUUGUCAUAAGGAACUCAGACAAUACAAGAACUGUACAACAUAAAAUGAGACCAUGCGGACCAAAAUAAAACAUAAAAUAGGUAAUAAAAAGAAAUGUAAUAAAAGAGGGGGGUAGAAAGCUGGAAACAGGAUAGUAAAUAUAAAAAGACGAUACUAAUAAUGAUAAUAAAAUCAUAACAAAAUAAUAAUGAUGGUAAUCGUAAUGAUAAAAUGGAAUAACAAAAUGAGCAGGAAAAAACAAUAAAAUCAAUAAAGAGCCUAAAAGGUUGAAUAGGAAAAGAUUAUAAGUAAAACAAAGACUAAACAGACAGUAAGUCUAAAUAAGAUAGAGGUAAAAGAGAUGAAAGAGAAAAGACAUUAGUUAAAUAUGUCAGUAUCAUUAACAAAGCCAAAGGAUGAGUGUACAGUAUGUUUCUUCAUAUACAGAAUGAUAUCUUUGUGUACACCAGUUUACAUCGACAAAAGGCAGCAGUCGAGAGAGUAAGAAAGAGCAGAAAGUAGGACAAGAGGUCUCUGUGGCCACUUGGUGUCACAAAUAUCUCCUGCACUCUCAGCAGGUUUAUGAACAGCAGCUCCAUGCCAACCAUGAGUCGAGUUACACCCUGCACCCUGCUCUGCACAGUCUUCAGUACACACACACACACACACAUACACACCCACAGUGUCCCUCUUUCUCUCUCUUCUUCUCUCUAUGCACACACACAGGAUCAUGCAUGAUCACCUCUUACUUAUAUACUGUGCAACACCUGGUUAAUGUACCUGCUGGUUAUGAGCUCUGUGGUAUUCAGGUCAUAGUACCACACACACUUUACCAACAUUACUUUCAUCAAGAUUAUAGAAUUAACUAUUCACUCUUCACCGUACAGGUCGGUCAAAGUCAAAAUAAUCAGUUUAGUAUGUAAAGAAAGAUACCAAUAAGGAUCUUUGUGUAUUUGCAGGGUCAAACAGCAGUCUUCUUAUUAAAAAUAAUCCUUCCUGCUGCUGAGACUCUGAGCCCAAUCAUCACAGGUCUACAUUCACAGAACAAAGAUAUUGUUUCUAGGAGUGACCUGAGUCCACGGCAUAUUGAAGCGAUGCAUCUUUACAGAUCAAUAUCGGUGCAUUUCAAUUAAACUCCAAUUUCAGUUUGAGGCAGCAUCCAUGUGACUUCAUGGACGGACAAACAAGUCUGCUGUAUGUUUCUGUGUAAAUUAAAACAGUAUUUUUAUCGAAUUCAUUAUGCAAAAAAAAUGCAUUGUGUGUUGGUGAGAGAGUGAGAGUCUGUGUGGAGUGAGCGGAUGUACGAGUGCACAUGUGCGUGAGUGGGGGAAUGAGAUUGCCUGCGUGCAUGCUAUCCAGCCUGACAACAAUAUUAACCUGCCUGUUUUUGAGGGAGUCUGAAGGCAUGCACUCUGAGAGGAAGUGUCUGUGUGUGACGUGCGAGACAGACAACGGUGAGAGUGUGUGUUUGCAGCAUGUGUAUGCGUGACAAAGUGUGUGCCCCUGCCACACAGGUUUGUGUUGGGGGGCAGAGGCAGUAAUUCCUGUCCGUCUCCCCGCAGGUGGCAGCCAGCAGAGCAGCAUCAGUCACUGCUGGGCCCGAACCUCAGAAUCAGUCUCUCUCUCAGUCUGUCUGGCUGUGUCUGUUGCUGCUGCCGCUGCUGCUCGCACCGUCAGCGCUGGCUGAUCGAGCUUGAAAAACCCUUGUCUCAAAGCUGCCCUUGCUCUCUCCUAAGCUCCUUCCACCUUUAUUCCAGUUUCUAUUGUCUUGGCCCUCCCUUUCUCCCUCCCCACUCCUUUCCCAUUUGUCCCUUCAGCCUCCUCUACUCCUCCCCUAGAUGCCCCCUUGGGCAGAGGCACUUGCCCCCUCCCGGGGUCCCGGUGCUGUGGGGGUGAGGUAGGGAGCGAGGCGGGGGGCCGGGUGUCAGUGUGCCUCUCUCUGUCUCGCUCCAGGUUACGGGCUCGCGCAGGAUGAGCUUCUCUCUCCGGCUUCCAUGCAGUACAGCCUGCCGUCCCCUCUCGGCGCAGAGCCGUACUGGCAGGAAGUCUCCAGCCUGGACUGCGCGCCCAUUGCCACCACAGAAGAAGAUACCCUCAUGGAGAUGUCUGAUGUGCAGGUGUGGCCCUCAGGGAACAGCCCCUCCCUGGUGCCCGUGGAGGACUCCUCGCUGGAGUGCAGCAAUGCCGACGAUUCAGAAGGUCUUCUGGGGCUGCCGUAUGGAAGUCUAGGGCGGCCGGCGAGUCAGGCUAGUGCGGCCAGUCCAGGGGGAGGAGUGCUGAGUGGCUCCAUUGAGCUUCCUGAAGAUGAUUCAGAGAUGGGCGUUGACUCGCUCAGCACUGCCACACCGGCCUCGCUUGGAGGCACGAUCGCCGGGAUGAAUCUUAACGGGCUGAACAAUGGUCAGGGGUCAGAGGCAAGUUCGGAGGUGUCAGCGUUCACCAGUACAACUGGUGGAGAUGGAGCUGGAGGAGGAGGAGGAGGAGGAACGCCAGGCUCAGUGGAAGGGCUUUCUCUUGUUUCAGGACAGCAAAGGGUGUAUGCUCGGCUGAGUGAGUCACCUGGUCUGAGCUGUGUUGCAGAUCGAAAUGGAGACAGGUGAGUCACGUCUUCGUCUACCUGUCAGGUGACAAAACCAUAGUUGUUCUAACAUCCUUUGACCUUCACUGCAUGUCUGUGGUGGACUUGGGGGUUUUCAAGGAAACUUAGUUGUUUUCCUCGCCUUGUCGGCUGCAUGUUCCUCCUCCUUAUUGAUCUGUUCUCUGCUUUCAGGUCCGGUAAUGGUGGAAACGGUGGCGGCGGCGGUGGAGGCUCCUUCCUGUCAUACCUACAAGAGCAGACAGGCCCAGGCUGGAUUCCUGUCACUGACCCCACACAGGCCUGGGUGGGCAAUCAGCCUAAAUCUAGACAGGCCAUGGACACCAUGAUGUCAACAGUAUGUAACGCCGUGGAUGGCGACCAGUCCCACAUGUCCCAGGAGGCCUUGCUUCAGCCUGUGAGGGACAUGGGGCACUCUGAGAUCUUACGAGGGCACUUCAGAGGGACCCAGCCGUUUGAGAAGGGUUUGGGUUUCCCACACCGGGUACCAGAGCUGAGGGCCUGGGACGAAAUGCGCCUGAAAGGCCAGGUGGGUUUGUUUAUGAUACAUGACAAGUGGUUAUGUUUGUCAAAGUCUUUCUUUCUUUUUUUAUCUAAAACUUUAAGAACAACAACAACAAAAACAACUAGAAACAAAAACACCAAACAAAAUAAUACAUAUGUACACUGAACAUCUGAACAUGUCAAAGAUAAAUUUACACAAACAUAUGUAUGUCAAAAAUAAACAGUUUGAGUAGGAACAGAAUAAAGCAAAGAGUUAUCGAGUCCUGCUGCCUCUGCACAAAUUAGAACCAAUGAUGAAUGGAAAAAAAAUCUAAUUGUGUAAAUUACGAAGAUCUGUAUAAAUAUCUACAUAUUAUACACAAAGAUAUCUGCUCAACACUACAUAUGUUACUUAAUAUAAUUAUUUGCAUAUUAUAAUAAUAAUCAGUGUUAUGCUAUUCACUUUACUUCUAUUUUUUUGUUAGUUUACUUAUAUACACUCACCGGCCACUUUAUUAGGUACACCUGUCCAACUGCUCGUUAACACUUAAUUUCUAAUCAGCCAAUCACAUGGCGGCAACUUAGUGCAUUUAGGCAUGUAGACAUGGUCAAGACAAUCUCCUGCAGUUCAAACCGAGCAUCAGUAUGGGGAAGAAAGGUGAUUUGAGUGACUUUGAACGUGGCAUGGUUGUUGGUGCCAGAAGGGCUGGUCUGAGUAUUUCAGAAACUGCUGAUCUACUGGGAUUUUCACGCACAACCAUCUCUAGGGUUUACAGAGAAUGGUCCGAAAAAGAAAAAAUAUCCAGUGAGCGGCAGUUCUGUGGGCGGAAAUGCCUUGUUGAUGCCAGAGGUCAGAGGAGAAUGGCCAGACUGGUUCGAGCUGAUAGAAAGGCAACAGUGACUCAAAUAACCACCCGUUACAACCAAGGUAGGCAGAAGAGCAUCUCUGAACGCACAGUACGUCGAACUUUGAGGCAGAUGGGCUACAGCAGCAGAAGACCACGCCGGGUGCCACUCCUUUCAGCUAAGAACAGGAAACUGAGGCUACAAUUUGCACAAGCUCAUCGAAAUUGGACAAUAGAAGAUUGGAAAAACGUUGCCUGGUCUGAUGAGUCUCGAUUUCUGCUGCGACAUUCGGAUGGUAGGGUCAGAAUUUGGCGUCAACAACAUGAAAGCAUGGAUCCGUCCUGCCUUGUAUCAACGGUUCAGGCUGGUGGUGGUGGUGUCAUGGUGUGGGGAAUAUUUUCUUGGCACUCUUUGGGCCCCUUGGUACCAAUUGAGCAUCGUUGCAACGCCACAGCCUACCUGAGUACUGUUGCUGACCAUGUCCAUCCCUUUAUGACCACAAUGUACCCAACUUCUGAUGGCUACUUUCAGCAGGAUAAUGCGCCAUGUCAUAAAGCUGGAAUCAUCUCAGACUGGUUUCUUGAACAUGACAAUGAGUUCACUGUACUCAAAUGGCCUCCACAGUCACCAGAUCUCAAUCCAAUAGAGCAUCUUUGGGAUGUGGUGGAACGGGAGAUUCGCAUCAUGGAUGAGCAGCCGACAAAUCUGCGGCAACUGUGUGAUGCCAUCAUGUCAAUAUGAACCAAGCUCUCUGAGGAAUGCUUCCAGCACCUUGUUGAAUCUAUGCCACGAAGAAUUGAGGCAGUUCUGAAGGCAAAAGGGGGUCCAACCCGUUACUAGCAUGGUGUACCUAAUAAAGUGGCCGGUGAGUGUAUAUGAUCUUUAAUCCAAUUCGCUUUAUUUAUAGACUCCAUUAAAAUAAAGUUUAUCAAAGUGCUGCACAAUAGAAUUAAAAGAAAAGACACUGCAGAAAACAUCAUGAUGAAAUAAAUAAAAGCAGGUAAAAAACAUUUACCAUGAAAUAAAAUAAAUGAAAUAAAAACACAAAAGCAUAAAAGUGAUAAAAGGACAGAGAUCACACAACUCUCACGCUGAGCUAAAAGCCAAGGAAUAAAAAUACAUUUUAAGAAGUGAUUUAAAAGUAAAAAGAGUAAAGGGAAGGUUUUUAUCUUGUAUAAUCUUAUAUGAGUCUGUUGUCUAAAUGAUUGAUUAGGAGGCUUUGGAUCAAUGUGAUCUUUACCAGAAGCUGGUAAUGCAUCUGAAAAGAUAAAGAAAUUAAUCUACAAAGUGUUAUCGUCUUAUAUUUGGGAUUUAGUUAGUAAUUAUGCUGCUUUCCAGUUACCUCGGAAGUCGGAUGUCGGAGCUGGGAAUGACGUAAACAACACAUAACACAGUAUUUUACUCUUACAAACACCAUAGUGUUGUGUUCACGGUUAGACGUUGGGCUGUACAACAUAAACCACUAAUUUAAUUUCACAAAAACAAAACAGAAGCGCUAAUAAAUAAAACAUUAGGAGAGCUUUCACUGUUUCUCUUUACUGUUGAUGCACUGGGCUGCCAUCUUGGAUUAUGAUGUUGUUGCCAAGUCGGGGUUGGCGAGGAUUGUCCAACUUUCCGAGUCGGAAAUCCGACUUCAGGGGGGUGUUCCAGAUGAAUUUCCAACGACUUCCCGACUUCCGAGUACAACUGGAACGCAGCAUUAGAUCAGCACCUCAUAUGACAUGUUACUGCUUUGUUUACAAUCUCUGCUCUAAAAAUAAAGCAGCAUGAUGUAGCGACUUAUUGUAAAACCUGUACUGCUCUACUUCAUCCACUGCUCAGACACCUGUGAACACACACAACACAUGAAGAAUAUAGACACAUACACACACACACAGAAGCACGCACCCAAACACUCAGCCAAGGGCCGAAGAUGGGCACAAACAGCAUGUUGAGCCAAAUAUAGCAAACAUUCUCCCCGUCUCCUCAUGUUACAUGAUCCCCACCCCGGUCGUUUCCACGUGUUGACUUCCUGGCACAACACCACCGUGACACACAGUGAAGGACGAUCUCAGCCACUAAAGUGUGUGAAUGCAGAAAUGGAGGGUUCGACUCGAGUUUGUUAUUGACACUGUUGGAGGAAGAGUUCCUGAACUCAGCUAAACGGCUGUUACUUCUUGUUUUUGUGUGCGCUGUUUUGCAUUAUUGAGUAAUUGUGGUGUUUUUUAGGGAAAUGUGCACGCUUGGCUUUGUGAAUGAGAAGUAGUUUAUGGUUUGAGUACCUGAAGGGAGUCAAGGGGGGCCGGUUUCUUUGUGAUCCUACCACAGCACACACAGAGAGCCACACUGGAGCAGCCAGAGGUAUUUAAAGCCCACGGAUCACAUGGUCAGAGAAAGGGAGAGAGAGGUGGGAAUAGAAGCCCCUCAAGGUUGUCUUUCCUUAGAUUUGAUGUCAUUGAGCGGAGGCUCCUGACCUGACGGAGGGAAGCAGUAGAUAUAGAGACCUGAGGGAAGGGCCCGCUGCCCCGGCCGGUGGAGGACAGAUAUGAACUGAAAGACAAACAAGAUUGAAACAGUGAAAGAAGGCCGCAGGCUGCAGCUGUUACCUUUCUACUCUGCUGGGAGACGUGCAGCUCGGAGGACAGGAGCCACAGAAGGCAGAAGAGCGUGUGUGUGUGUGUGUGCUUUCUUGAGCGGCUGAGGAUAAAAGCGGGGUGAUGUGGGCCUUAGUGACGGAGCUCCUUUUCAGCUUUGUGCUGCUGGCUUUCCUGGUCAUCAGCUGCCAAAAUGUCCUCCACAUAGCCAGCGGCUCGGUGCGUUCUGUGCUUACCUACAUACACGCUCAGCUGGACCGUGAGCUCGGGGAGGUCGAGGGAGUGGCUGACGAGGAAGAGAACGUCACCACCAGAGUGGUUCGCCGCCGAGUCAUCCUUAAGGUACAAUGAGGGAGGAGGAGGCAAAAGAGUUCAGAGAAAGGCUGAAGAUGUGAACAUAGAAGGAUAAGUUUGUGGAAAUUAGGGUGAAUGAUUUUACACUGAUUACUAAACUGGAUUGGAGCAGGUUAAAAGUUGCAAAGAGGAUUAAUUUAGGAAAGAGUGCAUAAAACUGACCAAAUGUAGUAAAAUUAAUGCAUUCUGCUGCUGUUAGUGAUCUAAAAAGAAGUCUGCAGCUCAACAAGUUUGGACUCCAGCUCUUCUGAAGUGUCUCACUGACACAGUCUCUCCGCUGUAUCACACACUCGGGGCUCUGCUGUCGUUUGUUCUCACGUCUGUAGCUGGAAUUUCUCUGAGAUUAUAAAUAGCUGUGUAGACUUACUGCAAAUUAUGAGGGGCUUUGACAGCAUUGUCCUGAAUCUCAUGAGCUGUAAUUAUCAGAGUUGCUAAGAAACAUUAGUAAACUCGAUGGAUCCCGACUGUUGGAAUUACAUCCUCCACCCAAAUCAACAUCACCCAUCUGCCACUCAUCUGCCUCCCGGCCUUUUUAUGGCGGAGGAGGGGGUUUAUGAUUACGCAGCAGUGACGACUAUUAAACAGUCCAUAAUUUAAGAGUGCUAAUUCAUUUCAAUUUGAGUUUGUUUUGUUUUUGAGUUAAAUCUUGUCCCGGUGAUGUCAAAGUUCAAGUCCUGUAUAAUCCGCUUUCUUAUCCGCAGGGCGAUGAAGUCGAAGAUCUGCCCGGAGAGCAAGUAAGCGAAGAACAGUUCACCGAUGAACACGGAAACAUCGUCACAAAAAAGGUCAGACAUUGAUCCAUUUUAUUAAACUUCAGCAUCUCUCAGCUGAAUGAUUAUACAUCAUUAUAAUCAUUUCUUUAGAGGAGCACAGUAGGGUUGUAGUGCAUGAACCCUAACCAUGGAAAGAUUUAAUUUUUUUAAAAGACAAUGUUUUUAUUUUCUCCAUAACGAUUUCUUUACAUUGUGCAAGCUCUGCCUUAUUUCCACUCUCUGCUUCCAUCCAUCACUCUCCCCCACCCCCCCUGUGUGCGUCUGUGAUAGAUUGUGCGCAAGGUUGUGCGCAGAGGGAAGGGUUCAGGUGAGGAGGGGGUUCAGGAGGUGAGCGUGGAGGGUUCUCUGCAGGACGCCAACGAGCUGGAGGUUGAUGCUGAGCAAUUCAUUAACUACGCCAUCCUGGGCCGGGACAGCAGCAAGGUGGGCUUCUGAUCUGCAGGCAGACAGCUCUCUGUGCAACACCCGAGGCUCAGCGUUAGAGAUGUAGGGAGCAUUUGAAGCCUGAACGGACUGAAUCAGAGCAGAUGAAACAGCUGAACAGUAUCUGAUGAAUGCUUGUUUGAUUUAAAUACAUGUUGUAGUCAGUUUAAGUGUUAAAGUGCACAGGGGGACUUGAAGCUUGAGUCCCAGUUAUAAACAGGCUGAGAGCACAAGUUGUGUGGACAAGUCUUAAAAUGCCUGAAAUCAAAGCAGAAGAUUGAGAGUGUAGUUGGUUAAAGGGAUAUUCUGGAGUAAAAUUAAUUUAGGGUCAAACACACCGUAACACCGAGUUAGACAUCCCCUCGAGAGAUGAAUGUUGCCGACCGCUUUCUUCUCUAGUUAAACCAACUUUAGUAACAACCGCAGAAAGCAAUACAGAGAGCCACACACUCAACCAAAACGCCACUCUAUAGCCACAAAUAAUGCUCAGAACAGCAGCUAACUUCAUCAACAGGACAUAUAGAGUCACAGCCAGAGCACUAAAUGUUCAUCAUAAAUCAUCAUCAUAAAUGUUCUUCCUUGAGCUGAGACACCCCACUGUAGUCCGUAAUGGACUCACUAAAAACAAGCAGCUGCUGGAAGAGAGUAGUUGAGUUGUAUUUAGUCUCUUUGCUAAAGAAAUUAGGCAAAUCUAAAAAUAUGUUUGGUGGCUAGUACUAUGGCUGGGACCCUAUAUGUCCUGUUGAUGAAGUUAGGUGCUGUUCUGAGCAUUAUUUGUGGCUAUAGAGUGGCGUUUAGGUUGAGGUUUGUUUUUGGCUCCUCAGACUGCUGUGUAUUGCUAUCCUGUGGUCGUUACUAAAGUUGGUAUAACUAGAGAAGCAAGCGGUCGGCAACAUUCAUCUCUCUCUGGGAUGUCUAACUCUGUCUUAUGGUGUGUUUGACCUCAAAUUAACUUUACUCCUGAAUAUCCCUUUGGUUAACUGUUUGAUUGCUGAUGCUCUGUCACCCUUUUAUUUAACCCAGUAUUAUGACUUCAUGUUCACCGCCUGCAUGCAGAAGGAUAAAGAGAGUCCACUUUGCUCUGGCGCUCUUAUGUUGUUGCUUGCAGUUCACCGCCUCACUCGGGGUUUCAUCAUUUCAGUCCCCACUAAGCCGCACCUCCACCUGUUGUGUUUUUACUUGCGUAUCAGUGAUUGAAUGAAACCACUAUGGCUCCCUGCUAUGCCUUUAUUGUUCAUUUUGUCCCAUCAGUUUCCUCAUUGACCUUGUCUUUUAUGUCUUCAUUAAAAAUGAUAGUCCUUCAACUUUGACUGUGUGCUGUAUCACUCAAAUAUGCAAGACGAUAAAUUAGAGCUGGGUCAAAUACUGUCAACAAACCUGUUUUUACUUUUUCCUGACUGGAAAAAGUAGAGAUUGGGGUUUACUUUAUAAAAUCAUGAUAUUUAAAUCACAUUAUUGAAUUAUAGACUUCUUAUUUGGAAAUCUGAUUUGACACAGAUCUACUCUGAGUCCCUUCAAACUGUUUCUUAUACCCUCUUAUCUUCAACUGUCUUUUCCAACUGCCACCCAUCACUUCUGUCCUUUUUGAUUGUAUAUCUUAUACAUAAUUUCUUUCUUUCUUUCUUUUCUCCCCCUUUCCUCUCCCCUAACUUAUUUGUCUCUCACUUUUCUAUCUCCCAUCGUGGCAUUUUUCCUCUCCUCUGUCAUAUCUCCUUUUUCUUCUGACUAAUACUCCCUCAACCUCUCAUUCUGUUCCUGUCGACCCACCUUCUUCUCGACCCUCACACCCCGUCUGCCGCCAACCCCCUCCCUCCCUCCCUCCCUCCCUCCCUUCCCCCACCUGAUGUAGCCCGAUUCUGUGGAUGUGAAGAAAGGUGCUCAGAUAGUGAAAUGUGCCAGUCUGCGGAGAGUUAAGCAGUGAGGAGGUCCCCGCAGGUACGGGACUUACCCACAGCGCCUCGUCUGACCUGUGGGCUAGACCAUUUAAUCCAGUCUCUCUGGGUUAAAUGCAUCUGAAUGUAUCUUGAUUCAGUACUAAUGAUAUGUCAUAUGAUGCUGGCACAGCAAAGUGACACCUCAAAACAGAGAAUAAGGAGCUUCUGACAGCAGUAAUGGAGGUGCUGCAAAAUAGAUGAAAAAUAAAACUAAAGUACCUCUGUGUUUUAGAAUAAACAUAUAUUUUUUUUGCCCUUUAAUGCCUUUUGUAUCAUAUUUGAUACAUACUUUUAUACUUCUAUUUUUCUAUCAAAUCAAUAUGAUCAACAAAUUACUAAAAAAAUAUCUGAAAACAGUCUGAUAAAUGACAAAAAUGUACUCUUGUGGUUUAGUAGUUUCCAAAAACAUCUAAUGUAUCCAAUGAGAUAAAUAAAUAUAUUUGUUAAAUUUUAAUAGUAAGUGAAAAAAACAUUUCAACUCCAAAAAAAAUGAAUUUUCUGGCCAUAAUUUGUGGUUUCAGGCAUUAAAGGGUUAAAAAAUAGAAAAAAAGACAUUUUGAAAAUGUGAUUUUUAUGGUUAGUGUAUCUUUCAAAUAAGUAGGGCACAGAAUAGUCCCUGAUUUACAUGAUAAAUGAUCUUUAAUAUACAACACCUUUAUGUUUGGUCUCAUUUACUGUUUUACUUGAAGUUAUCUCAGGCCAGCUCAUUUCUCGGUGCAUGUUCUGACAGGCUGUAAAAAAAAGAAAAAAAGCUGGCACAGUGUCUACUCAGCAAAAACGAGCCUCCAAAAAUGAUCCUGUAAUGUGACAGCUCUCAAGGUCAAAGCUGUAAGGCUAGUUGUCCCGUGAAUCGCUAUCCGGAGCCGCUGUAGUGGGUGUGAGUGUUUGGGGCGUGUAAGAGAGAGACUUAACCUUUCUAACGAAAAGGUCGUGACAUUCUUGAGAUUACUGAUAUUUCAUGCAGCUCACGGCUGACUGUUAAAACACUUCUGCCAACUGCUUUUUUGCUCGUAUGCUUCUGCAGAACCAACAAACCGUUUAACAGAGAGCUGAUUAAAAUACAGGAGAACUUUGAUAAGUGAUAGGAAGUUGAAGAGUUUACAUGCAUCUAAUUAAAAUAAUAAAAAACAAACUUGCAAUGAUGCACUGCAGCUUGCAUGGACCCUGCUUUGUAUUUUCUGUGUAGUUGCUUGCAGGUUGCACAAAGUAGGCGUGAUCCGUCUUUAAACUACUCUGUUCUUCUCCGUCCACAGAGCUCUCCACAGGAUUCAACCCCUUCACCAAAACCAUCCUACAUGGACACAUGACCAGCAGCAGCUGACAGGAGGAAGAACACACACUAAAAGCCAGACAAACAGAAACGAAGGGCAAGACACACCAAUGACAACCACAGCGGCUCUGCCGACUAUCAGCACGCACCCGAAGAGAAAAGACACAGAUUAUAGUUUUUAUUACCUUUUUUUUUAAGAAACAGUGGAAAAAAAAUCUAAUACUAGGCUAGAAGCAUGAUUUCGUAUAAAAGAAAAACCAAACACAAACAAAAAAAAAAGAACUAGCAACCAAAACGUGCUUCCUGUUAUCUGUAUCAGCAUGAGUGACUGCUGCCGCAUGGCCUGUCUUUAACUACAAAUACUGAGGGAAUAAUAGGGAGGGGAAAAAGGGAGGGAAGGGAGGGAGGAGACACAACUGUGUGGGACAGGCAUGCAAUAUGGGGUGUGGUCAAUCACUCACCCAGUUUUCUAAACCAACCAGGGAAGUUUAUCAGUCAAAAAAAAAGGGGGUACAUAAAUUCUGAGGAUUCCAUCAUCUCUAGGCAACAGGUGACCCUCCUCCUUCCUGUCAAACUCUUUCAGCAAACAGCGUCACAGAGUCGUUUUAAACCUGUCCGAGUUCAGUCGAGCUACAAUUAUCACCCAAGGAUAUCAGUGUUGUACAUAAUAUCGUAUGCACUCAAAUGCUCAACGUGACUGUGUGUUACGUGUGUUGUUUAUGUUCUAAGGUCCCUAUAUGACGCCACUGAUGCUGCUGUUUCAGGUACAUAAGAAUUUCCUCCCUGUUUUUCUCCUUUUGGUUCGUUUGGUCUGAACCUAUAUAUUAUUCUAUAUAUCUUGAGAUCUUUGUGGGUACAAGAACAUACAAAUGUUGUGUCGCUCUGCCUGUUUUUAAAUGUCCGAUUUUGUGCGUCACAGGUUGUUUCUUUGUGCUUUUCAUGUGCUUCCACUCUUUGCUUUUCGAUGAGUUGAACUAUAGAGGGGAGACGCACUCUACUGUGGGGGGUUUUCAGAUUUGGGAGGCAGGUUUCUGUUGUGCGCCUGCCUUCCUGACCUCUAACCCAGAGUAGUUUUCUUGGUGUGGAGGGUGACAAUAAGAUACAUGUGAGAGAUUACCUGAGAUGAACCUACCGAUCCAUCCCACUCUCUGCUUUUUACUUGUAUCCUCAUGAGUUUUGAUGUUAAAAUCCAAAUACCUGAAUUCACCCUGAAAUUUGCCCUUAGUACCCUACCUCCACCUCUCACCCCUUCACCCCUCCAAUCAGCCUCUCAGAGUAGAUGUAGCAGUCCUGUCCUCCUCCAGCAGGGGCAGGAUCUCACCUUCAGUGUCUGAUUGACCUCAUCAUCAUCAUCAUCAUCAUCAUCAUACAGUUUAUGACCCGCCACACAUGAGGUGCACUUACACACACGCCAUCUCACCAUCGCUAGAUGUCAUUUGACGCGGGUGAAGUAGCUGAAAUGCUGGUAAAAUGUAGCCCUGGUCUGAUUGGGUGAAGAUGAGGAGUCAGCUGGGUGGAGGGAGGAACGUGUGCUGUUGAGUGUCGAGGAGGACGUGUUGAGUUUCGAUGUUUGUCUCCUUGGUAACCCUUUGGAGUGUAGCAAAGACAGUCAGUCACCAAUCACUGUGAAGAGAAACUGUAAUACUGACCCGCAACUGUGAGCCUGACCCUUCCAGGAGCGUGAUUCACUCUUUGCUUUUGUUUUGUUUUUGUUUUUUUUUCCAUGUCUUAAAUGUUCUUAAGAAGAAGCAAUAACCGCAAACAAACAGGAUUGUUUUAUGUGAGUGUGUUUUAAUUUAUUCCAAAAGAGAGAGGAUUUUAGGUUCAUGUUGUUUCUAAACUUGGACUUUCGGUCCGUUAAUCGCAGCUUUAGGCUUCUCCGCACUCCACUCAGAAAUGAUGUCAGCACAUUAGUAUCCCUCAUUGUGUCACUCGGCCUUUCUGUAAAAGAAACAUCCAUAUGUUUGUGCUGAGGUUGGACGGAUAAAAGUGUUACUUUAUACCAGCCAUCUUUGUCUGCAAAAUGUCCGAUCUCUGUUUUUGUUACUCAUUGAGGAAUGUAGGUGUGUUAAAUCAUAGUUUUAAAACUUAUUUACAUUCAUAUGCACCUUAAAAAAAAAAGAUAUCCUACGGUUUGUGUAUCUGUACGUGUGAUUCAAACAUCACAUUCAGUCCUGGAGAGUGAAGAUGUGUCAAACCUGUCACAUGAAGAAAUACCCAGAAUGGACAAACUUCACAUGUAAAUCUAACUCACUUACUUUUUUAAAGUUGAUUUACCUCAAUAAGUGUGCCAUCAUCACAUGAUAUAAACUACAUACCUGCUGUUUAUUUCAAACAUUAUGUACAACAUUGAAUGGUUUCUUAUGGACAAAUAUGUAAGUCACAAAAAACGUUGCAAUAAUCACUCAUUAAUAAGUGUUUGUUAAAUCUGGCCUCACAGCCAGAGAUAAUGAAUGUAAGGUCUUGGUAUUCUGUAAGUCUUGUUAUAAAGUAGUCAUCUGUGUUGGCUUUGUACUUUAGUAGAUGAUAGGAUAUUCACUCAACCCAAUAUCUGCUGUUGAGCAUCAUUGUCCAUCACAUGCGUUCAUAUAAAUCAUGUGAGAGGAGAGAUUUAAAGAGAGAAGCCUCAAAGGGGGUUUGGACACAAAUAUCCCAUCAGAUAUUAUUUCUAUUAUAUUUUUUUAAUAACUACAACUUGUAGGAUGUCAAUAGAGAUUACACAGCAGUGUAAUGUUGUAUUAGCCCUUAUGUUAUAGCAUACGGUCUGCUCUCUUCGAGCUCAUAGUUGAAGUAUGCUUGGGUAGAUUUUUGAAGUAGGGACUGUUUGUAAGUCCACUGCUGAUGUCAGGGUUCGAGUGAGGGGGGGUCCGAUGAAAAGACACAGAUGGAAUUAUGGGACGGCUUGGUGGCUGUGAUGGCUAGUCUUUCAAGAUGACAAGCAUUUUUCCUCAACACAACCCACCCCUGAUUUCUAACCCCCCCUUCCCCUUUACCAAAAAUACGAGUGAGCCAGUUCUAAGGCUUCCACGAGGUGACGGUUCGAAACGGUUUAAAAGGAGGAGUCCGGCUUUGUGCACAGAGAAGGAGACGUGGUUUCAUCCGAGAAAUCAGCUCUGCACUGAGGGACGACUGAGACGAUGCCAUGCACCAAGUUCAUGCAAAAAUAUUAACUGUUGCAAAAACUAGAGAACACAUGUAUAUUCCUUUAGAAUGGAUUGAAGACAUUAUUAACGCAAUAGCAUAUUACUCAAUACUAAGGAAUGCAACUGCGCACAUGCACAGAAAAUGUUUUUAACAUAAAGGCUAUAUAUAUAUGAAAUAUAUGAAAAUAUACAUAUAUAUUUACUUAGAAUGCUAUGCACCCUUACUUGUCAACUGGGAUUCUAGUUAUGUUAUGGAUGUACUUUUAGCAUCAUAAAGCUGUAGCUACCAAGAGACUGUUGAGUUCUGGGUAAUGCCUGCAACCUGGGGAUAAAUAGGGGUCUUGUGGGUAUUUUAACCUGUUUUGUUUGCUUUUUUUUAUUGUUAUGGAGAGUCAAACAUGAAUUUAAAAUAUAAAUGUAAAAGCCUUUUAAUCCAAUUGAAUCAGAAGGACAUCUACUGACAAUAUUCUCUGUACACCAGCUCAACAUUUACAAAAAUUAAUAAAGAAAUGAAAUGUCUUUGUGUAUAAUGUGUAUACUUUUCUGACAAAUACAUACACCCGAGAGUCGUGAUUGACGUGUAGUGAAAUCAUGUUAGGAGUGCAGAAAUUAAUGCAGUCGUACAAAAUAAGCAGUCGUUGUUGAAGUUUUCAAAGGCUGAUGAGGACUUGGUAUUUAAAAAGUUAACUUUAAAGCUGAUUGGUUUUGUUUGAGAUGUUUCAGUAAGUAGGAUGAAGGCUAAACCUUUCCCAAGUCUUGUGGCCUCAUGGAGUUGUCAUUGUUAGUUAAAUUUCAUCACUGUUUAUACUCCAGGUCUACAUGAUGACAUGAUCUGUUUGACUGGCUC